UGGUUGCAUACUGAUUGGAGGAGGGCAGUGCCAGUGACUGGAAAAGCCCUGUGUGUGUCAGCCAGCAGGAUGAGUGUGUCUGAUGGUGUGGCGAGAACAGCCAGCAUGGACGUAGAUCAAUUACAGCAAUGGCAGGCCGUCGUCCUUCAGAUCUACCCGCGCCUGUCCCAGGAAAUAGCAGCAUGUUGUAUCCUCCAGGUCAGCCCAGGGGCCACGGCCGCUACGGUUAUCCAGAACGCAGGGGCCACGCUGGGCCUGGACAUGACCCGGCACUACGCCCUCCUGGAGGUCAGGCAGGAUGGAGGGGCUGAGAGGAGGCUAGGGGACUCUGAGAUGCCCGUGGAGAGGGUGUUGCUGUGGCCCCCAGGGGCCCGGAACCAGCAUCCCCAGGAGGAGGGGUACUACUUCAUCCUCCAAGGAAGUGGAGGGGAUCUGGGGUCAGGGACAGGCAGUAGUGAGGUACCUUCACUGGAGGAAUAUGACGACCUGUGCAGCCUCUCCACCCUGACCGAGGACACAAUCCUGGCCACAUUGCGCCAGCGCUUCUACAAACACAACAUCUACACGUACGCCAGCGGCAUCCUGGUCGCCAUUAACCCCUUCAAGUUCCUACCCAUCUAUAACCCUAAGUAUGUCAAAAUGUACAACAACCAGCCGCUGGGAAAACUGAGCCCUCACAUCUUUGCGGUGGCGGACGUGGCGUACCGCACCAUGCUGAAGAAGCAGGAGAACCAGUGUGUGGUGAUAUCAGGGGAGAGCGGAUCGGGAAAGUCCCAGAGCACCAACUUCUUGGUUCACUGUCUGACGGCGUUGAGCCAGAAGGGCUACAGCAGCGGGGCGGAGAGGACCAUCUUAGGAGCUGGGCCUGUCCUGGAGGUAAGGGGAUAGAGAAGGUGCGGGGGGGGGGGGGGGGGGUGCGUGUAACUGACGGUUAUGGAUGAAGACCAUUAUGACAAUAAAAUAACCGUCAAAACCGUUUUUAAAUAGGCCUAGCCUACAUUCAUUUUAAGGAUUUUUUAAAAAUAUAUAAUGUUUUGCUUUAUUUUCAUGUAGAUAAUUCUUACCUAGUAGCGGGUGUGUUUACUAAUGGUUAUAUGCAGCUGUUUUGCUAAUUUAGUGUGUCUAUUAAACGUUCUACAUCUCCUCUUUCCAACUGUCCUUUGAUGCUCCAGCAGCUAAUCUGCUCGAUGCGCGGGGGAGUAGCGCGCUAUAGCCUAUGGCACUAAAGAAAAGAAAAAAAAAUGAUGUGGACUUUUUUUGCUUUAAUCUCUUUGCCUCACUUCCUGUUGUGCUGCUGGUGCCUCCUGGAACUCUAGAGCAGACAGGAAGCCAUAUACAUUGCCUUCGGAAAGUAUUCAGACCCCUUUUACUUUUUCCAAAUUUUGUGACGUUACAGCCUUAUUCAAAAAUUGGAUUAAAAAAAUACAAAAUCCUCAGCAAUCUACGCACAAUACCCAUAAUGACAAAGUGAAAACAGGUUGUUAGACAUUUUUGAAAAUGUAUUAAAACUUAAAAACAGAAAUACCUUAUUUACAUAAGUAUUCAGACCCUUUGCUAUGAGACUCGAAAUUGAGCUCAAGUGCAUUGUUUCCAUUGAUCAUCCUUGAGAUGUUUCUACAACUUGAUUGGAGUCCACCUGUGGUAAAUUCAAUUGAUUGGACAUGAUUUGUAAAGGCACACACCUGUCUAUAUAAGGUCCUACAGUUGACAGUGAAUGUCAGAGCAAAAACCAAGCCAUUGGGUCUAGGAAUUGUCCGUAGAGCUCCGAGACAGGAUUGUGUCGAGGCACAGAUCUGGGGAAGGGUACCAAAACAUUUCUGCAGCAUUGAAGGUCCCCAAGAACCAUCAUUCUGAAAUGGAAGAAAUUUGGAACCACAAAGACUGUUCCUAGAGCUGGCUGCCCGGCCAAACUAAGUAAUCAGGGGAGAAGGGCCUUGGUCAGGGAGGUGACCAAGAACCCGAUGGUCACUCUGACAGAGCUCCAGAGUUCCUCUGUGGAGAUGGGAGAACCUUCCAGAAGGACAACCAUCUCUACAGCACUCCACCAAUCAGGCCUUUAUGGUAGAGUAGCCAGACGGAACCACUCCUCAGUAAAUGGCACAUGACAGCCCGCUUGGAGUUUUUCAAAAGGCAGAGAAGAAUGGGAGAAACUCCCCAAAUACAGGUGUGCCAAGCUUGUAGCGUCAUACCCAAGAAGACUCAAGGCUGUAAUCGAUGCCAAAGGUGCUUCAACAAAGUACUGAGUAAAGGGUCUGAAUAUUUCAGUUUUUUAUUUGUAAUACAUUUGCAAAAAUCUUUUUGCUUUGUCAUUAUGAGGUAUUGUGUGUAGGUUGAUGAGGGGGGAAAAAACUAUUUAAUCAAUUUUAGAAUAAGGCUGUCACCUAACAAAAUGUGGAAAAGGUCAAGGGGUCUGAAUACUUUCCGAAGGCACUGUACCUAAGUAAGAAACAAACACACAUGAACAGAGAACUACUAUUUGCACCUGAACGUGUGGCCUCUGAUUUCUUUAUUUACAGCUUGAUGUGUCAAUGAAAAGACAAACACUAUGGCUGCAUCCCAAACGGCACCCUAUUCCCUAUAUAGUGCACUACUUUUGACCAGAGUCCUACGGGCCAAAAGUAGUGCACUAUAUAGGGAAUAGAGUGCCUAUUUGGGAUGCACUGUGUUUUCUAUACAGCUGUCAGGGAAGCAAAACAUUCUCUGCCAAAGCUGCAUUCCAUCUGGUGUGGGAAAUACCUACCGCACAGGCAAAGGCCUGGGUCCCACCGUACCCCGCCCCUACCCAAGGUGCAUUGCAGGCCUUGUCAGUCAGUAACUCAGAGAGUAUUUUAAUUGUUUAAUCUCCGUGAACAGGUCCAACAGGGUUCUCUCUGGGGGUUUUCCUGUUUAUUUCCUUAACAACAGGUUUCCUUCUAAUCUCUCUCUCUCUCUCUCUCUCUCUUUCUCCUAGUCUCUCCGUCUGUCAUUACAUUACGUUCCUCCUUUGUUGGCAGUCAAUGUCAGACUCUGAGGUUUGCAUAGCUGCUGGAGAGGGAAGUUAGCUGAUUAUUUGCUAGAGUAUUUUUCAGAGUAUCUAUUAAGCUCCGUGAGAAGGAAACAGGAAAUAGUUGUAAAUUAGUAGGUUGUGUGAAGUGGAUUUCCCUCCGGUGUAGUGUAACUGAGGACAGUGUGAACAACAACAGAACAUGCAGUAAAACUAACCUGUGUCUCUCUCACACCACUGACCACACCACUGUCUUAUCUAUCUGAUAUCAGUUCGCCUGCUGUAACCUUACAGAGAUGGUAGUGCAAAUAGCCUACAGGCAGAUGACACAGUCAAUCCCUGAUUUUGGUUCACUUUGACCAUGUCCAUCAUCAUAGCUUGAUGGUUUUCUUCUCACGGUGCUCAGGAAUAAAGGGGAGCCAAUAUAUAAAGUAGAAUUACUUAUUUAUUAAAGGACGUGUAUGAAGUUAUAUUACAUGUACUAAUUCCUUUCCGCCUUCAGGGAAUUUUUUUUUGUCAGGAAGUCAGAAGCACACUAGGUAGUUACUAUAGUAACCUCAGUACUGUUUGUAAUGUAUACAGUUGGUACCUUUUGUCUCUGCUCUCAGAGUCUAAAUAGCCAGUUGCAUUACAUUAUCCAUAAUCGCAUUACACUGGGUAAUUGUAUACAGACUGACCCUAGCCACAGGCACAUAGACUAUUGCAGCAUAGAUACUGGAGACUGAGACAGGGGUGGGGUCGGGGGACACUGUGGCCCCAUCCGACGAUACCCCCGGACAGGGCCAACCAGGCAGGAUAUAACCCCACCCACUUUGCCAAAGCACAGCCCCCACACCACCAGAGGGAUAUCAACAGACCACCAACCUACUACCCUGAGAGAAAAAAGGCAGAGUAUAGCCCAUGAAAAUCCCCCCCCCCCCCCCCCCUCACCGCACGAGCCCGAGGGGGUGCAAAACUGCACAGGAAGAUCACGUCAGUGACUCAACCCACUCAGGUCGAGUAGACUGAAAAAAGCCUGGGACUGCAUCUAGGAUAUUGCGCAAGGUUAAGUUCAGAUCCUCGGUUAGGUGGUUAACAGAUUUUUAACCUCCUUGGGUAGGUGGAGGGAGUCUGGAAAGGCGAUCUGCAUGACUAUAAACUCCGAUAGGAAUUCAGGGAGCUCAGUUAGGAACGCUGUAUAUGGCCCAGGAAGCCUGUAAACAGUAGCUAGCUAUAAAAAGUUAUUGAGUAGGCUGCAUAGAUUUCAUCACUAGAACCUCAAAAGAUGAAAACACUGUAUUUAAAAAUAAAUAAAUAGACAUUUGCUGUCCAUAAAUGUUAGCAACCAAUCCACCUGCGUGAUGCGCAGGGGUUAUGGUCACUAGUGUAACCAGGAAGAGAGGCAUCAUUUAACGCAGUCAUUUCAUCAGGCUUAAACCAUGCUUCAGUCCAAUCACAUAAAGUUUAUCAUCAGUGAUUUGUUCAUUGACUAUGACUGCCUAGGAAGUGAGGGAUCUAACAUUAAGUAGUCCUAUUUUGAGAUGUGAGGUAUUAUCACAAUCUCUUUCAAUAAUCUAUUUCGCACGGCAAGCGGUACCGUAGUGCCAAGUCUAGGUCCAAAAGACUUCUCAACAGCUUCUACCCCCAAGCCAUAAGACUCCUGAACAGCUAAUCAUGGCUACCCGGACUAUUUGCACUGCCCCCCCCCACCCCAUCUUUUUACGCUGCUGCUACUCUGUUAAUUAUUUAUGCAUAGUCACUUUAACUCUACCCACAUGUACAUAUUACUUCAACUACCUCAACUAGCCGGUGUCCCCGCACAUUGACUCUGCACCGGUACCCCCCUCUAUAUAUAGCCUCCCUACUGUUAUUUUAUUUUACUUCUGCUCUUUUUUUCUCAACACUUUUUUGUUGUUGUUUUAUUUUACUUUUUUUUAUUAAAAAUAAAUGCACUGUUGGUUAAGGGCUGUAAGUAAGCAUUUCACUGUAAUGUCUGCACCUGUUGUAUUCGGCGCAUGUGGCCAAUACAAUUUGAUUUGAUUUGAUAAUGACAGGAAUGGAGGAGGCCUUUAUUCCAGUGAGAUUGCUAAGGUUAACACCGCCAUGUUUAGUUUUGCCCGACCUAGAUCGAGGCACAGACACGGCCUCAAUGGGGAAAACUGAGCUGACUACACUGACUGUGCUAAGGGGCAAACUCCACUAAGCUGACAGGCUGGCUAACAGCCUGCUGCCUGGCCUGCACCCUAUCUCAUUGUGAAGCUAGAGGACUUAGAACCCUGUCAUUUCAAACCUUGUAUACGGACACAUACAUCUCUCUAUAAUGCGUGGGAAUACUUUGGAACAGAUUUCCCAAAUGUAAGUCACUUGGAGCUGAUUUGCUGGUGUUUUUAUAGUCUUUUAUGUCCACCAAUAAAAAAAAUGCUCAGAGAAUUUGGGGGGGGGGGGGGGGGGGGGGGGGGGGGGGGGGGGGGGUGGGGGGGGACCAAAUAAACACCCGUAGGACCAAAUAUUCACCCGUAUAGGCACCAAAUAAUAUCACCCGUAGGCAAAUAAUAUCACCCCGCAGGCCAAAUAAUAUCACCCGCAGGCCAAAUAAUAUCACCCGCAGGCCAAAUAAUAUCACCCGUAGGCCAAAUAAUAUCACCCGUAGGCCAAAUAAUAUCACCCGUAGGCCAAAUAAUAUCACCCGCAGGCCAAAUAAUAUCACCCGUAGGCCAAAUAAUAUCACCCGCAGGCCAAAUAAUAUCACCCGUAGGCCAAAUAAUAUCACCCGCAGGCCAAAUAUAUCACCCGUAGGCCAAAUAAUAUCACCGCAGCCAAAUAAUAUCACCCGUAGGCCAGAAUAAUAUCACCCGAGGCCAAAUAAUAUCACCCGAGGCCAAAUAAUAUCACCCGUAGGCCAAUAAUAUCACCCGUAGGCCAAUAUAUCACCCGAGGCCAAAUAAUAUCACCCGUAGGCCAAAUAAUAUCACCCGCAGGCCAAAUAAUAUCACCCGUAGGCCAAAUAAUAUCACCCGUAGACCAAAUAAUAUCACCCGUAGGCCAAAUAAUAUCACCCGUAGGCCAAAUAAUAUCACCCGUAGGCCAAAUAAUAUCACCCGCAGGCCAAAUAAUAUCACCCGUAGGCCAAAUAAUAUCACCCGCAGGUCAAAUUCAGCCCGCAGGUAGCCAGUUGGAGAACCCUGCUCUAAAGUAUUGAAGUGUGUGCUAGGAAAAUACUUGUACGUUUAUUAAAGUAAAGAUUCACCUAUUUUGAAUGUUAUAUUGUUUUUGUGCAUCUCUGAGCGAUGCUCUAUCGAUUCCCUAGGUCGUUUCAUGUUUCAUGUGUAUCUGAGCUAUUGCCGUUCAAACAGGAAGAAAUUCGGUCAGUAUGACAUAGCAUUGCGAUAAAGCCGCUCCCACUACACUGGAAGUUAAUAGGAAUAUGACUUUUAGAUUGUGAAAACGUCUAUCAUACAUGUCAGAUUUCAACACUGGCCAAGUCAUAAAGCUGGAGGUUGUGUUCUCUCAAAUGAGCCAUUGAUCAUAUUAUUUUAUGUUCCUACCUAGAAAUGUUUUAUUUAACAGAGGGUCUAACACAUUUAUCCUAUUUGUCUGUCUCUUCAGUCCAGGGUGCGUUGCAUGGUGCCGUUGUACACUCUGUGAGACACGAUCUGCAGGUUGAACAUGGUGAGAUUGUGGACUCCUGAUAGUGCAGUUUGUUUAGGCGAUUUUACAGCCAACUAGCUACUUCACAUGCUGAUAUUGACCAGCGGUGGAAAAAGUACCCAAUUUGGCAUACUUGAGUAAAAGUAAAGAUACCUUAAUAGAAAAUGACUCAAGUGAAAGUCAGUAAAAUUCUACUUAAGUAUCAAAAGUAAGUGUAAAUCAUUUAAAAUUCCUUAUAUUAACCAAACCAGACGGCACAAUUGCCUUGUUUUUAUUUCUUUACGGAUAGCCAGGGGCACACUCCAACACUCAGACAUCAUUUACAAAUGAAGCAUGUAUGAGUCCACCAGAGGCAGUAGGAUGAACUGGGAUGUUCUCUUGAUAAGUGUGUGAAUUUGACCAUUUUCCUGUCUUGUAAGCAUUCAACAUGAAAUGAAUACUUUUGGGUGUCGGGAAAAUGUAUGGAGUAAAAAGUACAUUAUUUUCUAAACAAACUGCACUAGCUAGCUACUUCACAUGCUGAUAUUGAUUCUGGUAUUGUUGUGUGUAGCUAGCUAGCUAGCCAGCCAGCCCAUAGCGAGAGCAUUGCAUUCUGGAUUUUGUAGUCGAGCUGCAACAGAUUUCCACAACGAUUUUCACAUGAUGCUACCAACCUUACUAUAAUGACAAAAUGAAACAACAUUUGUUCACAAAAAAAUAUUGUUCUCACAUUUUUUUAUGUAACACUGUAAAUUAUAGGAAUUAGUGGUUUUGGGUGGAUUUUUUAUUUAACUGAACAUGUUGUUUGGUAUUUCAUGCCUUGUGAUUGAUAAUUGGCCAUGAUGUGAAUUGGCUUGUUCUCAUUGGCUGAUGUAUGAUGGGAAUUGCUGUAAGAAGCCUGUUCUUUCUUUGCUGGUUGGACAGAUAGGGAACAGGUCGGCUGCCAGGUUAACAGGCAAUUAUUGAACCUGGGUUUCCUUUUGAACAAGCUUGUAUUUGAUUCAGGUUAUGAUCCUGUUGUUGCAACAUCCAGUUUAUUUUCUUUUGUUUUGUAAAUAUUCUAAGGUUUCGCUGGCUUUUUCCUCACUGCAAAUAAAAAGCCUCCGUCUGGGCAAGAAAAAGCACAUCUACAUCGUAUGCCUGCUCACUGUUAAAGUCCAACCGCUGGGUCAACCUUCAGGGUCCUACUGAAAACGACCCUGGUUUGGUCAAACAACUGUGUCGUGUUAUUACUCGGAUCAUUGUGUUAUCUGAAUGUAUCUAUUAACCAGAGAAAAAACAGCACACAGUGGUGUGUGGGUGUCUGCGUCCGAGUUUCAGUUUCAUUAUCAGUAACUGGUGCGUUUCCUACAAUAUGCCUACGCAAUGCUCUUAUCAAUCAGGCUAGUGACUCUGACUGUAACAAGUUAUCAUGAAAUAAGUCCCUUCUCAGAAUGUCACGAGAAAGUCGUCACACUUUGGACAUUCUGUGGCUAGUCAUGUGAUUUCCUCCCAAAAUCACGUUGCUCAUCUAGUAAACAACCUAAUCACAGUAACAUACGAGCGUCUGGAGCAAAGCGUUGCACUUAUAUGAUAGCUUUCAUGUUGGGUCAUCUUAGCAUACAACCCCUUAACUUUUAGUUAAUGUCUUUUCACAGCAGCACAUCAUUGGAAAUGUUUUGUAUCUGCCAAGUAAUUCUAGAGGAACUUGCUUACGGUUACUCAACCCUUUACAGUACCUCACCAGUUUAUUCGAAUUGUAAAUAAUAUCCCCUCUCUCUCUGUUUCUGAACAGGCAUUUGGCAAUGCUAAGACGGCUCAGAACAACAACUCCAGUCGCUUUGGGAAGUUUAUCCAGGUCAACUAUCUGGAGAGUGGGGUGGUGAGAGGGUGAGGCAGUGUUAUCAUGUUAUCAACACAUACUCUACACCAUCUGUCUUUGCAUGACUUGGCAUGAUAGCAGCAACAUCACAGAAACAAACUAUCCCAUCACUUUUUAUUCAGUGCAGUGGUUUAUUUUGGUUAACCUGGGUGCCAGUCUGAUUCUGCUCUGUUGGCCAACUCCUUAUGGAAUUACCAUGCCAAACAGCAUGCUUGACUUGACAAUGACUGCAAUUGAGUUGGCAAGAGAACAGAUCUGGGAACAGGCUAUAAUUAGGGCAUUUCCUCAUCAAAGGUCAACCACAUUUUAAUUGGUGGGUUUCUGGUUAAAAUGGAAUCUAACUGUAAUUCAUUGGUUUAUUUGUGUAGUUCCUUGCUGUCAGUGUCACGGCGAACACAGGGGACUUUGUCGCUUACACUGCUGCCAUCGUAACCUUUAAUUUCACAGCACAACCAUUUGGCUUGAUUUGAUUUUAGUAAGCAAACAUAAGUUCAUAAAUCAAGAAUUUGUAAACAAACCACAUUUCUGUCAGAUGUUUGGUUUGUAUUGAUUGUCUGUUUGUCUCCUUUGCAGGGCGGUAGUAGAGAAGUACUUCCUGGAAAAGUGUCGGCUGGUGUUUAGAGAGAAGAAUGAGAGGUAUGGAUUGACUAGCAGAGAAGACAUGACCCAAAUGUCCGCGCUGUUGAUGUGAAUUAAUGACUAGCGCGAAAGCCAGAGUUGAUUUCUUAUCUCGACUCUGGCUCACAGUGAAUCAGGCCCAUACAGGAACUAGUGCAUCCAGCACGACUCAGUUUUCUUACGAACGAUUAAAUCAGGAAAUUCCCGUUUUGACUUAAAAUCUCAGAUCAUGAAUUUGUACAGGAGCUUUUCAUUUGUCAUAGUUAGUAUCUGCAAUUCUCUGAACACAUCACUUUAACAGGCUGUGUGGGGUUAAUGCCAAACACACAGCAUGCGCUCCUGUGACUGCAGUUCAAGUUUAACCUGGUCUGAGGUGUAACAUAAUAAGACAGUGAAGUAGACUUGAAUUCAAACCGUCCGGUAGAAAGGUAGAAAUGAAACUGUUGUACAGAUCCCAUUUUUAGCAGCUGAACAAAUAUUAGGUUAGACAGAAUUACUCUCACGCUGAAAAAUUGAUAAUAAUUAUGUAAAAUAAACGUCUAGGUAACACUUAACCUCAGCUACGUUAAAGGUAUACUUUAUAAAGGGUUUGUAAAUGUUGGUGUAAGUAGCUGUCAAGUUGGUGCUUGACAAAUAAUCACACAAUCGCUCCAGUUCAACCAAUUAGUUCCAACUGUUUAUUACUGAUUCAUACACUAAUGAUUGACAGUAUAUGACUGGAGCCCUAAGUUGUUCCUAACUACAUUACCUGACUAGGAAAUACAGUAGUUGUAGUUUUUAACUGGGGCCUGUAGUUUUUAACUGGGGCCCUCUCUACAGUACAGUUUGACCUCUGACCCUUGACCUCUAGGAGCUACCACGUGUUCUACUACCUGCUGGUGGGGGCGUCCAAGGAGGAGCAGAGAGAGUUCAGUCUUCUGCAGCCUGAAGACUACACAUACCUGCAACAGGUCCUUACACAGACAGACAGACACACACAACACACACACACACAGACACACACAACACCUAACACAGACAACAGACCACAACACAUACACUGAAGACUAACACAUACCUGCAACAGUACACCACAUACACACAACACACACACACACACACACACACACAGACACACAGACAGACGAACACAGAUCACACACACACACACAGACACGACACACAAGACACACACACACACACACACAGACAACAGACACACACACAACACACACACACACCAACACACACAUCAACAGAGACACACCAGGACCACACACAUCACACACACAGAACACACACACACAAACACACAACAACAGACAGACCAAAGACCACACACACACACACAAACACCACACAACAACAGACAGACUGACAGAAACAGACAGAAACAACAAUGACAGACAGACACACAGAGCUAAUAUACACAUACCUGCAAAGUUACAUCAUACACACACACACACACACACACACAGACACACAGACACAAGACACACACACACACACACACCACACACACAGACAGACAGACAGACAGACACACACACACACACCACACAGACACAAGACACCGACACACUGAGCCUGAAGACUACACAUACCUGCAACACAUUUACACACACACACAGACACACACACACAGACAGACAGACACGACAGACACACAACACACAGACACACAGAGCCUGAAGACUACACAUACCUGCAACACAUUUACACACACACACAGACACACACACAGACACACACACAUGACACACACACACACAGACACACACACAGACACACACACACUGAGCCUGAAGACUACACAUUGCUACAUGAGGUACACACACCAGGGAUUUGCCAGCUUUUCACCGAUUUAAAAAAAAACGAAUGAAAAGCCGAUAAAUAAAACGGUUACUGUUGCUGUCCCAAAUGACCGGGAGAAAAAAAAUCCCAUUGCAAAAUAAAGCUUUUUAUUUAUUGAUGGAAAUACCAGUCGAUGGAAAUACAUUUGACCGUCAUGCUUAUCAGUCUAUAUUAUUACAUAAUAUAGUGUAGUUAAAUUGGCAUGUGUGUAUUUUCGUUAGUCAUCAUGUAUCUUAUUUAUCCAACACAACUAUCACGUGCACACAGCAUACAGAGAUUAUUUUGAGCGGGAUUUCUCCUGCUGAUCCUCAGCUGGUUGCUUCUGGAGUAAAAAGUGAUUUUAUAAGCCCAUUCAUUGCGCAACAAUUCUAAAUUCAAUCGUGUGUUAAAAACAGUUUUGGUGCACGAUUUUAAAAAAGUGCUACUAUUUGUAUUUCUCAACUGGUCAUUGAAGCGCGCCUCCCAUUCACUAUCAAAGUGCAGACAACAGGCUACCAGCGCUUCACCCACCACUUUACAAUGUGAGCUGGAGGCAGUAUGCAUUUUGAAAACAUAGUUAUUUGUUUGAAACCUGAACAUUCUAUUUCAUAUUAUGAGGCAUGUCUUGCUUCAAAGUAGCCUAUAGGCCAAAAUCCCACCAUGGAAAUGUUGAGGCAGUUCUUUUAUAAAGACUUCAGAGGCGGAGCGUGAGUUUCAAGUUUACAAUUUAUUAAAUUUCUACCAAUCUGCCAGUUAUGCUUUUUAUAUGCAAAUUUUUGUGGAAUUUGAAACUAUUUAUACUUUUACUUUUGAUACUUAAGUAUAUUUAAAACCAAAUACUUUUAGACUUUUACUCAAGUACUAUUUUACUGGGUGACGUUGACUUUUACUUGAAUCAUUUUCUAUUAAGGUAUACUUUUACUAAGUAUGAAAAUUUGUACUUUUUCCACCACUGAAAGAAAUGAGCGCAUGGAACUCAUCGCCUAUAGGCCAAUAACUUCCAUUGCUCUUUCACACAGAGGAUUGGUGAUUAUCGAGCGGGAGCUUGUUGUAAAGAUUUUAAAAAAUAGUUUACAGUGAGGAACUAUAGUUUUUAAUAUAUCAUCAUUCGCAAUGGGAUGUUUAAAAAAACAACACUUUCCUACAUUUCGGCGCAGCAGGCCAGGUCCUAUGCGUGCUCAGGCGCACGAGUUCCCUCAACGUUAUCAGGACAGAGAAAUCAGACACAUGCUCACUGCUCACAUGGAGCACUCCAAACAAAAGACAAUGAAAACAUUCACAAAUCUCCUAAAAUGAUGGUUAUGAAAUGAACCAAAACGUGUUUCUCACAAGUGUAGCAGGUUGUGAACUCUGCAAACGACAUAUCCACUUCGAGAAUGAGAAUGGUAAAUGACUGUAAUUAAUACAUGCAUUAACAGAAAUUAAUGUAACCAAAUUAUGGGGAUUAAUGGUACAUUUACUACCGGUGACAUAUAUAUAUAUACUGAAAAUUGAUCAAAAAAAUCAAAGGGCAAUUCACACAAAGAAACAAUGAAUACGCAAGAAUUAGCGGGAGACAGCGGAGCCAUUCUGGAGAGAGACUGGCCUAUAUCUUGGCCACACACCCCUCCCCUUCUUCUUGUCUCAACAUUUUAAAUUAUACUCAGGACGCAUUAUCUUCACACAUAUUUUAGAUGCUUUUCACUGACAGCUGGAACUCAAUAAUAAGCUAGGCCUACUGCCAGGUGCGCUGCCCAAAUUGCAGCCUUCACAAAUAGGCUGAGGCCUAAAAGCUUGUGAUUUGAAACAAUCCACAGCCAUUUUUUUUUUUUAAAGAAGCUCAUGAUCCUCGGUUCCUCUGUGGCUUUCUGGUGAAGUAUUUUUAAUGUUUUUAUAUAUUUAUGUAUAGGCUGGAGAAAUUAUAUAAUUUUGGCAAAUGUAUUUCUAUUUACUUUCUUAUUGGAUACACCGCUAUGCUGUUUCUCUGCUGUUACAUCGGUUUUCAUAUCAACUUUCUUUCGUUGUCCAGAAGCCAAAGGCACAAUCCUACUCAGAUUAGCAACCCAAACUAGUUGUUGCAUCUUUAGGUUCCACCUCUUUCUAUGUUUCUAACAGAGAUUUUCAUCUCUGUCACAUAUGGAACCGCUAUCAGGUGCGCUGUUUAGAAUGGUGUUUUUCCCAGGUGCGCUGUUUAGAAUGGUGUUUUUCCCAGGUGCGCUGUUUAGAAUGGUGUUUUUCCCAGGUGCGCUGUUUAGAAUGGUGUUUUUCCCAGGUGCGCUGUUUAGAAUGGUGUUUUUCCCAGGUGCGCUGUUUAGAAUGGUGUUUUUCCCAGGUGCGCUGUUUAGAAUGGUGUUUUUCCCAGGUGCGCUGUUUAGAAUGGUGUUUUCCCAGGUGCACUGUUUAGAAUGGUGUUUUCCCAGGUACGCUGUUUAGAAUGGUGUUUUUCCAGGUGCGCAGUUUAGAAUGGUGUUUUCCCAGGUGCGCAGUUUAGAAUGGUGUUUUCCCAGGUACGCUGUUUAGAAUGGUGUUUUCCCAGGUGCGCUGUUUAGAAUGGUGUUUUUCCCAUGAAUGGCAUUUUGGCAAAUUACGUUUUAUUGGCUGCUUCAUUACAUAAGUUACAUGUUCUGUUAAGAUGCAUUACCAUAAUCUAAAUGUGAUUUCUGUCAUUCUGAACACUGUGGGUGGAGGUCCUAAUGCAGCGGUUCCCAAACCUGGGGUCGCGACCGCUUGUGGGGUUGCCUGAUAUGACAAUCAUUGUAAUGUGGUUAACCUUAAAAAUUUAAAUGAAAAUGACUGAAAUCUGAAAGAUAAAAUUCAACCAGAGUGCCCUUAGCUCGUGGGGGCUGCACUUGACCGUUGCGCUUGAAUCGGAAUGAUUCAAGUGCAACAGUCAAGUGCGGCCUUUCGAGCGGUGACAAACAUUCACGGGUCAUUACGGAGGAGUUUUGGUUCCUGACCCUGCAGUCUCCCUCAGAGCAGAAAAAACAAAUAUCGAUCCAGGUUGGAUGUGACCGCAGAAAUGAGGUGCGCACUGUUGACCACGCCCCCUGACUUUGAGAAGCUCCGACGCGACAUGCAUCAAGCACACCCAUCUCAUUAGGGGUGGUGAGAAAAUUCCCAGUUGUUUUGAAUGCGGCAUUAGAGGCAUUUUGUCAGACUAAUUUGCAAUUGACUGUCAUAGCCCCACAUUAAAAGUAUGUGAUGGUGAGUUGAGAAGACAAUCAGAAAUAUUGUUGAAAUCAAAUCAAAAUGUAUUGGCCGCAUACACAUUUAGCAGCUGUUAUUGCGGGUGUAGCGAAAUGCUUGUGUUCCUAGCUCCAACAGUGCAGUAUUAUCUAAUAAUUCACAAAAAUACACACAAAUCUAAAAGUAAAAGAAUGGAAUUAAGAAAUAUAUAUAAAUAUUAGGACAAGCAAUGUCGGAGUCCGGAGUAUAAAUAUAUAUAGAAAGUUUUGUUAGAAUGUUGUUCCAUUGACUGCCAUAGCCCAAAAUAAAACAAGGAAACAUUGGCUGGAAAUACAUACUUUUUUUCACAUGGUUGGGGUCGUGAGAAUUUUCAGAUAUCAAAAUGGGUUCGUGGACAGAAAAGGUUUCUGAACCCUGUCCUAAUGGCUUAUGCACCCUAAUGGAAACCCUGACACACACACUGAGCCUGAAGACUGCAUAUACCUCCAACAGGUACUCUGUCAGUCAGUCAGACUCUCUCUCUCUCUCUGUCUCUCUCUCUCUCUCUCUCUCUCUCUCUCUGUCUCUCUCUGUCUCUCUCUCUCUCUCUCUCUCUCUCUCUCUCUCUCUCUCUCUCUCUCUCUCUCGCUCUCUCUCUCUCUCUCUCUCUCUGUGUGUAUCACUUUGCAGGAGGACUUUCAUUUAGAAGACGCUGAGGACCUCAGGCAUGAGUUCAAGAGGCUCCAUCAGGCCAUGGAGAUGGUGGGAUUCCUGGUCCCUACCAAGAAACAGUACGUAUGGGUACUGUAGGGUUACAGAUUGAGGGAGACGGAGAGGUGGACAGAGAGAGUGACAGAAGAACGAGAGAGAGAAACAAUUUAUCAUAGCUCAGAAACCUUAUCCUCUCCUCUUAACAUCUCCAGUACCAUGUUCCAUUUCUUCAGCCCUGAUCUGAUCUUUUUCCUGAAAAGUUGGUGUCAUACCUCAUGGAACUAAAACAGUAUGCCUGUAACAGAACACAACUCUCCAGUAAUUCCUCCUCCCUCUCCCAUAGCCGCAGCAGGUUAGAGCUGGGUCAGACGUAGCAGGGGGAAAUACAGGGAGCAUUACAGCAGCGGGCAUCUGAUGUUGACCUCGGGGCCUGGCAUGCGUGGUAUAGAGAGGAGCACAACCCAGUUGCUGAUCUGUAGGCCUACUGGGGUGCAUCUCCAUGUAAUUAUGUUCUAGCUCGUAAACCAUUAAUGUUUUGUGUGAAUGAAUGUCCUGUAUGUAUGGUACCCUAGAAAAUGAGGAUGGUGUAGUAACCUAUACCACUACCCAGUAGGGAUUCAUAUUAUCCCGAAGAUCAUCAUUUAAUAUUUAUCCAGAGAGUCCUGGGAAAUACCCCAAAAAUCAGAAGUGCCCAUUUUAAAGUGUUUAAAACCAAUAUAUGGUCAUUAUGCCAGGGUUCUCCCCAAAUAAGAGGGGCGCUGCGCCAACCUGUCGGCUUGUCUGCGCCACCCUGUCGGCUUGUCUGCGCCACCCUGUCGGCUUGUCUGCGCCACCCUGUCGGCUUGUCUGCGCCACCCUGUCGGCUUGUCUGCGCCACCCUGUCGGCUUGUCUGCGCCACCCUGUCGGCUUGUCUGCGCCACUAUCUAAAGAUUUCAGAGCAAAUUAAACGGACAUUUAGUAAUGAUAGAGUAACUAUCUUUGAUCGGCAAUGACAUUGUUGUGAAUUGCGAAAAAGGCAGUUCCAAAAUUCAGAGCGUUAUCAUGUUUCCUCAAUUAAUUCUGCGCACUUCAGCGGUCUCGACACAGAGCGCACCCCGAGUAUAGCGUUGUGGAAUCAUACGAACUUUGUAACGGCAGUCAAACAAUGGUUAUAUUAACAAAGUAGCUUAGCUUGCCAGAUAAUAGUCCAGGUGUAUUGAAUAGUCCAGGUGUAUUGGGUAGUCCAGGUGUAUUGGAUAGUCCAGGUGUAUUGGAUAGUCCAGGUGUAUUGGGUAGUCCAGGUGUAUUGGAUAGUCCAGGUGUAUUGGGUAGUCCAGGUGUAUUGGAUAGUCCAGGUGUAUUGGGUAGUCCAGGUGUAUUGGAUAGUCCAGGUGUAUUGGGUAGUCCAGGUGUAUUGAAUAGUCCAGGUGUAUUGGGUAGUCCAGGUGUAUUGGAUAGUCCAGGUGUAUUGGAUAGUCCAGGUGUAUUGAAUAGUCCAGGUGUAUUGGGUAGUCCAGGUGUAUUGGGUAGUCCAGGUGUAUUGAAUAGUCCAGGUGUAUUGGGUAGUCCAGGUGUAUUGAAUAGUCCAGGUGUAUUGGGUAGUCCAGGUGUAUUGGGUAGUCCAGGUGUAUUGAAUAGUCCAGGUGUAUUGGGUAGUCCAGGUGUAUUGAAUAGUCCAGGUGUAUUGGGUAGUCCAGGUGUAUUGGGUAGUCCAGGUGUAUUGGGUAGUCCAGGUGUAUUGGAUAAUCCAGGUGUAUUGAAUAGUCCAGGUGUAUUGGAUAGUCCAGGUGUAUUGAAUAGUCCAGGUGUAUUGGAUAGUCCAGGUGUAUUGAAUAGUCCAGGUGUAUUGGAUAGUCCAGGUGUAUUGAAUAGUCCAGGUGUAUUGGAUAGUCCAGGUGUAUUGAAUAGUCCAGGUGUAUUGAAUAGUCCAGGUGUAUUGGAUAAUCCAGGUGUAUUGAAUAGUCCAGGUGUAUUGGAUAGUCCAGGUGUAUUGAAUAGUCCAGGUGUAUUGGAUAGUCCAGGUGUAUUGGAUAGUCCAGGUGUAUUGAAUAGUCCAGGUGUAUUGGAUAAUCCAGGUGUAUUGAAUAGUCCAGGUGUAUUGGAUAGUCCAGGUGUAUUGAAUAGUCCAGGUGUAUUGGGUAGUCCAGGUGUAUUGAAUAGUCCAGGUGUAUUGGGUAGUCCAGGUGUAUUGGGUAGUCCAGGUGUAUUGGAUAGUCCAGGUGUAUUGAAUAGUCCAGGUGUAUUGAAUAGUCCAGGUGUAUUGGGUAGUCCAGGUGUAUUGAAUAGUCCAGGUGUAUUGGGUAGUCCAGGUGUAUUGGGUAGUCCAGGUGUAUUGGGUAGUCCAGGUGUAUUGGGUAGUCCAGGUGUAUUGGGUAGUCCAGGUGUAUUGGAUAAUCCAGGUGUAUUGAAUAGUCCAGGUGUAUUGGAUAAUCCAGGUGUAUUGAAUAGUCCAGGUGUAUUGGAUAGUCCAGGUGUAUUGAAUAGUCCAGGUGUAUUGGGUAGUCCAGGUGUAUUGAAUAGUCCAGGUGUAUUGGGUAGUCCAGGUGUAUUGGGUAGUCCAGGUGUAUUGGAUAGUCCAGGUGUAUUGAAUAGUCCAGGUGUAUUGAAUAGUCCAGGUGUAUUGGGUAGUCCAGGUGUAUUGAAUAGUCCAGGUGUAUUGGGUAGUCCAGGUGUAUUGGGUAGUCCAGGUGUAUUGGGUAGUCCAGGUGUAUUGAAUAGUCCAGGUGUAUUGGGUAGUCCAGGUGUAUUGAAUAGUCCAGGUGUAUUGGGUAGUCCAGGUGUAUUGAAUAGUCCAGGUGUAUUGGGUAGUCCAGGUGUAUUGGGUAGUCCAGGUGUAUUGGGUAGUCCAGGUGUAUUGAAUAGUCCAGGUGUAUUGGGUAGUCCAGGUGUAUUGGAUAGUCCAGGUGUAUUGGAUAGUCCAGGUGUAUUGGGUAGUCCAGGUGUAUUGGGUAGUCCAGGUGUAUUGGGUAGUCCAGGUGUAUUGGGUAGUCCAGGUGUAUUGGGUAGUCCAGGUGUAUUGGGUAGUCCAGGUGUAUUGGGUAGUCCAGGUGUAUUGGGUAGUCCAGGUGUAUUGGAUAAUCCAGGUGUAUUGGAUAGUCCAGGUGUAUAGUGACCUAACUGUGUGUUAUACAGGAUCUUCUCUGUGCUCUCUGCCAUCCUGUACCUGGGCAACGUGACGUACAGCCAAUCAGAAGACGGCCAGGGGCUGGAGGCAGGGCCAGCAGAUGUCCUCUCUAUCCUGUCUGACCUGCUGAAGGUAGAUGUUAUUUUGUUGAUGGAUUUUGUUGUGUAUUGUCUAUUUAUGACUAUUUUAAAUGGUCAAAUAAUUAAAUAAUUCAGCAUUAGCUGCUAUUGAUACUAUGUAAUGGUGCCUUAUUGAAUUUGAAAAUAAACCAUUCUCAAUAAAUCAAUCAAUAUAUUUGUCUCACCUGCUCAAGCUAGGGCAAUCACUGUCAAUCAAUAUAUUUAUUGUCCAGUCAAUCAAUAAAUAUGUAUUGUCCAAUCAAUCAAAAUCUUCAUUAUACAGUUGAAGUCGGAAGUUUACAUACACCUUAGCCAAAUACAUUUAAACUCAGUUUUUCACAAUUCCUGACAUUUAGUCCUAGUAAAAAUUCCCUGUCUUAGGUCAGUUAGGAUCACCACUUUAUUUUAAGAAUGUGAAAUGUCAGAAUAAUAGUAGAGAGAAUUAUUUAUUUCAGCUUUUAUUUCUUUCAUCACAAUCCAGUGGGUCAGAAAUGUACAUGCACUCAAUUAGUAUUUGGUAGCGUUGCCUUUAAAUUGGGUCAAACGUUUCGGGUAGCCUUCCACAAGCUUCCCACAAUAAGUUGGGUGAAUUUUGGCCCAUUCCUCCUGGCAGAGCUGGUCUAACUGAGUCAGGUUUGUAGGCCUCCUUGCUCGCACACGCUUUUUCAGUUCUGCCCACACAUUUUCUAUAGGAUUGAGGUCAGGGCUUUGUGAUGGCCACUCCAAUACCUUGACUUUGUUGUCCUUAAGCCAUUUUGCCACAACUUUGGAAGUAUGCUUGGGGUCAUUGUCCAUUUGGAAGACCCAUUUGCCACCAAGCUUUAACUUCCUGACUGAUGUCUUGAGAUGUUGCUUCAAUAUAUCCACAUAAUUUUCCUUCCUCAUGAUGCCAUAAAUUUUGUGAAGUGCACCAGGCCCUCCUGCAGCAAAGCACCCCCACAGCAUGAUGCUGCCACCCCUGUGCUUCACGGUUGGGAUGGUGUUCUUCGGCUUGCAAGCAACCCCCUUUUUCGUCCAAACAUAACGAUGGUCAUUAUGGCCAAACAGUUCUAUUUUUGUUUCAUCAACCAGAGGACAUUUCUCCAAAAAGUACGAUCUUUGUCCCCAUGUGCAAUUGCAAUCCGUAGUCUGGCUUUUUUUAAGGCGGUUUUGGAGCAGUGGCUUCUUCCUUGCUGAGCGGCCUUUCAGGUUAUGUCGAUAUAGGACAUAACCUGACUGUGGAUAUAGAUACUUUUGUACCUGUUUCUUCCAGCAUCUUCACAAGGUCCUUUGCUGUUGUUCUGGGAUUGAUUUGCACUUUUCGCACCAAAGUACGUUCAUCCCUAGGAGACAGAACGCGUCUCUUUCCUAAGUGGUAUGACAGCUGCGUGGUCCCAUGGUGUGUAUACUUGCGUACUAUUGUUUGUACAGAUGAACGUGGUACCUUCAGGCAUUUGGAAAUUGCUCCCAAGGAUGAACCAGACUUGUGGUGGUCUACAAUUUUUUUUCUGAGGUCUUGGCUGAUUUCUUUUGAUUUUCCCAUGAUGUCAAGCAAAGAUGCACUGAUUUUGAAGGUAGGCCUUGAAAUACAUACACAGGUACACCUCCAAUUGACUCAUUAUGUCAAUUAGCCUAUCAGAAGCUUCUAAAGCCAUGACAUCAUUUUCUGGAAUUUUCCAAGCUGUUUAAAGGCACAGUCAACUUAGUGUAUGUAAACUUCUGACCCACUGGAAUUGUGAUACAGUGAAUUAUAAGUGAAAUAAUCUGUCUGUAAACAAUUGUUGGAAAAAUUACUUGUGUCAUACACAAAGUAGAUGUCCUAACCGACUUGCCAAAACUACAGUUUGUUAACAAGAAAUUUGUGGAGUGUUUGAAAAACACGUUUUAAUGACUCCAACCUAAGUGUAUGUAAACUUCCGACUUCAAAUGUGUCACCUGCUCAAGCUAAAGGACCACUUGUACAUUGUGUUGACUGACAGUCUGCUCUGUUCCUAUAGGUCAAACAGGAGUUGCUGGUGGAGGCCUUGACUAAGAAGAAACAAAUGACGGCCAACAACACCCUAGUUCUACACUACACUCUCAAGGAGGUAGGGGUUUUAACAUCACAUGACAUGACAGGGGAAACUCCAAUCUGUUGUUAUAGCUACCACCUGAUUUUUUAUACAUGCCAUUUAGCAGACACUUCUAUCCAAAGUGCUUUAAAGUCAUGCGUGCAUAGACUCAGGUCAUAUGUGGGCAUAUGUUACUGACUAUUGUUGUUGUCCUUCCUAGGCUGUAACUAUGUUGUUGUUGUCCUUCCUAGGCUGUAACUAUGUUGUUGUUGUCCUUCCUGGGCUGUAACUAUGUUGUUGUUGUCCUUCCUAGGCUGUAACUAUGUUGUUGUCCUUCCUAGGCUGUAACUAUGUUGUUGUCCUUCCUAGGCUGUAACUAUGUUGUUGUUGUCCUUCCUAGGCUGUAACUAUGUUGUUGUUGUCCUUCCAAGGCUGUAACUAUGUUGUUGUUGUCCUUCCUAGGCUGUAACUAUGUUGUUGUUGUCCUUCCUAGGCUGUAACUAUGUUGUUGUCCUUCCUAGGCUGUAACUAUGUUGUUGUCCUUCCUAGGCUGUAACUAUGUUGUUGUUGUCCUUCCUAGGCUGUAACUAUGUUGUUGUCCUUCCUAGGCUGUAACUAUGUUGUUGUUGUCCUUCCUAGGCUGUAACUAUGUUGUUGUCCUACCUAGGCUGUAACUAUGUUGUUGUCCUACCUAGUCUGUAACUAUGUUGUUGUCCUUCCUAGGCUGUAACUAUGUUGUUGUCCUACCUAGGCUGUAACUAUGUUGUUGUCCUACCUAGGCUGUAACUAUGUUGUUGUCCUUCCUAGGCUGUAACUAUGUUGUUGUCCUACCUAGGCUGUAACUAUGUUGUUGUCCUUCCUAGGAUGUAACUACCUUGUUGUUGUCCUUCCUAGGCUGUAACUAUGUUGUUGUCCUUCCUAGGCUGUAACUAUGUUGUUGUCCUACCUAGGCUGUAACUAUGUUGUUGUCCUUCCUAGGCUGUAACUAUGUUGUUGUCCUUCCUAGGCUGUAACUAUGUUGUUGUUGUCCUUCCUAGGCUGUAACUAUGUUGUUGUUGUCCUUCCAAGGCUGUAACUAUGUUGUUGUUGUCCUUCCUAGGCUGUAACUAUGUUGUUGUUGUCCUUCCUAGGCUGUAACUAUGUUGUUGUCCUUCCUAGGCUGUAACUAUGUUGUUGUCCUUCCUAGGCUGUAACUAUGUUGUUGUUGUCCUUCCUAGGCUGUAACUAUGUUGUUGUCCUUCCUAGGCUGUAACUAUGUUGUUGUUGUCCUUCCUAGGCUGUAACUAUGUUGUUGUCCUACCUAGGCUGUAACUAUGUUGUUGUCCUACCUAGUCUGUAACUAUGUUGUUGUCCUUCCUAGGCUGUAACUAUGUUGUUGUCCUACCUAGGCUGUAACUAUGUUGUUGUCCUACCUAGGCUGUAACUAUGUUGUUGUCCUUCCUAGGCUGUAACUAUGUUGUUGUCCUACCUAGGCUGUAACUAUGUUGUUGUCCUACCUAGUCUGUAACUAUGUUGUUGUCCUUCCUAGGCUGUAACUAUGUUGUUGUCCUUCCUAGGCUGUAACUAUGUUGUUGUCCUACCUAGGCUGUAACUAUGUUGUUGUCCUUCCUAGGAUGUAACUACCGGUAUGUUGUUGUCCUUCCUAGGCUGUAACUAUGUUGUUGUCCUUCCUAGGCUGUAACUAUGUUGUUGUUGUCCUACCUGGGCUGUAACUAUGUUGUUGUUGUCCUUCCUAGGCUGUAACUAUGUUGUUGUCCUUCCUAGGCUGUAACUAUGUUGUUGUUGUCCUUCCUAGGCUGUAACUAUGUUGUUGUUGUCCUUCCUAGGCUGUAACUAUGUUGUUGUCCUUCCUAGGCUGUAACUAUGUUGUUGUUGUCCUUCCUAGGCUGUAACUAUGUUGUUGUUGUCCUUCCUAGGCUGUGACAGUGCGGGACUCGAUGGCCAUGUCUCUGUACAGCUCUCUGUUUGAUUGGAUCAUCCUGCGCAUCAACCACGCUCUGCUCAACAGACGAGACAUGGAGGAGGCUGUCUCUGUAAGACAACCCAUCACUGUACUAACCCUAACCCAGAGACACCCCGUCACUGUACUAACCCUAACCCAGAGACACCCCGUCACUGUACUAACCCUAACCCAGAGACACACCGUCACUGUACUAACCCUAACCCAGAGACAACCCGUCAGUGUACUAACCCUAACCCAGAGACACCCCGUCACUGUACUAACCCUAACCCAGAGACACCCCGUCACUGUACUAACCCUAACCCAGAGACAACCCGUCAGUGUACUAACCCUAACCCAGAGACACCCCGUCACUGUACUAACCCUAACCCAGAGACAACCCGUCAGUGUACUAACCCUAACCCAGAGACAACCCAAAUCUGUACUAACCUUAACCCAGAGACAACCCAAAUCUGUACUAACCCUAACCCAGAGACAACCCAAAUCUGUACUAACCCUAACCCAGAGACAACCCAAAUCUGUACUAACCCUAACCCAGAGACAACCCAAAUCUGUACUAACCCUAACCCCAACCUUAAGCCUUUCGCUUCACAUUCUGUAACUAUCACUUCCAGUCAAAACCGCUGCCCCACCAUUUGUUUGACAAACUUUCAAUGCAGCUUAACAUAAAGUAUUAGUAAGGGAAAGUGGUACAGAAGCACUGCUGUUGACAUAUGGCCCAGGGGAGGAUAAAUAUAAUCAGAACUGGUUGAUGACAGAAUUCAGGUAAAUCAUUUGCAUUUCAAAUAAUUUAUAAUAAUAUUGUUUGUUUGUUCAAGUGUUUGUCUAUAGGUAUCCUGGAUAUAUUUGGUUUUGAGGACUUCCAGACGAACAGCUUUGACCGGUUCUGUAUUAACUAUGCCAACGAGAAAGUUCAGUAUUACUUCAACCAGCACAUCUUCAAGCUGGAGCAGGUGAAUUCUAUACACUACUAAUAAACCCUUUACUACACCCCUUAAAGGGUACGUUAAUGUAAAGUAUUUCAUAAAAUGUCCCCUUGGUGAUCAAUAAAGCAUUUAUCCAUUUGUCCACUUAUCCAUCCAUCUAUUCACCAAUUCUUCCAUCCACCCAUCCAUCCAUCUAUUCAUCCCUUCACUCAUCCAUCCACUCAUUCCUUCACUCAUCCGUCCAUUCAUCCCUUCACUCAUCCAUCCACCCAUUUAUUAAUUCAUCCAUGUAUUCCAGGAGGAGUACCAGGCAGAGGGGAUCAGCUGGAGCCCCAUUGACUACACAGACAACCUGGGCUGUAUCCAUCUGAUCAGCCAGAAACCCACUGGACUGUUCCACCUACUGGAUGAGGAGAGCAAGUAGGUCUAGAAGGAGGGCCCAGAGUUUUUACCCUACAACUAGGGCCCAGAGUUUUUACCCUACAACUAGGGCCCGGAGUUUUUACCCUACAACUAGGGCCCGGAGUUUUUACCCUACAACUAGGGCCCGGAGUUUUACCCUACAACUAGGGCCCGGAGUUUAACCUUAUUACUAGGGCCUAGAGUUUUACUCUACGACUAUGGCCUAGAGUUUAACCCUACAACUAGGGCCCAGAUUUUUUACCUACAACUAGGGCCCGGAGUUUUACCCUACAAGUAGGGCCCGGAGUUUUACCCUACAAGUAGAGCCCGGAGUUUUACCCUACAACUAGAGCCCGGAGUUUUAUCCUACAACUAGAGCCCAGAGUUUUACCUUACAACUAGAGCCUGGAGUUUUACCUUACAACUAGGUCAGGUCACAUGGCUGUAUCUCAAUAGUCUGUAGUUACAUCCUCUCCUUGUCUUAUACCUUUAUCAGCACUGAUCUAGAGGAAGUGGACAGGUGAAAAUAAACCUACUGGUUGGCUUCCUCUAUAGCUUUUACCUAGCUAGGUCUUUUCAGAUCAGUGUUGAGUGGAGAUUAAUUUAACAGUCUGUCCACUGUCCUUUUUUUCUGUCUCUCUCUCCAUGUCCUCAGUCUCCCCCAUUCCACAGACAACACCCUGUUGGAGAAGUUCAAGCAGCAGCAUCAUGAUAACCCGUACUUCGUCCCCACAACGGUGAUGGAACCAGCCUUCAUCAUACAACACUUCACUGGGACCAUCAAGUACCAGAUCAAGGUAGGGAUGUAAACCAAUGAUGUUGAAGGAAGUUGUACAAAAAAAUUAUACACACAAAAUGGUUGAAAUGCCUAACAUUUUCUGAGGAAAUCCUAGCAGACUUAGAAAUGUGUUUAACAACAUACAGUGAGGGGAAAAAAGUAUUUGAUCCCCUGCUGAUUUUGUACGUUUGCCCACUGACAAAGACAUGAUCAGUCUAUAAUUUUAAUGGUAGGUUUAUUUGAACAGUGAGAGACAGAAUAACAACAAAGAAAUCCAGAAAAACGCAUGUCAAAAAUGUUAUAAAUUGAUUUGCAUUUUAAUGAGGGAAAUAAGUAUUUGACCCCUCUGCAAAACAUGACUUAGUAGUUGGUGGCAAAACCCUUGUUGGCAAUCACAUUGUCAUGCUGGGAUACCCAUCCACGACCCAUUUUCAAUGCCCUGGCUGAGGGAAGGAGGUUCUCACCCAAGAUUUGACGGUACAUGGCCCGUCCAUCGUCCCUUUGAUGCGGUGAAGUUGUCCUGUCCCCUUAGCAGAAAAACACCCCCAAAGCACAAUGUUUCCACCUCCAUGUUUGACGGUGGGGAUGGUGUUCUUGGGGUCAUAGGCAGCAUUCCUCCUCCUCCAAACACUGGUUGGCUUCCUCUAUAGCUUGAGUUGAGUUGAUGCCAAAGAGCUCCAUUUUGGUCUCAUCUGACCACAACACUUUCACCCAGUUCUCCUCUGAAUCAUUCAGAUGUUCAUUGGCAAACUUCAGACGGGCAUGUAUAUGUGCUUUCUUGAGCAGGGCGACCUUGCGGGCGCUACAGGAUUUCAGUCCUUCACGGCGUAGUGUGUUACCAAUUGUUUUCUUGGUGACUAUGGUCCCAGCUGCCUUGAGAUCAUUGACAAGAUCCUCCCGUGAAGUUCUGGGCUGAUUCCUCACCGUUCUCAUGAUCAUUGCAAGUCCACGAGGUGAGAUCUUGCAUGGAGCCCCAGGCCGAGGGAGAUUGACAGUUAUUUUGUGUUUCUUCCAUUUGCGAAAAAUCGCACCAACUGUUGUCACCUUCUCACCAAGCUGCUUGGCGAUGGUCUUGUAGCCCAUUCCAGCCUUGUGUAGGUCUACAAUCUUGUCCCUGACAUCCUUGGAGAGCUCUUUGGUCUUGGCCAUGGUGGAGAGUUUGGAAUCUGAUUGAUUGAUUGCUUCUGUGGACAGGUGUCUUUUAUACAGGUAACAAGCUGAGAUUAGGAGCACUCCCUUUAAGAGUGUGCUCCUAAUCUCAGCUCGUUACCUGUAUAAAAGACACCUGGGAGCCAGACAUCUUUCUGAUUGAGAGGGGGUCAAAUACUUUUUUCUCUCACUGUACAUACUGUAUAUAAACAUGAAUAUUUAUAUAGAACAAGGGGGCAAUGUCUUAUGGCAUGUAGUACAGCUCUGUCUUCACAUCACACUGCUCUCUUAACUCUCUUCCAUCUUUCUCCUCUCUCCCCAUCCUUCCUCUCUCUCAAUUCUCUCUCCCGAUUCUCCAUCUCGUUCCUCCUUCUUCACUCGAUCUCUCCCCAUCCCUAGGUCCAUUCUCUUCCCUUCCCUCUCUCUCACUCUCUUCCUCUACUUCCUUCCACUCUUCCUCUUCCCUUCCACUCUCUCUCCUCCUUCCCUACCUCUCUCUUCUCUUUCCUCCUCUCUCUCCCUCUCUUCCCUUCCCUCUCUCUCACUCUCUUCUCCCUUCUCCCUCCCUCUCCUCUCUUCCUCUCCUCUCUCUCUCUCUCCUCUCACCUCCUCUCUCUCUCUUUCUUCCCCUUCUCUCUCUCUCUCCUCUCUUCCCUCCCUCUCUCUCUCUCUUCCCUUCCCUCUCUCUCCUCUCUUCCCUUCCCUCUCUCUCCUCUCUUCCCUUCCAGCCUCUUCUCCCUCUCUUCUCCGCUCUCGCUCGAUCUCUCUGUCCGGCCUCCUCUCUCGUCCUCUCCCUUCCCCUCGUGCUCCUCGUCUUCUGCCGCUUCCCCACUCGUCUCCCUCUAUCUCUCUCUUCCCCCUUCUCUUCCCUCUACUUCCCUCUAUCAUCCCUCCCCUCUCUCUCCUUCCCCUCUUCAUCUCCUCCCUCUUCAUCUCCUCCUCUCUGUCAGGAUUUCCGGGAGAAGAACACGGACCACGUGCGUCCGGAGAUCGUGUCGUUACUACGCAGCAGUCAGCGGGCGUUCAUGCGUCAGCUGAUGGGGUCAGAUCCUGUGGCCGUUUUCCGAUGGGGAAUCCUCCGGUCCACCAUACGCAUAAUAGCAGUCUUCAAGGAGGCCGGGCGCCGCCGGGCAGCCGCAGGUACACUGCUUUUUAAGGACAUUUACCUUGACCUGUCCAAUCAGAGCUUUUCAAAGAUUUUCUUCAUAACAUGAACUGGCCAAGCCUGGGAAAGCUCUGGGCCAUAUUCAUUAGCAUAUAAGUAGCCUAUAAUUGUAAUUGGCAGAGUUUCUUUUUCCUGGUCAGGUUGAGAUGUGACUUGCCACACUAAGGUAUGGAGAAGAUGAUGAUGAUGAUGAUGAUGAUGAGAUGCCUGUGUUCUGUGUACUCUACAGGUCUGGCGAAACCCACCUCCUGUCGCAUUACAGGGGAACUGAAGAGGAGACCCAUGUUGGCUCUACAGAGACUGUCCAGGUAGGAGAGAGUUACCAGUUAUCCCAGGGUGGUAGGCGAGAGUUACCCCAGGGUGGUAGGCGAGAGUUACCCCAGGGUGGUAGGAGAGAGUGAAGUACCCAGGGUGGUGAGGCGAGAGUUAACCCCAGGGUGAUAGGAGAGAGUUACCCCAGGGUGGUAGGAGAGAGUUACCGUUACCCCAGGGUGGUAGGAGAGAGUUAACCCCAGGUGGUAGGAGAGAGUUCUACCCCAGGGUGGUAGGAGAGAGUUACCAGUUACCCCAGGGUGGUAGGAGAGAGUUACCUACCCCAGGGUGGUAGGAGAAGUUACCGUUAACCCCAGGGUGGUAGGAGAGAGUACCAGUUACCCCAGGGUGGUAGGAGAGAGAGUUACCCCAGGGUGGUAGGAGAGAGUUACCCCAGGGUGGUAGGAGAGAGUUACCCCAGGGUGGUAGGAGAGAGUUACCAGUUACCCCAGGGUGGUAGGAGAGAGUUAACCCAGGGUGGUAGGAGAGAGUUACCCCAGGGUGGUAGGAGAGAGUUACCAGUUACCCCAGGUGGUAGGGAAGUUACUCAGGUGGUAGGAGAGAGUUACCCCAGGGGUGUAGGAGAGAGUUUACCCCAGGGUGGUAGGAGAGAGUUACCAGAUUACCCCAGGGUGGUAGGAGAGAGUUACCAGUUACCCCAGGGUGGUAGGAGAGAGUUACCAGAUACCCCAGGGUGGUAGGAGAGAGUUACCAGUUACCCAGGGUGGUAGGAGAGAGUUACCCCAGGGUGGUAGGAGAGAGUACCUCAGGGUGGUAGGAGAGAGUUACCUCAGGGUGGUAGGAGAGAGUUACCAGUUACCCCAGGGUGGUAGGAGAGAUUACCAGUUACCCAGGGUGGUAGGAGAGAGUUACCCCAGGGUGGUAGGAGAGAGUUACCCAGGUGGUAGGAGGAGUUCACCCCAGGGUGGUAGGAGAGAGUUACCAGAUACCCCAGGGUGGUAGGAGAGAGUUACCAGUUACCCCAGGGUGGUAGGAGAGGUUACCCCAGGGUGGUGAAGGAGUUACCCAGGUGGUAGGAGAUACGUUACCCCAGGGUGGUAGGAGAGAGUUACCAGAUACCCCAGGGUGGUAGGAGAGUUACCCCAGGGUGGUAGGAGAGAGUUACCCCAGGGUGGUAGGAGAGAGUUACCAGUUACCCCAGGGUGGUAGGAGAGAGUUACCAGUUACCCCAGGGUGGUAGGAGAGAGUUACCAGUUACCCCAGGGUGGUAGGAGAGAGUUACCAGUUACCCCAGGGAUGGCCAAUCCUAUCCACAGAGGACUGGUGUGGAUGCAGGCUUCUGUUCCAGCCAAACAGUAGCACACCAGAUUCAACUAACUCAUCCUUCCUCUCUAUCCACAGCUCCUGGCUGGACUUCUCGUUCGAUCGGUCUGAUGACCCCCCUCUGGAGGAGUUAGAGGACGUCUUCGCCAACUAUGAGAACAGGAAGUAAGUGGAAUGGUGGGAAUGCAGGACGCAGGUUGUUGAUGGAAUGUUACCCACUGUACUGCAAACACUGCGAACCUGCUGAAGGCUAGUCUGCUGUAGCCAGGCCUAUCAUUGUCCAGACGUAGAUACAGCGCCUUCAGAAAGUAUUCACACCCCUUCACUUUUUCCACAUUUUGUUGUGUUACAAAGUGGAAUUCAAAUGGAUUUAAAGAUAUACACAAAAUACUCUAAUGUCAAAGUGGAGGAACAAUCCUAACAUUUGUAAAAAAAAUAAAAUAAAAUAAAUACUUCAUUAAAAAAAGAAAAACACUAAUAUCUUGAUUUAGAUAAGUAUUCAACCCCCUGAGGCAAUACAUGUUAUAAACACCUUUGGUGGCGAUUACAGCUGUGAGUCUUUCUGGGUAAGUCUCUAGGAUCUUUCUACACCUGAAUUGUGCAACAUUUGCACAAUUAUUCAAGCUCUGUCAAAUUGGUGGUUGAUUAUUGCUAGACAAUUAUUUUCAGAUUUAAGUCAAAAAUGUAACUCGGCCACUCAGGAACAUUCACUGUCAUUUUGAUAAGCAACUCCAUUGUAGUUUUGGCCUUGUGUUUUAGGUUAUUGUCCUGCUGAAAGAUUAAUUCAUCUCCCAGUGUUUGGUGGAAAGCAGACUGAACCUGGUUUUCCUCUAGGAUUUUGCCUGUGCUUAACUCCAUUCUGUUUCCUUUUUAUUCAGAAAAACUCCCCAGUCCUUAACGAUUACAAGCAUACCCAUAACAUGAUGCAGCCACCACUAUGCCUGUAAAUAUGAAGAGUGGUACUCAGUAAUGUGUUGUAUUGGAUUUGCCCCAAACAUAACACUUUGAAAUCAGGACAAAUGUUUUAUUGUUUUGCCAAAUGUUUUGCAGUAUUACUUUAGUGCCUUGUUGCAAACAGGAUGCAUGUUUUAGAAUAUUUUGAUAUUUUGAUUUUCUCCUAUCACAGCCAUUAAACUCUGUUACCGUUUUAAAGUCACCAUUGGCCUCAUGGUGAAAUCCCUGAGCAGUUUCCUUCCUCUCCGGCAGCUGAGUUAGAAAGGACGCCUGUAUCGUUGUAGUGACUGGGUGUAUAGAUACACCAUCCACAGUGUAGUUAAUAACUUCACCAUGCUCAAAGGGAUAUUCAAUGUCUGCUUUUUUUAUAAAAAUAAAAAAAAUGAGGCAUUGAAAAACCUCCCUGGUCUUUGUGGUUGAAUCUGUGUUUGAGAUUCACUGGUCGACUGACGGGACAUUAAAGAUAAUUGUGUGUGUGUGGGGUACAGAGUUAAGGUAAUCAUUCAUACGUAUUAUGUGACUUGUUAAGCACAUUUUUACUCCUGAACUUAUUUAGGCUUGCCAUCACAAAGGGGUUGAAUACUUAUUGACUAAAGACAUUUCAGCUUUUCAUUUUUUAUUAAAUUUGUAAACAUUUCUAAAAACAUAAUUGCACUUUAACAUUAUGGGGUAUUGUGUUUAGGCCAGUGACAAAAAAUCUAAGUUGAAUCCAUUUUAAAUUCAGGCUGUAACACAACACAAUGUGGAAAAAGUCAAGGGGUGUGAAUAUUUUCUGAAGGCAUUCUAUAUACUGGUCCUUGUCCUCCAUCUUUGGCUGUAAAACCCAGUUCAUCACCAUCUCGGUCUUCUCUCCACAUAGAAAGACCAAAGGCAGGAAGAACAAGCAGCUCAUUCCUAAGGUAAUGUAUUAGUAGUUGACAUUAUCAAAAAGGGAUUUCUAUGGUUUAUAUUACUGUACUACCGUCCAUACACUUUUACCUGGGGCCGGGAGUUGUUCCUGGUUUGGUUCAUGUAGACAGGAAAACCUCAUGGCCUUAUCUAUAACCAUAUUACAACACUACAUCAUUGCAGUGCAGGUGUAAUUUGAUUGAUUGAUGGAUUUGAUUGAUUCAAAUCAAGCUUUAUUUAUCAAGCUUUAUUUAUUUUAUCAAAUCAAGCUUUAUUUACGAUUGAUUGAUUGGUUGAUUGAUUGAUUGACGUGUGUGUUGUCCCACAGAAUCUGAUGAACUCCCGGUCCCUGAAGCACAUAGUGGGUCUGACGCUCCACGACUGCACCACCCGCUCUCUGCUCCACGACCGCACCACCCGCUCUCCGCUACACCCACACCAGAGGAAGCAACCGUCCAGCAUCAGCGCUCAGUUCCAGGUCUGCUUCCCCAACACAGACACGCAGGCCGCGCGCGCACACGCAGGCACACUCACUAACACACACACACACACUCGUAAACAUACACACACACUUGCACGCACACACCCUCACACACGCACAUGCGCACACACUCCCACGCACACACCCUCGCACACACACACACACCCUUGCACACACACACACACACAAACACACACACUCGCGCACACACACACUCGCACACACACUCGCGCACACACACACUCACACACACACACACUCACUCACAAACACUCGCGCACACACACACACACUCACUCACUCGCACACACUCGCACACACACACACACCUACCAGCCUGACCAGAAUAGAGUAGCGUCGUGUAUCACUACAACUCCAUUAAAGAUCACUAAUGGGAGAAGCACACAGCGAGUGGAGCCUCCAUUAACUCAGCUGACUGACGUGAUGCGAUGUUGUUCUGCAGGCGUCUCUCAAUCAGCUGCUGGAGACUGUGGGCAGAGCAGAGCCUUUCUUCAUCCACUGUAUUCGUUCCAAUGCUGAGAAGGUAGGGUCACAUGUAUGCCGUUACGUAGGAUGAUAGUGUUUACAUUUUGGUCAUUUAGCAGACGCUGAAAUCCAGAGCGACUGACAGUCAGUAUUGAUGACAGAAUUUGCAUCACUUUAAUGCAUUUACUGAUGCAACUCUGGUGUCUGUGUUCCUUACAGAAGGAGAUGGUGUUUGACGAUGCUCUAGUCUUACAGCAGAUGAGGUACACGGGCAUGUUGGAGAUGGUACGCAUCAGGAAGUCUGGCUACAAUGCCAAGUUCACCAUCAAGGUAGGCUACACCUUCAGCAUUGUACAAACGAAUGAGCAGACCUCUAACACUGACCCUAAUACAUGAAUGGUACAAGCCACUAACAGUGCACAGAUACUGGGCCAUCAGAUCUCUUAUGCCACUGCCAUUCUCAACAACAACAACAACAACAAAAACGUUGACGUUUUGAAAACUGGAUAUUAAGUGUGGAUAAAAGUAAACCCUGUGACUGUAUAAGGUAAUACUUCUGUUUAUUGAGUCAUUUUGAUAACAGAUGGCCAUAUUACAUGCAGUGAUUGAUUGUGUGUUGCUGUUGGUUGAUGUAGGAGUUCCUAGAGGAGUUUAAGGUGUUGUUGCCUAAAGAAUCCACCUCGGCACCGAAGGACAUAGCUAACCUGCUGCAGAAGAUGGGCCUGGGACAGAGCACAUAUCAGAUUGGGAAAACUAAGGUAACACUUCUUGGCCCCAUAUAAAAACAUCAUAACACUAAUAAUAAAUGAAUGCAUUUUAUUUGUAUAGCACUUUUCAAGAACGGAAAGUACUUUACAAUUCCCAGAUAACGACGUCGUAACAACAUAAUAACGACAUCAUAACGACGUCAUAACAUUCAAGUAGCCAAGGAGCACUAAAUAAAACAAGUAAAAAAAUCCAACAGUAAAAGGGAAACAAGUCCAGUCUAUUUGUCUUCAUCCUUCCCCAGGUGUUCCUAAAGGAGAGGGAGAGGCAGCAUCUGCAGGACACCCUGAACAAGGAAGUGAUGCGUCACAUCGUCAUCCUCCAGCGCUGGUUCAGGACCUGUCUGGUCAGGAGUCACUUCCUCUGCAAGAAAGAUGCCGCCAUCAGAAUACAGGUUUGUACCUAUAUGGCAGAGACCAUGAUCAUACAGGUAGCUAUGGAAACCAUGAUCAUACAGGUAGCUAUGGAAACCAUGAUCAUACAGGUAGCUAUGGAAACCAUGAUCAUACAGGUAGCUAUGGAAACCUUGAUCAUACAGGUAGCUAUGGCAGAGACCAUGAUCAUACAGGUAGCUAUGGAAACCAAGAUCAUACAGAUGGCUAUGGAAACCAUGAUCAUACAUGUAGCUAUGGAAACCAUGAUCAUACAGGUAGCUAUAGAAACCAUGAUCAUACAUGUAGUUAUGGAAACCAUGAUCAUACAUGUAGAUAUGGAAACCAUGAUCAUACAGGUAGCUAUGGCAGAAACCAUGAUCAUACAGGUAGCUAUGGCAGAAACCAUGAUCAUACAGGUAGCUAUGGCAGAAACCAUGAUCAUACAGGUAGCUAUGGCAGAAACCAUGAUCAUACAUGUAGCUAUGGCAGAGACCAUGGUCAUGCAGGUAGCAAUGGCAGAGACCAUGUUCAUGCAGGUAGCUAUGGAAACCAUGGUCAUGCAGGUAGCUAUGGAAACCAUGAUCAUACAGGUAGCUAUGGAAACCAUGAUCAUACAGGUAGCUAUGGAAACCAUGAUCAUACAGGUAGCUAUGGAAACCAUGAUCAUAUAUGUAGUUAUGGAAACCAUGAACAUACAUGUAGUUAUGGAAACCAUGAUCAUCCAGGUAGCUAUGGAAACCAUGAUCAUACAGGUAGCUAUGGCAGAAACCAUGAUCAUACAUGUAGCUAUGGCAGAAACCAUGAUCAUACAGGUAGCUAUGGCAGAAACCAUGAUCAUACAGGUAGCUAUGGCAGAAACCAUGAUCAUACAGGUAGCUAUGGCAGAAACCAUGAUCAUACAGGUAGCUUGGCAGAAACCAUGAUCAUACAGGUAGCUAUGGCAGAAACCAUGAUCAUACAUGUAGCUAUGGCAGAAACCAUGAUCAUACAGGUAGCUAUGGCAGAAACCAUGAUCAUACAGGUAGCUAUGGCAGAAACCAUGAUCAUACAGGUAGCUAUGGCAGAAACCAUGAUCAUACAGGUAGCUAUGGCAGAAACCAUGAUCACACAGGAAGCUAUGGCAGAAACCAUGAUCAUACAGGUAGCUAUUGCUUUAACCCACAACAAUGUGUACAGGGCCUAUCCCAGGUCUUGUAAAAUAGUGUAGUAUUUGGGCAUUUCCAGAGGGCACUGUAUGAUAAAUUCUCCCUGGGAUAUGCCCCUGUGUGAUAGGGUAAGAUUCAUGUACUUUUACAAUGGUGCGGCUACUGUGUCCUAGCCAAAUUUCCCCUCAGGGACGAUAAAGUUGAUCUCAUCUUCUCUUAUAGCGAUGUUGGCGGGCGUUCCGAGCGGACAACAGGUGCCUUGCGGCCACAGUGAUCCAGGCGGCAUGGAGAGGUUCUCAGGAGAGGACAGACUACUUGAGAAAGAGGAACAGCAUCAUGAAAAUGCAGGCAUUCGUCAUGAACAAACAAGGUCCAAACGGGUACUAAGACCAUGUUUUUUUCUAACCCACUAAUGGACAAUAAAGUUGUAGAACUUUGAACUUCAGGGCCCUGAGUUUUUCUGACCAGGACAAAUGUCUGACCCUACUUCUAGCUCCAAGGCUGAGGGAGAGAAGCCCACCACCCCUCCCCAGCUCCCUCCCAAAAUGCAGUCCAGGCACCAGCCCCCGCCCAAGCUCCACACCCAGCACCAGAGAAGCCUGGACAGGACGGAGCUGCACAGUGAGGAACACAGUCCCAACAGAAGCCCCAAGACAGGCCCAGAAGUCAUUGGACAGAAGGCCACCCAGAGGAACACAGAGACGGAGAAGAGAGAGGGAAGAGGCUCUCCACCUCCCCUCAACAGACCUCUCUCCCUCCCUCUAGACCCCAAGGCUGGCAGGUACUGUAUGUUUCACCCCCAUAUCUCACCUCUCUCCCGCUCACCCCAUAUCUCACCUCUCUCCCGCUCACCCCAUAUCUCACCUCUCUCCCGCUCACCCCAUAUCUCACCUCUCUCCCGCUCACCCCAUUCUUCACCACUUACCGCUCCACUGCUAGGUGGAAAAGCAUUAUAUAAAUCCAAUCCAUAUUAUGUUUUUUAAUAGGGAUGGAGGGUGGGAGUCAACCGGCCCCUCCCACCACACAGGCUCCCUGGAGGGCUGCUCCCGCUUGGAGGACAUCAAGGAGCACACUAAGAGAUGGAAGGAGAGCAGAAUGGAGGGAGGACACCAGGAAGACUCCCGCCCUGAGGUCCAGCGCCCCAGGGAUAUGGAGGGGUUGCUGUGGUAUGUUAUGAUAAUGUUAUGAUAAUGUUAUGAUAAUGUUAUGUCCAGUGGUGUAGUGGAGGGUAAACGGCAUUUACGCAACUUUUUUAUUUUUGCAGAAAUGUUUACGCAGCUUUUGCGGAAAAAAGGCAUUGACAGUACAGGGAGCGGUACUUUAUUCACUGUGAACUGCGAUCAGCGUUUACCCAUCUGUUUUCUUACCACUACGUCACUGGUUAUGUCAUGUCUUAGUAUUUCUCUCAACUAUAUCUGUUAGGACCUUUCAAUGUCCCCUCAAUAUGAUCUUGGAUCACUAGCUAGAUAUACACUAAGUGGCCAGUUUGUUAGGUACACCCAUCUAGUACCGGGUCGGACCCCCCUUUGCCUCCAGAACAGCCUGAAUUCUCUGGGGCAUGGAAACGUUGCUCAAUUGGUAUCAAAUGACCUAACGUGUGCCAGGGAAACAUUCCCCACACCAUUACACCACCGCCACCAGCCUGUACCGUUGACACCAGGCAGGAUGGGGCCAUGGACUCAUGCUGUUUACUACAAAUCCUGACUCUGCCAUCAGCAUGACGCUACAGCAGGGUUCUUCAAUUCCGGUCCUGGAGGGCCGAAACAUUUCUGUUUUUUAUUUCUACCUGGUAGUUAAUUGCACUCACCUGGUGUCCCAGGUCUGAAUUAGCCCCUGAUUAGAAGGAGAGGAUGAAAAACAGAGGUGUUUCGUCCCUCCGGGACCGGAAUUGAAGAACCCUGCGCUACAGUAACCAGGAUUCGUCGGACCAGGCAAUGUUUUUCCACUCCUCAAUUGUCCAAUGUUGGUGAUCGCGUGCCCACUGGAGCCGCUACUUCUAGUUUUUAUCUGAUAGGAGUGGAACCCGGUGUGGUUGUCUGCUGCAAUAGCCCAUCUGUGACAAGGACCGACGAGUUGUGCAUUCCGAGAUGCCGUUCUGCACACCACUGUGCCAUUAUUUGCCUGUUUGUGGCCUACCUGUUAGCUUGCAUGAUUCUUGCCAUUCUCUUUAGACCUCUCAUCAAACUGUUUUCGCCCACAGGACUGCCGCUGACUGGAUAUUUUUUGUUUGUCGCACCAUUCUCGGUAAACCCUAGACACUGUCGUGCGUGAAAAUCCCAGGAGGGCGGCCGUUUCUGAGAUACUGGAUCCGGCGCGCCUGGCACCGACGAUCAUACCACGCUCAAAGUUGCUUAGGUCACUAGUUUUGCCCAUUCUAACGUUCAAUUGAACAGUAACUGAAUGCCUCGAUGCCUGUCUGCCUGCUUUAUAUAGCAAGCCACAGCCACGUGACUCACUGUUUGUAGGAGCGAACCAUUUUCGUGAACGGGUGGUGUACCUAAUAAACUGGCCACUAAGUAUACAUCUUUCUUUCCCCAUUCUCUGAUUAUCUUUCAUCAAUAUCUUAUAGACAUUUCUUGAAUUAUAACAAAGAGUUUACAUUUCACAUAUUUCUCUCUGGAAACUCAGGAACUCUGGGUCGGGGUCAGACAGCUCUCCCUCCGCUACUGAGGUACUGUUUUCUCAUACUGUCAUACCUCUACUCCCAUUACACUAUUACGUCAUUACAUAUCACAUCUCUACAUAUCACAUCUCUACGUAUCAUAUCACAUCUCUACAUAUCACAUCUCUACGUAUCAUAUCACAUCUCUACAUAUCACAUCUCUACAUCAUAUCACAUUUCUACAUAUCACAUUUCUACAUAUCACAUCUCUACAUAUCACAUCUCUACAUAUCACAUCUCUACAUAUCAUAUCACAUCUCUACAUAUCACAUCUCUACGUAUCACAUCUCUACAUAUCAUAUCACAUCUCUACGUAUCACAUCUCUACAUAUCACAUAUCACAUAUCUACAUAUCAUAUCACAUCUCUACGUAUCACAUCUCUACAUAUCACACCUCUACAUAUCAUAUCACAUCUCUACAUAUCACAUCUCUACAUAUCACAUCUCUACAUAUCACAUCUCUACAUAUCAUAUCACAUCUCUACAUAUCAUAUCUCUACAUAUCACAUCUCUGCAUAUCACAUCUCUAAAUAUCAUAUCACAUCUCUACAUAUCAUAUCACAUCUCUACGUAUCACAUCUCUGCAUCAUAUCACAUUUCUACAUAUCACAUCUCUACAUCUCUACAUAUCACAUCACAUCUCUACAUAUCACAUCUUUACAUAUCACAUCUCUACAUCUCUACAUAUCACAUCACAUCUCUACAUAUCACAUCUCUACAUAUCACAUCUCUACGUAUUACAUCUCUACACAUAUCACAUCUCUACAUAUCACAUCUCUACAUAUCACAUCUCUACAUAUCACAUCUCUACGUAUUACAUCUCUACAUAUCACAUCUCUACGUAUUACAUCUCUACACAUAUCACAUCUCUACAUAUCACAUCUCUACAUAUCACAUCCCUACAUAUCACAUCUCUACAUAUCACAUCUCUACAUAUCAUAUCACAUCUCUACAUAUCACAUGUCUACGUAUCACAUCUCUACGUAUCAUAUCACAUCUCUACAUAUCACAUCUCUACAUACCGUAUCACAUCUCUACAUAUCACAUCUCUACGUUUCACAUCUCUACGUAUCACAUCUCUACAUAUCAUAUCUCUACACAUAUCACAUCUCUACAUAUCAUAUCACAUCUCUACGUAUCACAUCCCUACAUAUCACAUCUCUACAUAUCAUAUCACAUCUCUACGUAUCACAUCUCUACCUAUCACAUCUCUACAUAUCACAUAUCACAUCUCUACAUAUCACAUCUCUACGUAUCACAUCUCUACGUAUCAUAUCACAUCUCUACAUAUCACAUCUCUACAUAUCGUAUCACAUCUCUACGUAUCACAUCUCUACGUUUCACAUCUCUAUGUAUCACAUCUCUACAUAUCAUAUCACAUCUCUACACAUAUCACAUCUCUACAUAUAUCACAUCUCUACGUAUCACAUCCCUACAUAUCACAUCCCUACGUAUCACAUCCCUACGUAUCACAUCUCUACAUGUCACAUCUCUACGUAUCACAUCUCUACAUAUCAUAUCACAUCUCUACGUAUCACAUCUCUACAUAUCACAUAUCACAUCUCUACAUAUCAUAUCACAUCUCUACGUAUCACAUCUCUACCUAUCACAUCUCUACAUCAUUCACACUCUACAACUAUCACAUCUCUACGUAUCACAUCUCUACAGUAUCAAAUCUUCAUCUAUCACAUCUCUACAUAUCACACUUACAUCACUCUCUACAAUCAUUACACAUCUCUACAUACAUAAUCACAAUCUCUACGUAUCACAUCUCUACAUAUCAAUCACAUCUCUACAUCAAUCACAUUCUACAUUCAACUCUCUACUCUCUACAUAUCAGCUCACAUCAUCACAGUACACACUCCUACUAUCAAUUCUACAUAUCACAUCUCUACGUAUCACAUCUACUAAUCACAUCUCUACAUAUCACACAUCUCUACUACACGAUAUCAUAUCACAUCUCCACAAUACACUCUACACAUCAUCAGACACAUCUCUACAUAUCAUAUCACAUCUCUACAUAUCACAUCGUCUACAUCAUAUCACAUCUCUACAUAUCAUACACACUCUACAUAUCAAUCUCGACAUACAAUCUCCACAUAUCACAUCUCAUCUCUACAUCUCUACAUAUCACAUCACAUCUCUACAUAUCACAUCUCUACAUAUCACAUUUCUACAUAUCACAUCUCUACAUCUCUACAUAUCACAUCACAUCUCUACAUAUCACAUCUCUACAUAUCACAUCUCUACAUAUCAUAUCACAUCUCUACGUAUCACAUCUCUACGUAUCACAUCUCUACGUAUCAUAUCACAUAUCUACGUAUCACAUCUCUACGUAUCAUAUCACAUCUCUACGUAUCAUAUCACAUCUCUACGUAUCACAUCUCUUACAUAUCGUAUCACAUCUCUACGUAUCACAUCUCUACAUAUAAUAUCUAUACAUAUCAUAUCACAUCUCUACAUAUCAUAUCACAUCUCUACAUAUCACAUCUCUACACAUCAUAUCACAUCUCUACGUAUCACAUCUCUACAUAUCAUAUCACAUCUCUACAUAUCACAUCUCUACAUAUCAUAUCUCUACACAUCAUAUCACAUCUCUACAUAUCACAUCUCUACAAAAAAAUGCUAUUGUAUUAUUUAACCAUUAUUUCAUUAGGCAAGUCAAUUAAGAACAAAUUCUUAUUUACAAUGACGGCCUACCAAGAGGCAGAAGGCUUCCUGUGGGGACGGGGGCUGGAAUAAAAACUACAAAUGUAGGAUAAAACACACAUCAUGACGAGAGACACCACAACACUACAUAAAGAGAGACACCACAACACUACAUAAAGAGAGACACUACAACACUACAUAAAGAGAGACACUACAACACUACAUAAAGAGAGACACUACAACACUACAUAAAGAGAGACACUACAACACUACAUAAAGAGAUACACUACAACACUACAUAAAGAGAUACACUACAACACUACAUAAAGAGAGACGCCACAACACUACAUAAAGAGAUACACUACAACACUACAUAAAGAGAGACACUACAACACUACAUAAAGAGAUACACUACAACACUACAUAAAGAGAGACGCCAACACUACAUAAAGAGACACUACAACACUACAUAAAGAGAGACACUACAACACUACAUAAAGAGAGACACUACAACACUACAUAAAGAGAGACACUACAACACUACAUAAAGAGAGACACUACAACACUACAUAAAGAGAGACACUACAACACUACAUAAAGAGAGACACUACAACACUACAUAAAGAGAGACACUACAACACUACAUAAAGAGAGACACUACAACACUACAUAAAGAGAGACACCACAACACUACAUAAAGAGAGACACUACAACACUACAUAAAGAGAGACACUACAACACUACAUAAAGAGAGACACUACAACACUACAUAAAGAGAGACACCACAACACUACAUAAAGAGAGACACCACAACACUACAUAAAGAGAGACACUACAACACUACAUAAAGAGAGUCACCACAACACUACAUAAAGAGAGACCUAAGACCACAACACAAAAUGGCAUAUCACAUCUCUACAACUCACAUCUCUACUACUGAGGUGCGGCUACAUUACAUGUCACACCUACACAGGGAGCUAAGAUGCUGAAGGGCAACUAUAUGUGAAGUGUUUUUAUGUCUUAACACCCUGCUACUGAUGAUGACACACCCAUGGAUUGAUAGAUCCCACUCUUCAGCCGGUCAGUAGGAUGGAUUGAUCCAGCUCUUCAGAAAACAAAAACAUUCAGCAUUCUUAUUGGCAGUUGACCAGGCUACCUCCUCUCCUGCGUUUCUUUCCAACUGUUUUUUUCCUGUUUCGUUCCUACUGAACACAGCCCUGUGACAGUGAUGGAUCUCCCAGUCCCUCACCUUACUUCAUCUGUGCUUCUUGACCUUUCCUGACCACCAUAGGUCAAGGUGCUCUACCGCAAGCAACCCAAGCACAAUCGGGGGUUAGCCACCGCCCACAAUGUGCUGAUGUUUAACAUUGGGGGUUUCCAGGAGGGUGAGUUUUUGGAGUUACCCCCUCCCCCUCAUGAACCCCUCAGAGGGGGUCAGUGGGAUGGGCCAGUCCAGCCAAUCAGCAGUCAACGUCCAUCCUCGUAAAUCCCGGGUCCAGGUACCAACCGGCCUGAGUCCAUGGAAUACUAUUACGGCCCUGGCACACUGUCACUGACUGACUCUGUUCCUGUGCAGGCUUUGUGCAUGUCUAUACAGACAUAUCCUCUCACUACUGCAGCUGAAUGGGUCUGCAGUGUUCUGCACUCUGCAAGGACCUACUUCGGCAACUGCAGGCUGCUCUUCUGCAGAACCAGAGAAACAGAACAGUGGCCAGUCACAACCAUCCCCUAACCAGGCUGCCAUCUAAACACACAGUGGCUGAAUGGAUCGCUGGAUGGAUCUCUGUUUCUGGCUUGUUUUUUUUUGUCACAAUGUUUAGACAAUGUCAGUUAAUCAGUGUACACUUUACAUUCCAGCACUAGUAGCCCAAAGAUAGUUGGGGCUAGCUCUGUAGUUGUUGUUGCUGCUGUUGCGUAUAUGUCCUCUUGUUGACCUCACAUCUGUGAAGGUGAAAGGGUUUGAUUCUGAUCAUAGGAAUGAAUCAAAUAUGUUGUCUUGGAAAUAAUACUAUGGGUUCCUACCAAUCACAGAAUAAUCACUAAUAUCCUAUCUGGUUGAAUAAAGGGCAUAAAUAACAAAAGCAGUAGAUACUUUGGUUAUUGUUAUUUACAGCAAAAAGGUCACAGGUCAUGUGGAGGUUAGGCUGUGGAUUGGUGGUGCAUGCAUUGUCUGGAAGGUGUUUCCACCAUAUUCCUUUACCCCAGUACAUUAUUUUGACAUCCAUGAGGGAGAGUGUACUGUUUGAGAGCUCUCUUCAGGGAGGGGGAGGAUACACUGUAUUAGAGCUCUCUUCAGGAAGGGGGAGGAGAGACUUUAUUAGAGCUCUCUGUAGGGAGAAGGGGGAGGAGAGACUGUAUUAGAGAUCUCUUCAGGAAGGGGGAGGAGAGACUUUAUUAGAGCUCUCUUCAGGAAGAAGGAAGGGGGAGGGGAGAGACUGUAUUAGAGAUCUCUUCAGCUCUCUUCAGGGAGGGGGAGGCGAGACUAUUAGAGAUCUCUUCAGGGAGAAGGAAGGGGGAGGAGAGACUGUAUUAGAGAUCUCUUCGGGUAGAAGGAAGGAGGAGGAGAGACUGUAUUAGAGCUCUAUUCAGGGAGAAGGAAGGGGGAGGAGACUGUACUAGAGCUAUCUACAGGGAGGGGAAGGCGAGACUGUAUUAGCGCUCUCUUCAGGGAGAAGGAAGGGGGAGGAGAGACUGUUUUAGAGCUCUCUUCAUGAAGGGGGAGGAGAGACUGUAUUAGAGCUCACUUCAGGAAGGGGGAGGAGAGACUUUAUUAGAGCUCUCUGUAGGGAGAAGGGGGAGGAGAGACUGUAUUAGAGAUCUCUGUAGGGAGAAGGGGGAGGAGAGACUGUAUUAGAGCUCUCUUCAGGAAGGGGGAGGAGAGACUGUAUUAGAGCUCUCUGUAGGGGGAAGCGGGAGGAGAGACUGUAUUAGAGAUCUCUUCAGGGAGAAGGAAGGGGGAGGGGAGACUGUAUUAGAGAUCUCUUCGGGUAGAAGGAAGGGGGAGGAGAGACUGUAUUAGAGCUCUCUUCAGGAAGGGGGAGGAGAGACUGUAUUAGAGCUCUCUUCAGGAAGGGGGAGGAGAGACUGUAUUAGCGCUCUCUUCGGGUAGAAGGAAGGGGGAGGAGAGACUGUAUUAGAGCUCUCUUCAGGAAGGGGGAGGAGAGACUGUAUUAGAGCUCUCUGUAGGGAGAAGGGGGGAGGAGAGACUGUAUUAGAGAUCUCUUCAGGGAGUGUGGGGGGGUGGAUGCUGUAUUGUGCUAAGGAUGUGGUGGCUGCUGUAGGUUAACUAACUAACUCUGGUGUUGCCGGGCCUGGGAGUUAUGUGGUACUGCUACACGUACAGACCCUGGGGAAAGGGGAUGGUCUGAAAACAAACUGGCUUCAUAUGAAAGCAAACUUCUCUGUUCUUAAAGGGAUAGUGCGACAUUUUUGUAAUAAAGCCCAUUUUCAACUUAUCCUUGACAAAAUGUUGCACUAUCCCUUUUAAUAGUUUCUUUUCUAGGCACCAACACUCCCCACAUGUUACCUGUUAAUAACGACCCCACCUGAUUGGCCCCCCAGCAUGGUUGUGUUGUCUCAUGUCAUACAAUCUCAGAUGUUCAGUAAUUGUUUUAUCUCUCAGUUUCCGAAAUCUUCUGAUAUUUCCACGGACGGGGCUAGGUUCAGCCGCCCAGAUGAGCGCGCAACCCUCAGAGACUCCAGCCAAUCCCAGCCGACCACUCCUGAGAGGUAAAGGCCAUUCAGCCAACUAGGACACAGGAGGCUGUGAACCAUAAUCGAUUUGUCUGAGUUAUUGUCCAUACAUUGACUGGAUGUGAUACUGUAUGUCAGUAUUUUUGUAUGGAGGUCUAUGAGAGUGUCGAAUUACGUGAGGCUUAUUUGAUCAAAUGGAAGUUUGGGAAUGUUUAGGCUGUUACAGUUGUACUGAUAUAAGUGGAUGCACGUGGCAUUCCGGAAACUUUGAGAAAAAACGACUUAGUUAUGACUGUUGUUCACAUGCGUAUCUACCCUCUCAUUGGCUAGAAUGGUCCCACCUGAUCUUGCCUCCUCCCGCCUGCCUUCCAUUAUUGAGGACAUAUUUCCGUUGUUAGAGUGGUAACUCAAGCAUCUUGUCAAUAUAAUAGAUCAUCUUUGCCUGGACCGAGUGUGGUAAACGCUGCUGUAUGUUCUUUGCCAUGGUUACAUGUUAACCCUUUUGUGUUCCACAGGCUUGGCAUCUUCAGUAAAUUUCGGAAGAAACGAAAUGCGUACGGGAUGGUGACCAAUGAGAAUGCACCAUCUGGGAGAGGAGGUACUGUAAUCCCACCCCCUACAGCAAACUGCUUACUGUGCUGUCCACCUUUUAGCCUGUGCUAUGAUGAUAAACUAUUGUAAUGUCUUUCACGUCGUGUCUCCUCCACUACCCUCUAGUGGUCAAUGGUAUAAUCUCAACCACACGUCCCCUCUCUCUCUCUCUCUGUCUAAACACACACACGUAUCCUUACCUUACCUAUAGCCACCUCUACCUCCUCCCCGUACUCUGGACGGCGUCCUAACACCACCAUCAGGAUCAGCCGAGCCACGCGGGUCUCCGAGCAGUGGAAUGCUUCUCUGGAACGGGAGAUCACCGACACCAACGAGCUCCGACACCUGGAUGAGUUCCUGGGGAACCAGGUGGGAUACCUGUCAGGCACUCACCUGUAAUCACCUCAGCCUCAGGAGUGUAUUGUUUACGGUUUAUUGGGAUCUCUAGCCUGGUGUUAGGUCUAUUUGUUCAUCAUUUUCAAGCACCACAAACUAAUCUGGGUCCAGGUUACCAAAGCCUUAGUCUUCAGAGGGUCUUUCAAGAGCAGUUUUUGACUGACUAACUUUCUCAGUCACUCUCUCUCUCUCUCUCUCUCUCACUCACUCACUCACUCACUCACUCACUCACUCACUCACUCACUCACUCACUCACUCACUCACUCACUCACUCUGACACUAACACUAACUUAUUCCUUCACAUGUCCUUGCAGUGCAUCUUUAGAAAGGUUACCAGUUACACAUCUUAUUGCAGAGGAUUUUAAAGUUGAAUCUGGGCUAUUUUGAGUAGUAUACUAUGAAAUAAUGUAACUUCCCAUACCUCCCAGGUGAAUGAGCUGAGGACCAGGGUAAAGGAGCUGUCAGCGACAGAGAGCAUCUUUCUCACAGCCACCAUGCAGUUCAGAGAGACCAUCAAGGGCAUGUACUCCAUCUCUGUGAGUUUACUUCCUGACCUUGGCACCAGAAGAGAUGGUUGUAUGACGGUUUAGGUUUAAGUAUGCAUGGUGUAUUAAUCAAGUUUAGAAGACUGUCUGGAAAGAGAUGUGAAACCAACUCAAUAGCAUAUAGAUCUUGACUAGGGCCAGGAGUACACACACGGUAAGUGCUUUAUAAAGCACUUUGGAGCACCAAUUACCCCCCCACACCCUUCAUUAACCCGGUUCUCUCCCCUCCCCUGGUCAACAGAAGCCCCAAAUCAGCUACAAGGACCUGAUGACGGGCUACCACAACUGUGUGUCCAGUCAUGCUGGAGCCAAGCAGCUGACUGAGGUCAGCCUGGUGGUCAACCUGUUCCAGUCCGUCCUGGACGGCUUCAUACGGGGAGAGAUCAAACGAGAGGGGGUUGGGCCGGUCAAGGUAGUUCUGAGUCGGACACAUGCACUUGCACACAUCCACACACACACGGAUACUGUAUACACACAUGCAGGCACACACACAUAUGUUACACACACAUCUUUGGGUUUGACCUAAAGCAUCUUUGACUUGAUAUCUUUGACCUAAAGUAUCUUUGACUUGAUAUCUUUGACCUAAAGUAUCUUUGACUUGAUAUCUUUGACCUAAAGUAUAUUUGACUUGAUAUCUUUGACUUGAUAUCUUUGACCUGAUAUCUUUGACUUGAUAUCUUUGACCUGAUAUCUUUGACCUGAUAUCUUUGACCUGAUAUCUUUGACUUGAUAUCUUUGACCUGAUGUGGUCCUCUGUAGCUCAACUGGUAGAGCACGGCGCUUGUAACGCCAAGGUAGUGGGUUCGAUCCCCGGGACCACCCAUACACAAAAAUGUAUGCACGCAUGACUGUAAGUCGCUUUGGAUAAAAGCGUCUGCUAAAUGGCAUAUUAUUAUUAUAUUAUUAUAUCUUUGACUUGAUAUCUUUGACUCUUUUUUAACGCUCCAGAGCAUCAGUACAUAUAGUUUUGAGAAGUGUAAAACAUCAGUUGUAGGUGUAAUUCUGAGAGGUUCAGAGAUGUAUUCCACAUCUGAUCUACUUUACUAUUUGUUGCAGACCAUGAACAAGCCAAAGACCAGAGGGAAAAAGAAAACAUGUGUAAGUUAUGACAAGUUGAAUUGUCUCAUUAUGACAUCACUAAGUUGAAUUGUCUCAUUAUGACAUCCCUAAGUUGAAUUGUCUCAUUGUGACCAUCACUAAAUUGAAUAUCACUGUCACAACCCAGGUCAAUGCAACCCAGGUCAAUGCAACCCAGGUCAAUGCAACCCAGGUCAAUGCAACCCAGGUCAAUGCAACCCAGGUCAAUAGUCUGGCUUGAAUGAUGUGUAUUGUGUGUUUCCAGCCCAACAGCCCUUUAGGUCACAUGUUCAGUACGUACCAGGUCAACAUCAGGCAGUCCUGUGACCUGUGUGGUUUCUACAUCUGGGGCAUGGAGAAGGCCUACAUGUGCAGCGGUGAGUAGCUAUCUGUUGUUCACCAUUAAACAUAGAAUUAGAAUGCAGAAGAGAACAUUACAAUGCAGAAUUUAGACGAGAACAUAAGAACAUUCCCUCUAUGAUCUUAUCAUUGUGUUCUUUUGUCCUCUGUUCUUUUGUUUAGCUUGCAAAUUGAUAUGUCACAAGAAAUGCCUCUCCAAAAUCAUCACUGACUGCUCAACUCGAUGUGCCAGGCUGGUGAGCAGUUUGUCAAGUAAUGUUUGGUCAAGUCAAGUUUGCCAAGUCGAGUUUACCAAGUUGGUUUGUCAAGUCAAGUUUAUGAAGUAAAGUCUAACCAAGUUAAGUCUGACAAGUAAAGUUAACUCAGUGAAGUCAAGUUUGUCGAGACUAUUGAUUCAUCCUGUGCGUUUAGGACGAUGGGGGACCUGGCCGUCUGCACUUUGGGGUGCAGGUGUGUGUACUGACCAGUAAGACCUACCCGAUCCCCAUGGUACUUCGGAUGAUGCUGGAGCAUGUGGAGAUGAAUGGCCUGUACACAGAGGGCAUCUACCGCAAAUCUGCUUCUGUCUCGCGCGCACGGGAAUUACACCAGCUACUGGAGACUGGUGAGUCCAUUUAUCAACGUACCAGAAAACAUUGUUUUCCCAUUAAACAUAUUAUGUGGGGAACCAUCUGCCGAGACACUGGUGUCAGAACAGAGGACCUACCAAGCUGCCAUGAGCAACAGAGAGCUAUGGCACGCCAUCAUCUGGCGCAUUGCAAGUACCAGUGGGAAACUACUGUAAAAUAAAGUGCAAUCUCUUUUUUUUGGGUCAGACCCUGAGACAGCGACUCUGGAGAACUACUCCAUCCACACGGUGACAGGCCUGGUGAAACGAUGGCUCAGAGAGCUGCCUGACCCCCUCCUGACUUACCGCCUCUACAAUGACUUCCUGCACGCCGUCGGUGAGUCUGUCUCAUGGGUUCUGUUCAGAAGGUCACAGCGUAGCAAAAAAGGUUUAAAAACCUGUGCAUUUUUGCAUGUACAGAGUUGACAGAGAAAUCCAUUUAAUAUACUUGCGUGCUUGAUUUAGCUUGCCUACUAGACUACAAUUGACCCAAUGGUACAGUCCCAAAAGUGCAAACUCUGCAGACCCCCACCCACCCUGCAUGCCAGCCAGUCAAGCUAAGUCAAGCGCACCUCGAGUACUUAAAAUAACUGUAUUUGACAUUGUGACAUUUCAUGUGCAGAGUUGCCAGAGCAAUCUGAGCGCCUUCGUGCGGUCUACCAGAAACUGGACGAGCUUCCCUCCGCUAACUUCAAAACACUGGAGAGAUUGGUCUUUCACCUGGUCAGGUAGGUUAUACCACCCUUUCUGUUUUUCACUCUUUUACACAUACAAUACCAGUCAAAAGUUUGGAUACACCUACUCAUUCAAGGGUUUUUCUUUAUUUUUACUAUUUUUUACAUUGUAGAAUAAUAGUGAAGACAUUAAAACUAUGAAAUAACACAUAUGGAAUCCUGUUGUAACCAAAAAAGUGUUUAAAUUUGAGAUUCUUCAAAUAGCCACCCUUUUGCCUUGAUGACAUCUUUGCACACGCUUGGCAUUCUCUCAACCAGCUUCAUGAGGUAGUCACCUGGAAUGCAUUUCAAUUAACAGGUGUGCCUUCUUAAAAGUUAAUUUGUGGAAUUUAUUUCCUUCUUAAUGAUUUUGAGCCAAUCAGUUGUGUUGUGACAAGGUAGGGGGGGUAUACAGAAGAUAGUCUUUACCAAAUAGGGCUAAGUCCAUAUUAUGGCAAGAACAGCUCAAAUAAGCAAAGAGAAAUUACAGUCCAUUACUGUAAGACAUGAAGGUCAGUCAUUACGGAAAAUUUCAAGAACUUUGAAAGUUUCUUCAAGUGCAGUCGCAAAAACCAUCAAGCGCUAUGAUGAAACUGGCUCUCAUGAGGACUGCCACAGAAAUGGAAGACCCAGAGGUACCUCUGCUGCAGAGGAUAAGUUCAUUAGAGUUACCACCCUCAGAAAUUGCAGCCCAAAUAAAUGCUUCACAGAGUUCAAGUAACAGACACAUCUCAACAUCAACUGUUCAGAGGCGACUGUGUGAAUCAGGCCUUCAUGGUUGAAUUGCUGCUAAGAAACCACUACUAAAGGACACCAAUAAGAAGAAGAGACUUGCUUGGGCCAAGAAACACGAGCAAUGGACAUUAGACCGGUGGAAAUUUGUCCUUUUGUCUGGAGUCCAAAUUUGAGAUUUUUGGUUCCAACCGCCAUGUCUUUGUGAGACGCGGUGUGGGUGAACGGAUGAUCUCCGCAUGUGUAUUUCCCACCGUAAAGCAUGGAGGAGGAGGUGUUAUGGUGUGGGGGUGCUUUGCUGGUGACACUGUCUGUGAUUUAUUUAGAAUUCAAGGCACACUUAACCAUCAUGGCUACUACAGCAUUCUGCAGCGAUACGCCAUCCCAUCUGGUUUGGGCUUAGUGGGACUAUCAUUUGUUUUUCAACAGGACAAUGACCCAACACACCUCCAGGCUGUGCAAGGGCUAUUUUACCAAGAAGGAGAGUGAUGGAGUGCUGCAUCAGAUGACCUGGCCUCCACAAUCCCCCGAACUCAACCCAAUUGAGAUGGUUUGGGAUGAGUCGGACGGCAGAGUGAAGGAAAUGGAGCCAACAAGUGCUCCUUCUUGGAGAUUCUCCUUCAAGACUGUUGGAAAAGCAUUCCAGGUGAAGCUGGUUGAGAGAAUGCCAAGAGUGUGCAAAGCUGUCAUCAAGGCAAAGAGUGGCUAUUUGAAGAAUCUCAAAUAUAAAAUAUAUUUGGAUUUGUUUAACACUUUUUUUGGUUACUACAUGAUUAUAUAUGUGUUAUUUCAUAGUUUUGAUGUCUUCACUAUUAUUCUACAAUGUAAAAAGAAAGAAAAACCCUUGAAUGAGUAGGUGUGUCCAAACUUUUGACUGGUACUGUACGUGCAUCAUGUUGACUGUAAAUCGCCAUCUAUCGAACAAAGGCUUUCCCGCUAUGCUUGAACUUAGGUCUCUGAGUUUUCCCUUAGGUCCCUGAAUUUUCCCUUAGGUCUUUGAGUUGUUCCUAACCACGUGACCUGACCAGGGAAAACUCUGGGCCCUGGUUAUGGUCAUUUAUAACCCAUGUUGUGUAUUAGGAUGAUGAUAGAAUAGUAUUUACUUCCUCCAGAGUGACAAAGUUGGAAAAUCACAACCGGAUGUCAGCUAACUCCCUGGCCAUAGUGUUUGCCCCCUGCAUCCUGCGAUCCCCAAACACCACUGACCCCUUCCUAGGCAUGAAGGAUGUCUCCAAGACAACUACGUGAGUCUCUAUAUAGGAAAAGAUUACACACGCACAUCCAAUGUCUUUGAUCAGGAAUUAGAUAUCACAAAAAUAUGUUCAGCAAAGGUUAAAAAGAGACUGCACAAUGGAAUACAGUAUAUGCUAUUUCCCAGUUUAGGGUUACAUGUGUGCACAUACAGUAUAUCUCAAGGUAGGAUGCAGUCAGUCCUUAGUAAGCAUUCUGUGAUUAUUUUGUUGUAAGAAGCCCUGACCUUAACCCUGACCCCCUGACCUUACCUCUCUCCCCCAGGUGUGUGGAGAUCCUGAUCUCAGAACAGUUCAGACGGUACACUGAGAAGAUGAAGGAUAUCACCGAGCUGGAGUACGCUGAGGCCGUGGCCGUCAACCAGCUCAAACUCAAGAGACGGAACACUGUAAGGACACCAUACUCCAUACUGUUGUCACAAAGUUGGAAGCACAGAAUCGUCUAGAAUGUCAUUGUAUGCGUUAAGAUUUCCCUUCACUGGAACUAAGGGGCCUUACCCCGAACCAUGAAAAACAGCCCCAGACCAUUAUUCCUCCUCCACCAAACUCUACAGUUGGCACUAUCCAUUGGGGCAGGUAGCGUUCUCCUGGCAUCCGCCAGAUCCGCCAAAACCACUCCAGCCGACGCUUGGCAUUGCGCAUGGUGAUCUUAGGCUUGUGUGCGGCUGCUCGGCCAUGGAAGCCCAUUUCAUGAAGCUCCCAACGAACAGUUCUUGUGCUGACGUUGCUUCCAGCGGCAGUUUGGAACUCGGAAGUGAGCACUCGGCGGUCCCGUUCUGUGAGCUUGUGUGGCCUACCACUUCGCAGCCGAGCCAUUGUUGCUCCUAGACAUUUCCACUUCACAAUAACAGUGAAUAUAAACUUGAUAUACUGAGAAUAUCUGUGAACACGGAUAUGGAUCACUGUGGGAAGUUCUGCCAUUCCCACUGGGAAUUUCACUUUGGGAAUGCCGUUCCCAACUUCCCACGUUCCCAAAAGUGGUUUGUCUUCCUGUCUUGUCCCUAGUGUAUUGACUCAUCUACUGUAUAUCUACAGAUCUCAGAGAAACCUUCAUCGAAGCUGGACGCCCCUCACAUGGACAACCUUGCUCCGUCGGAUAUAGACAUGGAGUCAGAGAGGACCCUCAUCGAAAGGAUCAAAUCCAUCAAGCAGGAGAAGUGAGUGAAGAGACGGAGACUCCUCUAGUUCGCUGUUGUCGGGGGCAACAUGUAGUCUUGAACCUAGAACAACACAUCUGACUGAAACUAAUCGGAUGUUUUUAAAGAGAAACACACGGUCUCAGUUGGUACUGUAGAAGCUGUCUAGUUCUGUACGUUUCAUGUGUUAGUGUGUUUGUAACGUGCUGGACUCUGUGAAAAAUAUGAAUGAUAUUAUAGUUAGUAUGUUACAACUGGUACUAACUACCAUACAGCUCAGCUCAGUGUUUUCUUCAACUAGUUCCUGGAGGACUUUUAGGGGGUUGCAGAAUUUUGUUCUAGUCCAGCACUAACUCAUGUGAUUCAAGUAAUCGCUGAUCCAUUGUGUGUGUGUGUGUGUGUGUGUGUGUGUGUGUGUGUGUGUGUGUGUGUGUGUGUGUGUGUGUGUGUGUGUGUGUGUGUGUGUGUGUGUGUUUCAGGGAGGAUCUGGCAUGCAGGUUGCCAGAGCUGGAGCAGGAUAACUCGGACAACGACAACAUGGACUCUGAGUCAUCAAUCAGCUCAGAGAGCCUGAUGGAGGAUAGAGUGGGGAGCCUGGACUCAGAAGGUCAGUAGAGAGGUACGGGAGGCCUACACCGUCCUACUAGAGGAUAGAGUGGGGAGCCUGGACUCAGAAGGUCAGUAGAGAGGUACGGGAGGCCUACACCGUCCUACUAGAGGAUAGAGUGGGGAGCCUGGACUCAGAAGGUCAGUACACCAUCCUCUGCCUUCUUGCACUUCAACUUUUUUCAACUGUUUGUUUUCGGUAAUGCUUUAUUUUACAGCCCACUAUUACAGCAAAUUAUUUAUUUUACAGCCCACUGUUAUAGCCAAUUAUUUAUUUUACAGCCCGCUGUUACAGCCAAUUAUUUAUUUUACAGCCCGCUGUUACAGCCAAUUAUUUAUUUUACAGCCCGCUGUUACAGCCAAUUAUUUAUUUUACAAGCCCGCUGUUACAGCCAAUUAUUUAUUUUACAGCCCGCUGUUACAGCCAAUUAUUUAUUUUACAGCCCGCUGUUACAGCCAAUUAUUUAUUUUACAGCCCGCUGUUACAGCCAAUUAUUUAUUUUACAGCCCGCUGUUACAGCCAAUUAUUUAUUUUACAGCCCACUGUUACAGCCUAUGCUUUAUUUUACAGCCCAGGUAGAAACUUAGAAAUUACUUUAUGAAAACAAUAACCUAAUAAGUGCAUUGUGAUUGCACUACUAUGAUAUUCUUAAACCGGGCUGUAAAAUAAAGCCUUGUUUUUUAUCACUGGGACAUUGGUUGACAUACUGUAUUUUAGUUUGUUUUACCCAACUCCUGCUAGCCAACUCAUGGUUAUAUUAGGGGAGAGAUUUGAAGAAACAAGUGGUGUAUUCCCUGUUAAAGUGGGUCAUGCAUGCAGUCUGCAUACAUUUAGUGCAGGUUUUGUGUAACCAGGUAAAUGAUUUACUGACAGCCUUACCAGUAACUAUGGUAUUUCUGCGUUUUGUGUAACCAGGUAACAGUAACUAUGGUAUUUCUGGGUUUUGUGUAACCAGGUAACAGUAACUAUGGUAUUUCUGGGUUUUGUGUAACCAGGUAACAGUAAGUAUGUUAUUUCUGGGUUUUGUGUAACCAGGUAACAGUAACUAUAUAUUUAUGUGUGUGUGCUCAUUCUACUGUGUCUUCGUCUUUGUUCAUUUCUGAAUGAGGAACCUUUUUGUAUUAUUAUCAGGAGCAGGCCGACUGUGUCAGCCUGUUGUACUAGUCUGGUCCCAAAUCUGUAUGCGCUUCGUGUAGCUCAGUACCUACAGAUCUGGGACCAGCUGCUAUUCGAUUAAUCCAGAGUGUCUCUACCAGGCCCUGUUUUAACUAGCCUGCUGGUCCCAGAUCAGUAUGUGGUUUAGCCAAUGCCUCUUACUAAUCCAGACUAGUUUCUCCAACAGGCAGAGUGAACCUGUUGUGGAGGAGCCAGAGGCAGGAGUGCCCUCCUAAGCCCCCUGAUCUGGCCCAGAGAACUACUACAGCCACAGGCCAUGACCAGGCCAGAUGGACAGAACCCCUAGCCCACAACAAGACCAGGAGCAGGAACUUCUCAGAGCUGGACAUCCCCUUCAUAGAUGAAGAAGAGGACUAGCCUGAGUGGCAGUCAGUUUUUUUGCUCCCAGUUGAAUUGUCAUGCCCAAACAUGACUGGACAAUGACAGCAAUGGAGUUGGAAAGAGCACUAAACAGAUCUGGGACCAGGCUAGAGGACAUCUAUUGACCUCCGACAGGUGGCGUCACUAAUACACCAAUGCUAGUCCUUCGACUGAUAGCACUGGAGCUGUAUACCGGCAACAGGAACCAAGCACAUUCUGUAUAUUUCCUACGUCCAUUAAUGUGUGUGUAAAUGAUCAUAGCUCAAAUCAAAUCUAAUUUUGUUUGUCACAUGCGCCGAAUACAACAGACGUAGACCUUACCUUGAAAUGCUUACUUACGAGCCCUAAGAAAAAUGUGUUAAAUAAACUGAAGGAAAAAUAGUAACAUAACAAUAAAUAAUAAUAACGGGGCUAUAUACAAGGGGUACUUACCGAGUCAAUGUGCAGGGGUACGGGUUAAUCGAGGUAAUUGAGGUAAUAUGUACAUGUAGGUAGGGGUAAAGUGACUAUGCAUAGAUAAUAAACAGAGUAAUUAUAAUAAAUAAGAGGGUCAACGCUGUCAUGACUUCCGCAGAAGUUGGUGCCUCUCGUCACCGGCUUUCUAGCUGCCACCGAUCUGCGUUUCUGUUUUCAAUUGGUUUUGUCUUAUUUGUACACACCUGGUUCCCAUUGUAUGAUGAUUAUUUCCCUAUUUAACCCUCUGGUUCCCACAUGGUUUUGUGCGUGUUUGUUCGUUGUGUCGUGUCAUACACUUUUGUGAGCUGGUGUGUUUUCCCUGUGUGGAAAUUAGUGUUUGUUUUGCUAAGUAAAGUACGUUGUGUACUCAGUUCUGUGUCCUGCACCUGACUCCGUCCUACCGCUGCACAUUUUGACACCUGACAAACGCAAAUAGUCCGUGUGGCCAUUUGAUUAACUGUUCAGCACUCUUAUGGCUUGGGGGUAGAAGCUCUCAAGGAGCCUAUUGGUCCCAGACUUGGCGCUACGGUACCGCUUGCCAUGCAGUAGCAGAGAGAACAGUCUAUGACUUACAUUUUACAUUUUAGUCAUUUAGCAGAUGCUCUUAUCCAGGGCGACUUAUAGUAGUGAGUGCAUACAUUUUUAUAUUUGUUCGUACUGGUCCACCGUGGGAAUCGAACCAACAACCCUGGCAAGUGCCAUGCUCUACCAACUGAGCCACAUGGGAAGUUUUUGGGCUUUCUUUUGACACUGCCUGGUAUAGAGGUCCUGGAUGGCAGGAAGCAUGGUCCAAGGGAUGUACUGGGCCGUACGCACUACCCUCUGUUGCCAUACCAAGCGGUGAUGCAACCAGUCAGGAUGCUCUCGAUGGUGCAGCUGUAGAACCUUUUGAGGAUCUAAGGACCCAUGCCAAAUCUUUUCAGCCUCCUGAGGGGGAAUAGGCGUUGUCAUGCCCUGUUCACAACUGUCUUGGUGUGUUUGGACCACGAUAGGUCGUUAGUGACGUGGACACCGGGGAGCUACAGCCCCGUCUAUGUGAAUGGGGGCGUGCUCGGCCCUCCUCCUCCUGUAGUCCACGAUGCUGCUGUGGAUGUUGAGAGCCUCCGAAGAAGGCAUCUGUGGUUCUCUAAUGAUGUCAUAAUGGAAUUACACAAGACACAGUGCAGUCUAUACACCUUUGAUUUUAGCCAUGUACAAUCUCAUAUUAUUGUAAAGCCAAGUAUUUUGGAUGUCUCACCUGUGGACAAUAGUAUAACGAGGACCAAAUCAUUUAAAUCCAUAAUACAUGAACCUUGUUUGCAAUGGACUACUUAUAUGCCACCUAGUUUGGUACUUUGUGAAAUAAAUGUUAUAUUUUAUUGCUAAUUAACCUAAAAUGAAAACAAUACAGUCAAGAUUGUUUUAAGUUCAUCAGCAUAUUUGUGUUUUUCUCUGUUUUCUGUGAAAGUGAGAUGGAUAUUUUCACCUUGGUCUUCCCUUGAACAAAAUAUUGAUUGCCAUUUUCAAAUUUUCACAAGCAUCCCCCCAAAAAACACGACAAUUUAAAGGUCGACUCAGCUAAAUGACGAGCAGCACUGCAGAUAUUGCGAUGAGCGAGACGCAAGACUUCGCUCUUAGACAGAAUCUGCACAGGUGCAUGAGUUACAAUGUGAUGCGUACGGGACCAAAACAGCAGAGAGGUUUAGCCUCACUUCAACUCUCUUAGUUGUUGCGUAAAUUGACCGACGAUGCUGUUUACUUUGUCCAUCUACUUCAUAUCACUGACUCUACCUUUACUAUAGUGCACCUUCUCUCUCCCUCCUCAUAGAUUGACUGACUGCCUGCUCACAUAAGUAUUUUUGGACAGUACUUUAUCAAGUAUCACAAAUUCAUGCAGUUUAGAAUGUCUGUGUAUUAUGAAUGGGGUAAUUCCAUUCAUAUAAACGCAACAUGCAACAAUUUCAAAGAUUUUACUGAGUUACAAGGAAAUCAGUCAACUGAAAUAAAUGAAGUAGGCACUAAUCUAUGGAUUUUACAUGACUGGGCAGGGGUGCAGCCAUGGGGGAGCCAGGCCCAGACAAUCAGUAUGAGUUUUUCCACACAAAAGGGCUUUAUUAAAGACAUAAAUACUCCUCAGCACAACAAAAACAUAUAAAUGCAACAUAUAAAGUGUUGGUGCCAUGUUUCCAUAAGCACAAAAAUCUUAUUUCUCUCAAAUGUUGUGCACAAAUUUGUUUACAUCCCUGUUAGUAAUAAUUUCUCCUUUGCCAAGAUAAUCCAUCCACCUGACAGGUGUGGCAUAUCAAUAAGCUGAUUAAACAGCAUGAUCAUUACACAGGUGCACCUUGUGCUGAGGACAAUAAAAGGCCACUGAAAUGUGCAGUUUUGUCUCAAGUUUUGAGGGAGCAUGCGAUCGGCCAGGGAAUUUAAUGUUCAUUCAACAUCAUUUUAGAGAAUUUGGCAGUACUUCCAACCGGCCUCACAACCACAGACAACGUGUAUGGUGUCUGUGGGUGAGCGGUUUGCUGAUGUCAACGUUGUGAACAGAGUGCCCAAUGGUGGCGGUGGGGUUACGGUAUGGGCAGGCAUAAGCUACAGACAACAAACACAAUUGCAUUUUAUUGAUGGCAAUUUGAAUGCACGAAAAUACCAUGACGAGAUUUUGAGGCCCAAUUUUUUUUUUUUUUUAGGUAUCAUUAGUGCCUAAUGAAUGUAUUUCAACUGACUGAUUUCCUCGAACUGUAAAACCAAUGAAAUUGUUGCAUGUUGGGUUUUACCUUACAUAUGAUGGACAAGUCUCUGCCCAAAAACACCAAUACACGAAGACGAGGUGAGAAGGUAACUAACUGUUGGCUACCUGUUUUUUUUUGUAUGGUAAAAAAAAUGACAUAUGAACACAUGCCUCCUCCAAUUAAUGAUAAUAGUCUCGGAGCAUGUGUUACUGUACUGCCCGAAAGGAUGUCCCUCUGUUGUCGCAAACCCUACAGAUGUUGCGGACAAAAUACAUUUUGUGAUCGAUGGUACAAACAUUUUACUGAACCUAUCAAAUGUAGAGGUUCCUCUUCCGCCUCCUUUAGCGUCUGCCAAUCAGGGCUAAGUGUCGUGCCGGAGGGGCGGUGUGCUAUAUACACAGGAAGAUGGAUCAAAAUGAGGUGGGGAUAUGUGCAUUGGGCAAUCACUUGCUGUGUAGCCGGAGAAGGCGAAGUCAAAUAUUGAUAUUUUCGAGAGCUUAUUCCUGAAGUUACCCCUCUGACAUCAAGAAUGGACAUAAGUUAACAAUGACGGGAGAAAAGAAGAAGAAGAAGCGGCUGAACCGCAGCAUUCUUCUGGCUAAGAAAAUUAUUAUAAAAGAUGGAGGCAGUGUGAGUAGCUAAAAUAUGUAGCUAUUUUUCUUCGUUAGCUAGGUACAUUGUUAUGUUUUGCAUAAUAUUGGUAACUAGCAUGAUAUUUUGUUUUGCUUACUUUGUCAAAUUUAGCUACCAGUUGUUUGCGGGCUGGGCCGUUUAACAUGUCGUCAGCUCACUAGUGUCUCAUGUCAAACGAGCAGCUGUUGGCUAGCUAACGUUAGCUAGGUGGGACAGGUUGUACUGUUAGAGGAAACAAGACACGGCGAGCUAGCAAGUCAGCAUUGAGCCACGCUUCAUCCGAGUUUGUUUUGUCUUUAGUUACUAUGUAUGUUUGACGUAAGAUUUAGAUCGUUUAUCAUUCUAAUUUUGCCUCAAGUGUAUGCGCUAACUAGCCAAGCUACUGUAGUAGUCAAACAAAGCAAAUCGAACACCUUUAACUCGAGGUGUUGUUGGCAAUGGUGUACAGUGUACAAAACAUUAGGGACACCUUACUAAUAUUGAGUUGCACCCUCUUUUGACCUUAGAACAGCCUCAAUUCGUCGGGGCAUGGACUACAAGGUGUCAGAAGCGUUCCAUAGGGAUGCUGCCCACGUUGACUCGAAUACUUCCCACGGUUGUGGCAAGUUGGCUAGAUGUCCUUUGGGUGGUGGACCAUUCUUGAUACACAUAGGAAACUGUUGAGUGUGAAAAACCCAGCAGUGUUGCAGUUCUUGAUACAAACCGGUGCACCUACCACCAUAAUCCAUUCUAAGACACUUAAAUAUUUUGUCUUGCCCAUUCACCCUCUGAAUGGCACACAUACACAAUGCAUGUCUCAAGGCUUAAAAAAUCAUUUAACCUGUCUCCCCCCUUCAUUUACACUGAUUGAAGUAGAUUUAACAGGUGACCUCCAUAAGGGAUCAUAGCUUUCACCUGGUCAGUCUGUCGUGGAAAGAGCAGGUGUUCCUAAUGUUUUGUAAACUCAGUGUGUAUGUUAACUUAAAGGAGAUGGUAUCCUACCGUCUGAUUGUUACCGUAGUGUGGAGAACUAUACUGAACAAAAAUAUAAAUGCAACAGUUUCAAAGAUUUUACUGAGUUACAGAUCAUAUAAGGAAAUCGGUCAAUUGAAAUAAAUAAAUUAGGCCCUAAACUAUGGAUUUCACAUGACUGGGAAUACAGAUAUGCAUCUGUUGGUCACAGAUACCUUAUCACGCUGAAACAUGAGGUGAUGGCGGCGGAUGAAUGGCACCACAGUGGGCCUCAGGAUCUCAUCACGGUAUCUCCGCAUUCAAAUUGCAUUCGCUAAAAUGCAAUUGUGUUCGUUAUCCGUAGUUUAUGCCUGCUCAUACCCUAACCCCAUCACCACCAUGGGGGCACUCUGUUCAGCACACGUAGUCUGCGUUUUGUGAGGUCGGUUGGAGGCGGCUUAUGGUAGAGAAAUGAGGAAAAAAUAAGAAACCCGCACACUGCUCUUGCUAGUAUCACACAGGAAACUGUUGAGCGUGAAAAACCCAGUAGCGUUGCAGUUCUUGACACACUCAAACCGGUGUGCCUGACCCCUACUACUCUCUGUUUUAAAGGCACUUAAAUGUCUUGCCCAUUCACCCUCUGAAUGACACGCAUACAGUUGAAGUCAGAAGUUUACAUACACUUAGGUCGGAGUCAUUAAAACUAGUUUUUCAACCACUCCACAAAUGUCUUGUUGACAAACCUAUAGUUUUGGCAAGUCUGUUAAGGACAUCUACAAACGUAUCUAUAUCCACAGUAAAACGAGUCCUUUAUCGACAUAACCUGAAAGGCCGCUCAGCAAGGAAGAAGCCACUGCUCCAAAACCGCCAUAUAAAAGCCAGACUACGGUUUGCAACUGCACAUGGGGACAAAGAUUGUACUUUUUGGAGAAAUGUCCUCUGGUCUGAUGAAACGAAAAAUAGAAUUGUUUGGCCGUAAUGAACAUUGUUAUGUUUGGAGGAAAAAGGGGGGCCUUGCUGCCACCCCCGUGCUUCACGGUUGAGAUGAUGUUCUUCGGCUUGCAUCAUGCUGUGGGGGUGCUUUGCUGCAGGAGGGACUGGUGCACUUCACAAAACAGAUGGCAUCAUGAGGAAGGAAAAUUAUGUGGAUAUAUUGAAGCAACAUCUCAAGACAUCAGUCAGGAAGUUAAAGCUUGGUCGCAAAUGGGUCUUCCAAAUGGACAAUGACCCCAAGCAUACUUCCAAAGUUGUUGGAAAAUGGCUUAAGGACAACAAAGUCAAGGUAUUGGAGUGGCCAUCACAAAGCCCUGACCUCAAUCCUAUAGAAAAUGUGUGGGCAGAACUGAAAAAGCGUGUGUGAGCAAGGAGGCCUACAAACCUGACCAGUUACACCAGCUCUGUCAGGAGGAAUGGGCCAAAAUUCACCCAACUUAUUGUGGGAAGCUUGUGGAAGGCUACCUGAAACGUUUGACCCAAGUUAAACAAUUUAAAGGCAAUGCUACCAAAUACUAAUUGAGUGUAUGUAAACUUCUGACCCACUGGGAAUGUGGGAGAAAUGUUGUCAGUAGUUUAUAGAAUAAAACAAAAAUGUUAUUUUUACUAUAAAUAGUAAAACGAGAGAAACUGAUACUUUUUCCGCAGCUGUAUACACACACACACACACACAAGAUGACUGACAGGACUCGCUGUUUUGACAUUUCACAUUCUUAAAAUAAAGUGGUGAUCCUAACUGACCUAAGACAGGGAAUUUUUACUAAGAUUAAAUGUCAGGAAUUGUGAAAAACUGAGAUGAAAUGUAUUUGGCUAAGGUGUACGUAAACUUCCGACUUCAACUGUACACAUUCCAUGUCUCAAGGCUUAAAAAUCCUAAUUGAACCUGUCCCCCCCCCCCCCCCCCCUUCAUCUACACUGAUUGAAGUGGAUUUAACCAAUGAUAUCAAUAAGGGAUCAUAGCUUUCCCCUGGUCAGUCUGUCAUGGAAAGAGCAGGUGUUCCUAAUGGUUUGUACACUCGGUGUAGAUAAACAUUGGAUUGGUGAUGCUAUGUAUUGGCCAAUGAGAGGCUUUGAAGCUAUAGGUCGGCCAUAUUGGCACUCCCCAGUAGGAGACCUCCAUAGGAAUGAAUGGAAUUCUAUAGUAUUUCAAUUAAAAAAAAAUUAAAACAACUAAUUAACCGACGUCGGUUCAGCAUUUAGUUCGUUUUUUUUUUCUCCCGUUUUUCUGUGCGCUCAUCAAAUUUUUUUAUUUGUAUGUUUAGCUCACAUAAUAUAAUUUUGAAGUAUGCAUUAAGGUGUCUGUAAUAGAAUAAAUGUUGCAAAAAAAAGUCAUUAAAUGCAAUUUCUAUAGCUUCCAAAAUAUCUUUUUACAGUGGCGGGGGAGUGGCAAGAUGGAGGCACGGUGGCUUCAAAACAGCGAGCCCUGUCAGUCAUCUCGUGUGUAUGUGUGUGUAUACAGCUGCAGAAAAAAUUUAAUAAUAAUAAUAAUAUGCCAUUUAGCAGACGCUUUUAUCCAAAGCGACUUACAGUCAUGCGUGCAUACAUUUUUGUGUAUGGGUGGUCCCGGGGAUCGAACCCACUACCUUGGCGUUACAAGCGCCGUGCUCUACCAGCUGAGCUACAGAGGACCAUUCGUUUCACUAUUUAUAGUAAAAAUAACAUUUUUGUUUUAUUCUAUAAACUGCUGACAAUAUUUCUCCCAUAUUCCAAAUUAAAAUAUUGUCAUUUAGAGCCUUUAUUUGCAGAAAAUGACAACUGGUCAAAUAACAAAAAGAUGCAGUGUUGUCAGACCUCGAAUAAUGCAAAGAAAGUUCAUGUGCAUUUUUAAACAACACAAUACUAAUGUUUUAACUAAGGAAAAUCAAUAUUUGGUGGAAUAACCCUGGUUUUCAAUCACAGCUUUCAUGCGUCUUGGCAUGCUCUCCACCAGUCUUUCACAUUGAUGUUGGGUGACUUUAUGCCACUCCUGGCGCAAAAUUUCAAGCAGCUCGGCUUUGUUUGAUGACUUGUGACCAUCCAUCUUCCUCUUGAUCACAUUCCAGAAGUUUUCAAUGGGGUUCAGGUCUGGAGAUUGGGCUGGCCAUGACAGGGUCUUGAUCUGGUGGUCCUCCAUCCACACCUUGAUUGACCUGGCUGUGUGGCAUGGCGCAUUGUCCUGCUGGAAAAACCAAUCCUCAGAGUUGGGGAACAAUGUCAGAGCAAAAGGAAGCAAGUUUUCUUCCAGGACAACCUUGUACGUAGCUUGAUUCAUGCGUCCUUCACAAAGACAAAUCUGCCCGAUUCCAGCCUUGCUGAAGCACCCCCAAAUCACCAUCAAUCCUCCACCAAAUUUCCACAGUGGGUGCGAGACACUGUGGCUUGUAGGCCUCUCCAGGUCUCCGUCUAACCUUUAGACGACCAGGUGUUGGGCAAAGCUGAAAAUUGGACUCAUCAGAGAAGAUGACCUUACUCCAGUCCUCUACGGUCCAAUCCUUAUGGUCUUUCGCAAACCUCAGCCUGGCUCUUCUUUGCUUCUCAUUGAUGAAGGGCUUUUUUCUAGCUUUGCAUGACUUCAGCCCUGCCCCUAGGAGCCUGUUUUCGAACCGUCCUCGCCGUGCACUUCACCCCAGCUGCCGUUUGCCAUUCUUUUUGUAGGUCACUUGAUGUCAUCCUACGGUUGUUGAGUGACAUUUGAAUGAGUUGGCGGUCAUUCCGGUCAGUAGAGUCGUUUUUUCGCCCUCUGCCGGUCUGUAGCUUUGUUGUCCCCAAUGUCUGCUGCUUGACCUUGUUCUUAUGAACUGCUGUCUUUGACAUUUUAAGGAUGGAAGCAACCUGAUGCUCACUGUAUCCCUCUGCCAGAAUUGAACCCUUCUUUUCCUCACUCAAAACUUUCCUUUUCAACUCUUUUGGCAUGGUCAAUAGUUAUUUUUUGAUUAAUAUUACCUUUGAGGUAUUAUUAGCACUAUUUUUGCCAUCCAGCUGGUCCUAUUGCAAGAGGAUAGUGAUGACCACAGCAGUGGUUUUGAUACUUUUCCAUGUUAAAUAAGAUUAUGUUUCGGUGAUCACCUAAUCAGUACCUAAUUCAGUAGAAUGAGGUGUGCCUGUGUUGGAAUUCAACAGACAUUGGAAUGGCUGUCAUACAUGUAGAGAUGCUGAUUUAAGAAACAUUUGCAGUGGUCUCUUAAUUUUUUCCACAGCUAUGUAUGUGUAUGUGUAUGUAUAUAUAUAUUUUAGAUUCUUCAAAUAGCCACCCUUUGCCUUGAUGACAGCUUUGCACAAUCUUGGCAUUCUCAACCAGCUUCACCUGGAAUGCUUUUCCAACAGUCUUGAAGGAGUUCCUCACAUAUGCUGAGCACUUGUUGGCUGCUUUUCCUUCACUCUGCCGUCCGACUCAUCCCAAACCAUCUCAAUUGGGUUGAGGUCGGGGGAUUGUGGAGACCAGGUCAUCUGAUGCAGCACUCCAUCACUCUCCUUCUUGGUCAAAUAGCCCUUAUGCAGCCUGGAGGGGUGUUGGGUCAUUGUCCUGUUGAAAAACAAAUGAUAGUCCCACUAAGCCCAAACCAGAUGGGAUGGCGUAUCGCUGCAGAAUGCUGUGGUAGCCAUGCUGGUUAAGUGUGCCUUGAAUUCUAAAUAAAUCACUGACAGUGUCACCAGCAAGCAUCCCCACACCAUAACACCUCCUCCACCAUGCUUUACAAUGGGAAAUACACAUGCAGGGAUCAUCUGUUCACCCACACCGCGUCUCACAAUGCCACGGCGGUUGGAACCAAAAAUCUCCAAUUUGGACUCCAGACAAAAGGAUACAUUUCUACCGGUCUAAUGUCCAUUGCUCGUGUUUCUUGGCCCAAUCAAGUCUCUUCUUCUUCUUGGUGUCCUUUAGUAGUGGUUUCUUUGCAGCAAUUCGACCAUGAAGGCCUGAUUCACUGUCUCCUCUGAACAGUUGAUGUUGAGAUGUGUCUGUUACUUGAACUCUGUGAAGCAUUUAUUUGGGCUGCAAUUUCUGAGACUGGUAACUCUAAUGAACUUAUCCUCUGCAGCAGAGGUAACUCUGGGUCUUCCAUUCCUGUGGCAGUCCUCAGGCGACUGCACCUGAUGAAACUUUCAAAUUUCUUGAAAUGUUCCGUAUUUACUGACCUUCAUGUCUUACAGUAAUGUUGUUUUUCUUUGCUUAUUUGAGCUGUUCUUGCCAUAAUAUGGACUUGGUCUUUUACCAAAUAGGGCUAUCUUCUGUAUACCCCCCCUACCUUGUUACAACACAACUGAUUGGCUCAAAUGCAUUAAGAAGGAAAUCAAUUUCACAAAAAAUAAUUUAAGAAGGUACACCUGUUAAUUGAAAUGCAUUCCAGGUGACUACCCUCAUGAAGCUGGUUGAGAGAAUGCCAAGAGUGUGCAAAGCUGUCAUCAAGGAAAAGAGUGGCUACUUUGAAGAAUCUCAAUUAUAAAAUAUAUUUUGAAUUUAGCACUUUUUUUGGGGUUACUACAUGAUUCCAUAUGUAUUAUUUGAUAGUUUUGAUGUCUUCACUAUUAUUCUACAAUGUAGAAAAUAGUAAAAAAAUAAAGAAAAACCCUUGAAUGAGUAGGUGUGUCCAAACCUUUGACUGGCACUUUAUAUAUAUUUUGUUGGGUGUGUUGCUUUCCUAGUUAGCUAGCUGAAGCAUGAGGUUGAUACAAUGUCUGUAGAGAUGAUGGCUAUAAAAUGCAUGUUUUUAAAUGUAAUCUGAAAGGACUAUCAAACUUCAUGUAUUGUCGGUUAAUGUGACUUUGUCAGUUCACAGUACAUCAAACAAAAAGGCAUCUAGCUAGGUAGCUAGCCGAAUAUGCUGUGAGUUUGCUUGGUUUUGUCAGUUUGGUGCCUUCAAUUCAAGCUUCAAUAAUAAGCAAAAGGUCACUGAUCUUGAUUGAGUUACGUGGUCCAUUGGACAACGAGAUCUCACGAGAACCAUAUCUUCUCAACAAUAAUUAUUUGUCAUACACUUGACAAUCCUGUGCUGCAGACUAGCUUGGUUGGACGCAGUCCCAAUGAGACGAGCUGUACUUGACAUUGCAUUGCAUGAUUUGGGGUCUUGACUGAACCAACCACUGUCUGUAGAGUGGACCAAUCUUUACAGCCACAUGCUUUCCCACUCUAUCGUCAAUAGCCUGUUACGUCUCUGGAAGUGUCCUGCGAUUCCUCCCACGCAUUUAAAAGGAUUGGAUUGGUGUUCGCAUGGGUAGAGCUGUUCCGCAAUUCCCCGUCUUUAGUUUGUCAAUCCCAAACAGAAGUCCUGGGAAGGGUCCCUCGCUAUACUCUGCACCUGUUGCAGUUUGGUGGACGUUCACACUUCUUUUGAAAUGUUUGUUGUCCGUUAGCUAUUUAAAUGAAAGUGUGUUGGAUGUGCAUACACCAUUUUGGAAUUGUAUGUCUGUCAGCUAACUGUUGUCGUCUUUUCUCAUCCUCCCUCUCCCUCCUUUUUCUCUUAUCUCUCUCUUUUCUGCUCCUCCUCUCUCCAUCUCUCCGUUCCGUAGCCCCACCAGGGGAUGGGUGAGCCCAGCGUCUACCAUGCUGUGGUGGUGAUCUUCCUGGAGUUCUUUGCCUGGGGUCUGCUCACCACGCCCAUGCUCACGGUAGGUUAACCCCCUGAGCCCACGGUCACGUCCCGAGAGUGCACUACCUUUUGACCAGGGCCCAUGGGGCUUACUCAGUGAUAGGUACAACACAUAGGACUGCUCACAGCUGAGCCCACCUGCUCACCACCCCCAUGCCCACAGUAGGUACUCUAGAUGGGUAAACCACCCCACAGCUGAGCCCACCUGCUCCCCUCAAAUAUGGAGCUUACCUAGGACUACAUUACAUACAGUAGGGAUACAACCCAUGCCUAUGGUAGCCCAACCCACCACCACACCUAAGCCCACCUACAGGGAACAGGAACACAACACGUAGUGAUACACACCACGCCCACAGUAGGUACUGUGGGUAGUUAUACAACGGGGUGGGUCUAAUCCUGGAAGCUGAUUGGUUUCAAACCGUGUUCUAGCCGGUGUCUGUUCCACAAGUUACCAACGGCUAAAGCUAUGGCGUCUCGGGCCUAACAACGCCCAUGCCAAUAUAUCCUCCAAACACCGGCUUCUCUGGCAUUAUCACAGAAGUAAACCACCACCUGAUCCCCAACUGCUCCCCUCCACUAUAAAACACACGGUUAGUGGUUACUUAGGGAUACAUACAGUUGGGAUAUACAAUGCAUGCUCAUGAGCUUCCUUAGGGAUACAGGACAUGCAUUACAGUAGGGAGACAACACAUGCCCACGCUAGCCUAAACCGCCACCACACCUGAGUCCAUCCACCUGUUCCGCUCUAGUGUGGAACACCAAGCUUCCUUCGGGCUACAGAACAUACAGUAGGGAAUAGGCUACACACAAUGCAUGCAGUACGCUUAGUGCCCUGAGUCGUUCCCCACCACCACCACUAAACACUGAGCCUACCCUGUUCCCCACCACCACUAAACACUGAGCCAACCCUGUUCCCCACCACCCCUGUUCCCCACCACCACUAAACACUGAGCCACCCCCGUUCCCCACCACCCCCGUACCCCACCACCACUAAAGACUGAGCCACCCCAGUUCCCCACCACCCCCGUUCCCCACCACCACCACUAAACACUGAGCCAACCCUGUUCCCCACCACCACUAAACACUGAGCCAACCCCGUUCCCCACCACCACUAAACACUGAGCCACCCCCGUUCCCCACCACCACCACUAAACACUGAACCAACCCUGUUCUCCACCACCACUAAACACUGAGCCAACCCCGUUCCCCACCACCACUAAACACUGAGCCAACCCCGUUCCCCACCACCACUAAACACUGAGCCAACCCCGUUCCCCACCACCACUAAACACUGAGCCAACCCCGUUCCACACCACCACUAAACACAACAAGCUCAUUAUAAGUCGCUCUGGAUAAGAGUGUCUGCUAAAUGACCAAAAUGAUAAGAGCCCCCUUCCCCCAAAAGGACCGGACUGUAUAAAGCAUUCAUAAUGACUGUUUUAUAUUGCAUUCAUACCUCCCACCCAUUCCUAAUUUGUUCCAACCCCUACCAGACAACCAGGGAGUGACAUUUCCCCACAAACAGCUGCACUAACGGCUAUGAAUAAUUGAAUUGAUAAUGAAAUGUUGAGCAAGCCUGAUGACGCAACCUGUUGUGUGGAUGAGAGGCUCUGUGUCGGUAGGAACUAAUGGACUGAAUAUGUAAAGGGACAUCAAACAGUGUAUUAUUUGAACGAGGUCCCUUUCACUUUUGAAAGGGCUUAUCAGAGAGCGAGGGGGAGAGAGAAGUUCAGCGCAAGGUUGUUGUUAGACUAUAGGGUUCAGUCCCAAAUGGCACCCUAUUCCCUAUGUAGUGCACUACAUUUGAGAAGGGCCAAUAGAUCUCUGGUCAAAAGUAGUGCACUAUAUAUAGGGAAUAGGGUACCAUUUGGGACUGGCCCUAGAUAUUGUAGACACAGGCAGAUGUAAACAUGACUCCCCUCAAUGGAAGAACUAAUCAUAUCAGACAAACUAUAUACAAUGAACAAAAAUAUCAACGCAACAUGUAACAAUUUAAAAAUAUUUUAUUGAGUUGCAGUUCAUAUAAGGAAAUCAGUCAAUUGAAAUAAAUUCAUUUGGCCCUAAUCUAUGGAUUUCACAUGACUGGGAAUACAGGUAUGCAUCAGUUGGUCACUGAUACCUUAAAAACCACCGUUUGCCUCAAGUAACGCGACACAUCUCCUUUGCAUAGAGUUGUUCAGGCUGUUUAUUGUGGUCUGUGGAAUGUUGUCCCACUCCCCAUCAAUGGCUGUGCGAAGUUGCUGGAUAUUGACGGGAACUGGAACACGCUCCAGAGCAUCCCAAACAUGCUCAACGGGUGACAUGUCUGGUGAGUAUGCGGGCCAUGGAAGAACUGGGACAUUUUCAGCUUGCAGGAAUAGUGUACCGAUCCUUGCGACAUGAGGCCGUACAUUAUCAUGCUGAAACAUGAGGUGAUGGCGGUGGAUGAAUGGCAUGACUAUGGGCCUCAGGAUCUCGUCACGGUAUCUCUGUGCAUUGAAAUUGAUAAAAAUAAAUUGUGUUCAUUGUCCGUAGCUUAUGCCUGCCCAUACCAUAACCCUACCGCCACCAAGGGGCACUCUGUUCACAACGUUGACAUCAGCAAACCACUCGCCCACACAACGCCAUACACGCUAUCUGCUAUCUGCCUGGUACAGUUGAAACCCGGGAUUAAUCCAUGUUUAGUUGAGACCAUGUCCUCCUGACCAAUACUCAGACUCUGGCUGUGUCAGAAAUGGCACACUAUUCCCUAUAUAGUACACUACCUUUGACCAUAUAUAGUGCACUACUUUUGACCAGGGCCCGUAGGGAAUAGGGUGGUGCCAUUUUGGGAUGCAACCCUAGUAAUUGUUUGUUCUCUCAGGCCUGUCUGACUCUGAACAUGCAACAGGGUCACGUUCCUACUGGUGUCAUUGACCCCCUCCCUCACUUGUUCUCAAGCUGUGCCCCCCCCCAUCUCAAAUACUGUAGACUUUAAACUGUAGAUUUAGGCCUGUAUUUGGACUGUAUUUUGUAUUUCAUGCCUGACCUCUGUUUGUGAAUUUGAGGGAAAUUAUCCAAUCUGCCUGCUUGCCUCAGUGUGUUUCGGUGACCUUCCUAGACCUCCUUCAGUUAACAAUGAAACAAAACGUUGUACUUUAAAAGAUACCUAACUUUACACAGUGUGCUGGUGUCCCUUCAACCUUUCUACCUCCGUUUAGUUUCUAUGACCUAACUAACCAUAUUUGUUUCUCUCAGUAUCUCAGACGCAGAAAGGUCACUGUCAAACAACGAAGUGGAUAUUGUGUGAAGGGUAUUUUCCUGUGCUAUAGUGUGACUAACUGUUGACUAAGUGAUCGUUUUAAAUUGUUGUCAUUUAGCAGACUCUCUUAUCCAGAGCGAUUUAUAGUUAGUGCAUUCAUUCUUUUUUUGUUAUUUUGUUUAUAUUUAGUUGUUGUUGUUGUUGUUGUUGUUUGGGGGGGGGGGGGGGUAACUGAAGUUACUGUAGUCAAGACCAGUCACCGUAGGUCACAAGUCUGUUACGCUGUACUUAAACAGGCACAGCAGUUUAUUUUUGUGUUCUCUUUAUAUUGAAGUGGAUAUUGUGUAAGUGAAUGCAUGGGUACUUCCCUCUGCUUUAGUUUGACUAACACUGAAGUGUAAACCAGUCACUGUACGGAGUAGGUCUGCUCACUGUAUGGACACAACAGUUGAGGUGUUAUCUGUGUUUGUUUCCCCAGGUCUUACAUCAAACAUUCCCUCAACACACGUUCCUGAUGAAUGGCCUUAUUCACGGUGUCAAGGUAAGAUAACGCCAGAUAACAGCGGCCUAGCCUGUUGCGCCAGGGUUUAGCCUAUAGCUUGGACACUCAGUCGUUUUAGAUUUUUUUUUUUUUUAAAUCAGUCUGUCACUGCCGGGGGGGAGGCGUGUUUUAUUUAACCACUGUUAGCUGCACUAGUGCAUGAUGUGGCCUGAACUCACCAUGUUCCAUUUGAAUCUCAGGUUGUCUGUGUAGUGGGGUGUGUAGGUGCUGUUCAUCUCAGGUUGUCUGUGUAGUGGGGUGUGUAGGUGCUGUUCAUCUCAGGUUGUCUGUGUAGUGGGGUGUGUAGGUGCUGUUCAUCUCAGGUUGUCUGUGUAGUGGGGUGUGUAGGUGCUGUUCGUCUCAGGUUGUCUGUGUAGUGGGGUGUGUAGGUGCUGUUCAUCUCAGGUUGUCUGUGUAGUGGGGUGUGUAGGUGCUGUUCAUCUCAGGUUGUCUGUGUAGUGGGGUGUGUAGGUGCUGUUCAUCUCAGGUUGUCUGUGUAGUGGGGUGUGUAGGUGCUGUUCAUCUCAGGUUGUCUGUGUAGUGGGGUGUGUAGGUGCUGUUCAUCUCAGGUUGUCUGUGUAGUGGGGUGUGUAGGUGCUGUUCAUCUCAGGUUGUCUGUGUAGUGGGGUGUGUAGGUGCUGUUCAUCUCAGGUUGUCUGUGUAGUGGGGUGUGUAGGUGCUGUUCAUCUCAGGUUGUCUGUGUAGUGGGGUGUGUAGGUGCUGUUCAUCUCAGGUUGUCUGUGUAGUGGGGUGUGUAGGUGCUGUUCAUCUCAGGUUGUCUGUGUAGUGGGGUGUGUAGGUGCUGUUCAUCUCAGGUUGUCUGUGUAGUGGGGUGUGUAGGUGCUGUUCAUCUCAGGUUGUAGCUGUUCAAGGUUGUAGAUGUUGAAGGUGGGGAGUGUGCAUGUCUAGUAGAGGAGGUUGCAUCAUGGGAAAGCAUGGACUAUUAGACCAGAGCCACAUGCAGUCCAUGUUAGUUAACUGUUAGUUACUCAUUAGCUCAGUGCACAGAUCACCAAGGUCUCAUUCCUCUCUGUCUGUCUCUUUCUCUCUGUCGCUCGCUCGCUCCCUCCCCUCAGGGUAUUUUGUCGUUCCUGAGUGCUCCUCUGAUUGGUGCGCUAUCAGACGUAUGGGGGAGGAAGUCCUUCCUGCUGCUAACAGUCUUCUUCACCUGCGCCCCCAUCCCCCUGAUGAAGAUCAGCCCAUGGUGAGAACACACACACACUCUACUUACUACAUCACUAAUACAUCUAUCUCUAUGGGCUGUGAUUGUGCAUAGCCAGAUUAAUAAAAAGCAUGGUCAACUUCCAAGUGUGCGGAGACAUGAAGGUGUUUUUAAAGAUGCACUGUGCAGAAAUCGCAUAGCCAUUUCCUGGUUGCUACAAUUGUAAUAGUUCUCCUAAUUUCAGUUUGUGACAAAAACAAGCGAGUAUAGUGUGGGGCCUUCAAACUCUGCUCUGGACCUCCAAGCCAGUUCCACUGUAUGUUUUCAUUGUUCCCCUUCUAAUCAGGGAUUGAUUUAGACCAGGGACACCAGGUGUGUGCAAUUCAUUAUCAGGUAGAACAGAAAACCAGCAGCCUCCGGACCUCGUAGGGUAAUAGUUGAGUACCCCUGGUGAGAAUCAUUGUACCAUCUAAACCGCUGUGAAAUAUAUUUUCCAUAACCAAAGAUAUUGUAUUUUCAGUUGUUUUGAAGCUGGUGUACAAAACUGAAAGUAAAAGACGCAAAAACUAAACUUAACAACGGGAAGCAUAGAAAUAGCGCACAUAGAACAGAUCUACCACUUCUUAGAAUUGCUUUCGAUGCGAAUGACAGAUCUAUAACACACAUUUCUGUGUGAAUUUGGGUGUGUCGCCCAAAAAGUUACAUAUUGCAGCUUUAAGUUCAGGAGUAGAAUAUGCAACUGGCCCCAUAUCUCUGCAGCUGGCCCCAUAUCUCUGCAGCUGGCCCCAUAUCUCUGCAGCUGGCCCCAUAUCUCUGUCAGUUUCCCCGUGGUUCAACAGGACCUUCACUGUAGUGGUAUCCACAGUCACAAUAGAGAGCUAUACAGACUUGCUAACAUACCACCUCACUCAUCUCUUCUGCUCCCUCCGUUCUCCUUCCCGUUCUUUCUCCUCUCUCCUCCUCUCUUCAGGUGGUACUUUGCGGUCAUUUCCAUGUCCGGUGUGUUUGCCGUCACCUUCUCUGUGAUCUUUGCGUAUGUGGCAGACAUCACGGCAGAACACGAUAGGAGCACAGCCUAUGGUUUGGUGAGGAGGGACACUGAAUAACAACCUAUAUGGACAUCCUAUCAGUGUUGUUUUAGCUGUUAUAUAUAUAUAUAUAUAUAUUCUUCCUCUCCUUUGUCCCCCCCCCCCCCCCCCCCCUUCAGGUGUCCGCUACCUUUGCAGCCAGCUUGGUGACGAGCCCGGCCAUUGGAGCGUACCUGUCGGUGACUUACGGUGACACCCUGGUAGUGAUCCUGGCUACGGCCAUCGCCCUGCUGGACAUAAUUUUCAUCCUGGUGGUCGUCCCCGAGUCACUGCCCGAGAAGAUGAGACCGGCCUCCUGGGGAGCACCCAUCUCCUGGGAGCAGGCUGACCCCUUCGCUGUGAGUACUGUAGUACUAUAUACUAAUAUAUUAUAGUACUAUACUACCUCCUGGGAGCAGGCUGACCCCUUCGCUGUGAGUACUCUAGUACUAUAUACUAAUAUAUUAUAGUACUAUACUACCUCCUGGGAGCAGGCUGACCCCUUCGCUGUGAGUACUGUAGUACAAUAUACUAAUAUAUUAUAGUACUAUACUAUACUACCUCCUGGGAGCAGGCUGACCCCUUCGCUGUGAGUACUGUAGUACUAUAUACUAAUAUAUUAUAGUACUAUACUACUCAUAGUAUAGUACUAGUAUAGUACUAUACGUGGUCCUCUGUAGCUCAGCUGGUAGAGCACGGCGCUUGUAACGCCAAGGUAGUGGGUUCGAUCCCCGGGACCACCCAUACACAAAAAUGUAUGCACGCAUGACUGUAAGUCGCUUUGGAUAAAAGCGUCUGCUAAAUGACUUAUUAUUAUUAUUAUUAUUAUUAUUAUUAUUAUUAUUACUACUACCUCCUGGGAGCAGGCUGACCCCAUCGCUGUGAGUACUGUAAUACUACAGUGAGGGGAAAAAGGUAUUUGAUCCCCUGCUGAUUUUGUACGUUUGCCCACUGACAAAGAAAUGAUCAGUCUAUAAUUUGAAUGGUAGGUUUAUUUGAACAGUGAGAGACAGAAUAACAACAACAAAAUCCAGAAAAACGCAUGUCAAAAAUGUUAACAAUUGAUUUGCAUUUUAAUGAGGGAAAUAAGUAUUUGACCCCUCUGCAAAACAUGACUUAGUACUUGGUGGCAAAAACCUUGUUGGCAAUCACAGAGGUCAGAUGUUUCUUGUAAUUGACCACCAGGUUUGCACACAUCUCAGGAGGGAUUUUGUCACACUCCUCUUUGCAGAUCUUCUCCAAGUCAUUAAGGUUUCGAGGCUGAUGUUUGGCAACUCGAACCUUCAGCUCCCUCCACAGAUUUUCUAUGGGAUUAAGGUCUGGAGACUGGCUAGGCCUCUUCUUGAGCCAUUCCUUUGUUGCCCUGGCCGUGUGUUUUGGGUCAUUGUCAUGCUGGAAUACCCAUCCAUGACCCAUUUUCAAUACCCUGGCUGAGGGAAGGAGGUUCUCACCCAAGAUUUGACGGUACAUGGUCCCAUCCAUCGUCCCUUUUCAUGUGGUGAAGUUGUCCUGUACCCUUAUCAGAAAAAUACCCCCAAAGCAUAAUGUUUCCACCUCCAUGUUUGACGGUGGGGAUGGUGUUCUUGGGGUCAUAGGCAGCCUCCAAACACGGCGAGUUGAGUUGAUGUCAAAGAGCUCCAUUUUGGUCUCAUCUGACCACAACACUUUCACCCAGUUCUCCUCUGAAUCAUUCAGAUGUUCAUUGGCAAACUUCAGACGGGCAUGUACAUGUGCUUUCUUGAGCAGGGGAACCUUGCGGGCGCUGCAGGAUUUCAGUCCUUCACGGCGUAGUGUGUUACCAAUUGUUUUCUUGGUGACUAUGGUCCCAGCUGCCUUGAGAUCACUGACAAGAUCCUCCCGUGUAGUUCUGGGCUGAUUCCUCACCGUUCUCAUGAUCAUUGCAACUCCACGAGGUGAGAUCUUGCAUGGAGCCCAAGGCCGAGGCAGAUUGACAGUUAUUUUGUGUUUCUUCCAUUUGCGAAUAAUCGCACCAACUGUUGUCACCUUCUCACCAAGCUGCUUGGCGAUGGUCUUGUAGCCCAUUCCAGCCUUGUGUAGGUCUACAAUCUUGUCCCUGACAUCCUUGGAGAGCUCUUUGGUCUUGGCCAUGGUGGAGAGUUUGGAAUCUGAUUGAUUGCUUCUGUGGACAGGUGUCUUUUAUACAGGUAACAAGCUGCGAUUAGGAGCACUCCCUUUAAGAGUGUGCUCCUAAUCUCAGCUCGUUACCUGUAUAAAAUACACCUGGGAGCCAGAAAUCUUUCUGAUUGAGAGGGGGUCAAAUACUUAUUUCCCUCAUUUAAAAUGCAAAUCAAUUUAUAACAUUUUUGACAUGCGCUUUUCUGGAUUUGGUUGUUGUUAUUCUGUCUCUCACUGAUCAUUUCUUUGUCAGUGGGCAAACGAACAAAAUCAGCAGGGGAUCAAAUACUUUUUUCCCUAACUGUAUAUACUAAUAUAUUAUAUAAUAAUGUACUAUACUACCUCCUGGGAGCAGGCUGACCCCCUUCGCUGUGAGUACUAUUCAUGGGUUGCAUUUCCGUCACUCGGAUUGCGUCGUUGCCAUUGUUAUCAACGUUCUACAGACGCCACAUUCAUAUUGAUGCUCAAAAGUAGAACUGGGGCUAAUGACUUUGAACCGGAUCUAUUGACUGUGUUGUCUAAAUUACACUGUAGGUUACUUUGGAUUAUGAUGAUAUUGAUAAAGCAGGCACACAUUUAGUAGGAAACAACUUUGCUAUCAUCAUGUUGUCUAAUUUACUUUAGACAGAUGGCAAUGUUGCAGUGGUGGAAAAAGAACCCAAUUGUCAUACUUGAGUAAAAGUAAAGAUGCCUUAAUAGAAAAUGACUCACGUAAAAGUGAGUCACCCAGUAAAAUACUAAAUGUAAUUGCUGAAAUAUACUUAAGUAUCAAAAGUAUAAAUCAUUUCAAAUUCCUUAUGUUAAGCAAACCAGACGGCACAAUUUUAUUUUUUAAUUUUUUAAUUUACAGAUGGCCAGGGACACACUCCAACAUUCAAACAUAAUUUACAAACAAAGCAUUUGUGUUUCGUGAGUUCUGCCAGAUCAGAGGCAGUAGGGAUGACCAGGGAUGUUCUCUUGAUUAGUGUGUGUGAAUUGGUCCAUUUUCCUGUCCUGUUAAGAAUUCAAAGUACUUUUGGGUGUCGGGGAAAAUGUAUGAAGUAAAAAGUACAUAAUAUUCUUUAGGAAUGUAGUACAGUAAAAGUUGUCAAAUAUAAAUAGUAAAGUACAGAUACCCCAAAAAAACUACUUCAGUAGUACUUUCAAGAAUUUUUACUUAAGUACUUUAAACCACUUCAAUGUUGUCAUUAGCUAGCAAAGUUUGUCAAAAAUAGCUAACAAUGCUAACGUUAGCUAUCUAAAAUCUCUCCUCAAUAUUAGCUAGAUAGCCAACGUUAUACUGCAUCUAAAGUCAAAUCAAAAUAAUGACAAAAGGUUUUCCUACUAAUUAUUUGCGUUCUUUAGAAUUAAGACCAAAUCUUCAUCAGUGCCUUAUGAGGAUGCAUUGAGUAGACUGCUCUGUUGGGCAUCAGUCCUAAAACGAACAUUCAAAACAAUAGACGCAACGUGCAACUAUGAAUACUGUAAUAAUUCUUAGGAACAGGACAAUCAAUCUGUGUUUAUGUGACAACAAAAUUCAUCUGAAUCUAAUGUGUUGUGUGUGUGUGUGUGUGUGUGUGUGUGUGUGUGUGUGUGUGUGUGUGUGUGUGUGUGUGUGUGUCCUCUCCAGUCCCUGCGGAAGGUGGGCCAGGAUUCCACGGUGCUUCUCAUCUGCAUCACGGUGUUCCUGUCUUACCUACCUGAGGCCGGACAAUACUCCAGUUUCUUUCUCUAUCUCAGACAGGUACUGACAACACCUAGCCUCACCCCCUACAGGGUUCUCCAACUGGUGGCCCGCAGGCCGAAUUUGGCCCGCGUGUGAUUUAAUUUAGCCCCACAGGUUUUCUGAGCAAUUUUUUAUUUGUUUUUAUUUUUUUAUUUUCUUUGAUCAGGGUUUACACAGACAACAAAACAAAGUGUACCACACAUAUGUAGUACAUGGAGUUUAGUAAAAAAUACAGUAAAAAAACAUAUUCGAAAAAAUUAGCAUUUGUAAAAUAAAAAGACAGCAGUAUCUUCUAUGUGGCAUUUAUGGCAGGCUUUCUACGUAUGACCAUAAUGGUGACCAGAUUUUCCAGAACUUUUCAGUCCUCGUACAGGUCAAAAGUGAGUUUUUUGGGGGGGGCUGUAUAAUAGUAGAAAGCUGAAAGCCACAUCCUCGCAGACAGUAUUUCAGGUGUGGACCUUCAAAAUAGACGAGUAUUAAACAGAUGUUCAAAAGAGUCGGGAUCAAAUAAAAUGUUAGUCAAAAUAAAGUAGUUAUACGUUCGGUGAAAGAGCAAAUUGUCUAAGAUCUUCUGAAUUUGUAAAUGAACCUCAUUCCAAAAUACGUGCAUAAAGGUGCCAGUAUCUUGUUGACAUUUGAAACAAAUUAAGGCAAACAGGUGUAAAGUAGGUUCUAUGAAAUAAUGAAACGUAGUUAUUGUAUGCUUAUAGAGGUGCAUUUGGGGUAGACCCUUUAACAGAUAGCAGUCCAGUCCUCAUCACCAAAUGCACUCCCAAUGUCUCUCUUCCAAAUAUACAGUGGGGAGGACAAGUAUUUGAUACACUGCCAAUUUUGCAGGUUUUCCUACUUACAAAGCAUUUAGAGGUCUGUAAUUUGUAUCAUAGGUACACUUCAACUGUGAGAGAUGGAAUCUAAAACAAAAAUCCAGAAAAUCCACUUGUAUAAUUUUUUAAGUAAUUAAUUUGCAUUUUAUUGCAUGACCUAAGUAUUGAUACAUCAGAAAAGCAGAACUUAAUAUUGUGGUACAGAAACCUUGUUUGCAAUUACAGAGAUCAUACAUUUCCUGUAGGUCUUGACCAGGUUUGCACACACUGCAGCAGGGAUUUUGGCCCACUCCUCCAUACAGACCUUCUCCAGAUCCUUCAGGUUUCGGGGCUGUCGCUGGGCAAUACGGACUUUCAGCUCCCUCCAAAGAUUUUCUAUUGGGUUCAGGUCUGGAGACUGGCUAGGCCACUCCAGGACCUUGAGAUGCUUCUUACGGAGCCACUCCUUAGUUGCCCUGGCUGUGUGUUUCGGGUCGUUGUCAUGCUGGAAGACCCAGCCAUGACCCAUCUUCAAUGCUCUUACUGAGGGAAGGAGGUUGUUGGCCAAGAUCUCGCGAUACAUGGCCCCAUCCAUCCUCCCCUCAAUACGGUGCAGUCAUCCUGUCCCCUUUGCAGAAAAGCAUCCCCAAAGAAUGAUGUUUCCAUCUCCAUGCUUCACGGUUGCGAUGGUGUUCUUGGGGUUGUACUCAUCCUUCUUCUUCCUCCAAACACGGCGAGUGGAGUUUAGACCAAAAAGCUAUAUUUUGUUCUCAUCAGACCACAUGGCCUUCUCCCAUUCCUCCUCUGGAUCAUCCAGAUGGUUAUUGGCAAACUUCAGACGGGCCUGGACAUGUGCUGGCUUGAGCAGGGGGACCUUGCGUGCACUGCAGGAUUUUAAUCCAUGACGGCGUAGUGUUACUAAUGGUUUUCUUUGAGACUGUGGUCCCAGCUCUCUUCAGGUCAUUGACCAGGUCCUGCCGUGUAGUUCUGGGCUGAUCCCUCACCUUCCUCAUGAUCAUUGAUGCCCCACGAGGUGAGAUCUUGCAUGGAGCCCCAGACCGAGGGUGAUUGACUGUCAUCUUGAACUUCUUCCAUUUUCUAAUAAUUGCGCCAACAGUUGUUGCCUUCUCACCAAGCUGCUUGCCUAUUGUCCUGUAGCCCAUCCAAGCCUUGUGCAGGUCUACAAUUGUAUCCCUGAUGUCCUUACACAGCUCUCUGGUCUUGGCCAUUGUGGAGAGGUUGGAGUCUGAGUGUGUGGACAGGUGUCUUUUAUACAGGUAACGAGUUCAAACAGGUGCAGUUAAUACAGGUAAUGAGUGGAGAACAGGAAAAACUAACAGGUCUGUGAGAGCUGGAAUUCUUACUGGUUGGUGGGUGAUCAAAUACUUGUCAUGCAAUAAAAUGCAAAAUAAUUACUUAAAAAUCAUACAAUGUGAUUUUCUGGAUUUUUGUUUUAGAUUCCGUAUCUCACAGUUGAAGUGUACCUAUGAUAAAAAUUACAGACCUCUACAUGCUUUGUAAGUAGGAAAACCUGCAGAAUCGGCAGUGUAUCAAAUACUUGUUCUCCCCACUGUAUCUCAAUGUGUCAGAUUAAACCCCUCCGAACAGUAGAAUUAAAAACAGUUUUUCCAACCACAGUAAUUUGAAAAUAUUGUUUAACCACUUUAUUCUGGCCCUCUACAAAAUGGGUGGGUGGGUGGGUGAAUGAAACAACAAUACAAAUGAAUUAUAUAUAUAUAUAUAUAUAUAUAUAUAUAUAUAUAUAUAUAUAUAUAUAUAUAUAUAUAUAUAUAUAUAUUUACAGCUGUCCUUACAUAUUUGUCCCUUAUUUGGGGGAAAGUCAGGAUUAAGAGUAAUCGGUGACCAGAGUGAUAUAUGGUGUGGAUUCUGCAAGUAUCUCCUUGCAUCUCUCCAAGCUAAGCGUGUAUUACAUGUUAUUAAAUGGUCAGAUGAGACCAGAAUUUUUUUUCACAAUUAUUAAUAAAUGGUAACGAACAUAAGGCACUUGGAAUGACAUUCUGUUGAUUCCAUCCCAACCCAAAGUGAGUCACAUCUGUCUAGGCACAAACACGUGCUUGAUGUGAGCAGGCCAAUGAUAUAGUAGAGCCCUCGCAAGUCCUUACGCUUAAUUAGUUUGUUCAAUUUGAUUCUAGGUUUCUUAUUGUUCCAGAAAUAUUUAGAGAUAAUGGCAUUCACAUAAAAAAAGUAUAAUAUAUAUAUUUAAGGACUGAUAGGUGACAGUGAAGACUUUGGAAUAAACAAUUUAAUUGAGGAAGGAUGUUAAUCUUGCCAAAAAGAGAGUUUGGUAAAACAGACCGGUUAGCCGGGUCCUGCUUAAUUUUUGUGAGCAAGGCACAUCAUUUGAGGAUAACAGCUCUUUUAAGGUAUGGUGUGGCAAACAGUGACCUCCAGAAGUAUUGGGACAGUGACAAUUUUGUUGUUGUUUUGGCUCUGUAGUCCAGCAAUUUGGAUUUGAAGUGAUACAAUGACUAUGAGGUUAAAAUGCAGACUGUCAGCUUUAAUUUGAGGGUAUUUUCAUCCAUAUCAGGUGAACCGUUUAGAAAUUACAGCACUUUUUGUACAUAGUCCCUUCAUUUUAGGGGACCAAAUGUAUUGGGACAAAUUCACUUAUGUGUAUUAAAGUAGUUAAAAGUGUAGUAUUUGGUCCCAUAUUCAUAGCACGCAAUGACUACAUCAGGCUUGUGACUCUACACAUUUGUUGGAUGCAGUUGCUGUUAUUUUUGGUUUUGUUUCAGAUUAUUUUGUGCCCAAUAUAGAAAUGAAUGGUAAAUAAUGUAUUGUGUCAUUUUGGAGUCACUUUUAUUGUAAAUAAGAAUAUCAUAUUUUUCUAAACACUUCUACAUGAAUGUGGAUGGUACCAUGAUUACGGUUAAUCCUGAAUGGAUCGUGAAUAAUGAUGAGUGCGAAAGGGUCAAUGAUCAUACCCCCAAGACAUGCUAACCCUCUCACCGUUACAAUUACAGGGGAGGUUAGCAUUUUUGCGGGGGUAUGAUAUUUGUGCGUCUAACUUUCUCACUCAUCAUUAUUCACGAUUUCAUUCAGGAUUAUCCGUAAUCAUGGUAACAGCCGCAUCAAACCAACCCCUAACCCCUAGCCUCAUCCCCUAUUUUGGUGGGUAGAUUCAGUGAUGCAUCAGCAAAUUUAUAGUGGAGUACAAAAAUAGUACAAUGUGGUCUGCUUCAUAUCUGUCUAUUCACUGAAGGCCUUCCAACGAACUCCCCACAAACUCCUUAGAAAGUGGCCAAGUAGGGCAACUGUUACAGUGUCGUCAACAUGGUCUAGUCUGUCCCUAGUUAACUACAGUUAGAGAACUAGUCAGCCAGCAGUGCUCAAAACUGCACCCAAAACACUCGCAUUUGCGGCCCUUUGACAUGGCAGUGUGACACCAGUUUUUUUUUUUUAUUGGUCGCUGGGUGCCAGUGAAAUAAAUGUAGCUGGUUCGAGUAAGUUUUUGUUCUUAAUUUGCUUCUUUUUUUUAUUAUCAAGAUUUAUUCAAACAGCAAUGGGUAUGCAAGCAAGGUAUUCAAAAAAGUUUGGUCCAAAGUCUUGGUUGAAUCAAUGCGAUUCUCAAUUCAGUCGUGCGCUGUUUGAAUGAACAUUUCUAAAGGCUUUCCCAAAAAACCUUCCCAUUUUAAAUGUUGACUGCAAAGUAGGCCUACCUGGCAGAAUUAUAUAAUGAGGAUUUGUAUCAAUCGGAUGGAAUUUGUUUAGCAAACUCUGCCAUCACAUGUAGCCUACAUUGUACAGUACAAAAACCAGUGUUAGCCAAACACAACAGUCUCUUGCUAGGUACACAAUUGAGUUAAAGGGCAACGACACCCUCUGUGUUGUAUUGUUCCCAGACCUGAAAGUAGUCUCCUGAUGUGGUUUAAGCAUUGUUGUGGACUUAGAGCAUCCAUUUGUUGUGAUUAUUUCUUUUGGGCUGGAAACCUGAAUAAUAUAGGACAACUCGGAAACCUGGAAAAAUAAAACGGUGAAAAAUUUACCGAAAGAUACAACUGAUUUUAUAGGGCCCUACAACUGGAGAGCGACUGUUCAAAAUCACUAACAAUAAAACCCUCUGAGAUUGCGCAAGGAUUUUAUUUUUUCCCCUCCAAACGAUCAAUGUAAAUAUGAUAUCGUCGUGUUAAAAUAUUAUUUUUGUAUUUAUUAAUGAGGCAGCAGCUACUCUUCCAGGGGUCCUGCAAUAUAAGGCAGUUAUAUACAAUUUAAAAUAUUACAUGACAUUAUAUUUCAUAACACUUUACCCAAAUACAUUUAGUGUGUUCCCUCAGUCCACUACUCCACUAUCACAUAUUUACAAUACAACAUCCGUGUGUACGUGUGUGUUUAGAGUGAGUGUCUAUAUGUAUGCGUGUGUGUCUAUUCACAGUCCCCGCUGUUCCACAAGGUGUUUUUUUGUGUAUGGAGCACAGGAGGCUGCUAAGAGGAGGACUGCUCAUAAUAAUGUCUGGAAUGGAGUGUUAUCGAACACAUUGAAACCACUUGUUUGAUACCAUUCAAUUUAUUCCGUUCCAGCCAUUACUAUGAGCCCGUCCUCCCCAAUUAAGGUGCCACCAGCCACCUGUUGUACAGAAGGUAGAUUAUUAUAGGCUGUAGGAUAAUUGCUCAGCCCGCAAAUUAAAGAUGACAUUUAAAUGAUGCGCGCAUCAUCCACUUUCCUGGGCCAGUAUUAUUUUCAUUCUGGCCAGUAGCUUUCAGUUGGCACUGGCCCAGAGUGCCCCUUUGCAAAUUUACCUGAAUGUCAAGCCCUGCAAGGGCAUGCAUAUUUAAAAGAUGGCUAGUCAUUAUUAGCCUGGUUCUGUAUGGAAUGCAGUUACAUUAUGGGAUACAGGUCAGGUCAAUAUCAUAUAAAAAUGUGUGCGCCCAAAGAAUGUGCUGGUGCCAUCAACUGAAAAAGUUUGUAGCACCAGUGCCACCAGUGGAAAACGUUAGUGUAGACCCCUGGGCCAGUCUAGCUCUCUGUUUGUGUCCCAAAUGGCACCCCAUUCCCUACAGAGUGUGCUACAUUUGACCAUAGUGCACUACUUUUGAACAGAACCCUAUGUAGGGAGUAUGGUGACAUUUUGGUACUCAACCACUGACUGACUGACAAAUAGAUCCACUACCAGUAAACACUGAAAAGGCCCUUGUGUUAUUCAAGGACAACAGUAGCUGUUAACGGAACACCAGCCACAGCGCCUCUGUGGUGUCUUCAAGGUUGUGAGGAGGAGUGUGAAGAAUGUGGAGAGAAUUCCUCCAGAGAGACUUCUCAUAUAAGUAUCUGUUGUGUUUGUCUGCUGAAUGUCUUGUGACAGUUGGAAUUCAAUUCUAGUCAUUGUUUGCAAACUAUUAUCACUGCCCACAGAAAUAUUUCUUACUGUGAAAACAGGAAGCAUCUCCCAGUGAGGGGAGUUUAGCCCUUUCCCUGAAUCCAAAAUCAACACUGCCUAGGAGGUAGGGUUUGAUGUGGGAUUCAGGGUCUGUGUAUAACCUCUGUGAGCCCUUUGUCUGUCUACCUUAACAUGUAUUUGAUCUACUCUAACGUGUACUGUAUAUGUACAUGACGUUCAGAAAGUAUUCACACCCCUUGACAUAUUCCACAUUUUGUGUUACAGCCUGAUUUUUUAAAUCUAUUAAAUUGAGAUUUAGUGUCACUGGCUUACACAUAAUACCCCAUGAUGUCAAAGUGGAGUUAUGUUUUUAGAAAUUUUUACAAAUUAAUUAAAAAUGUCAAGCUGAAACAUCUUGAGUCAAUACGUAUCCAUCCCCUUUGUUAUGGCAAGCCUAAAUAAGUUCAGAAGUAAAAAAUGUGAUUAACAAGUCUCACAGGUUGCAUAGACUCAGUCUGUGUGCAAUAAUAGUGUUUAUCAUGAUUUUUGAAUGACUACCUCAUCACUGUGCCCCACAUAUACAAUAAGGUCCCUCAGUUGAGCAGUGAAUUUCAACACAGAUUCAAUCACAAUGACCAGGUCCCUCCCCCCAGGUGCCUCCUCCCCCCAUGUGCCCUCCUCCCCCCAGUUCCUCCUCUAACCUGUCUCCUCCCCCAGGUGAAUCCCCCCCCAGGUGUCUCCUCCCCCAGGUGCCUCCUCUAACUGUCUCCUCCCCCAGGUGCCUCCCUCUAAACUGUCUCCUCCCCCAGGUGCCUCCUCCCCAGGUGCCCCCCCCAGGUGUCUCCUCCCCCAGGCCUCUCUAACCUUCUCCUCCCCCCAGGUGCCUCCUCUAACCUGUCUCCUCCCCCAGUGUCUCCUCCCCCCGGUGUCUCUCCCCCCUCUCUAUUGGUCUCUCUCCCCCCAGGUGUCCUCCUCCCCCCAGGUGUCUCCUCCUCCUCUAACCUGUCUCCUCCCCCCAGGUGUAACUGUCUCCUCCCCCCAGGUCUAUCCUCCCCCCAGGUGCCUCCUCCCCCCAGGUGCCCUCCUCUAACCUGUCUCCUCCCCCCAGGUGACCUCACUUCUCCCCCCAGGUGCCUCCUCCUAACCUGUCUUCCUCCCCCCAGGUGACUCUCUUCCUCCCCCAGGUGCCGCCUCUAACCUGUCUCCUCCCCCCAGGUGACUCCUCCAUCCCCCCCAGGUGCCUCCUCUAACCUGUCUCCUCCCCCCAGGUGACUCCUCCCCCCAGGUGCCUCCUCUAACCUGUCUUCUCCCCCCAGGUGACUCCUCCCCCCAGGUGCCUCCUCUAACCUGUCUUCUCCCCCCAGGUGCCUCUCUUCCUCCCCAGGUGCCUCCUCUAACCUGUCUCCUCCCCCCAGGUGACCUCCCCGUCCCCCCCAGGUGCCCUCCUCUAACCUGUCUCCCCUACCCCCCCAGGUGCCUCCUCUAACCUGUUCUCCCCUCUCCCCCAGGUGCCCCUGCCUCCCCCCAGGUGCCUCCCUCCUAACCUGUCUCCUCCCCCCAGGUCCUCCCUCUACCAACCUGCUCCCCCAGGUCUCCCCCCCCAGGUGCCUCCUCUAACCUGUCUCCUCCCCCCAGGUGACUCCUCCCCCAGGUGCUCUCCUCUCCCCCCAGGUGUCUCCUCCCCCCAGGUGCCUCCUCUAACCUGUCUCCUCCCCCCAGGUGCCUCCUCUAACCUGUCUCCUCCCCCCAGGUGCCUCCUCCCCCCAGGUGUAACUGCCUCCCCCCCAGGUGCCUGCCUCUAACCUGUUUUCCUCCCCCAGGUGCCUCCUCUAACCUGUCUCCUCUCCCCCCAGGUGUCUCCUCCCCCCAGGUGUCUCCUCCCCCCAGGUGCCUCCUCUAACCUGUCUCCUCCCCCCAGGUGCCUCCUCUAACCUGUCUCCUCCCCCCAGGUGCCUCCUCCCCAGUGCUCCUCCCCCCAGGUGCCUCCUCUAACCUGUCUCUCCCCCCAGGUGUCCACUGCCUCCUCCCCCCAGGUGCUCCUCCCUGUCUCCUCCCCCCAGGUGCCCCCCUCCCCCUCCAGGUGCCUCCUCUAACCUGUCUCCUCCCCCCAGGUGCUCCUCCCCCCCCAGGUGCCUCCUCUAACCUGUCUCCUCCCCCCAGGUGCCUCCUCCCCCCAGGUGCCUCCUCUAACCUGUCUCUCCCCCGUCCCCCCAGGUGCCUCCUCUAACCUGUCUCUCCUCUCCUCCCCCAGGUGCCUCCUCUAACCUGUCUCCUCCCCCCCAGGUGCUCCUACCCUCCCAGGUGCUCCUCUCCUCCUCCCCAGGUGCCUCCUCUAACCUGUCUCCUCCCCCCAGGUGCCUCCUCUACCUGUCUCCUCCCCCCAGGUGCUCCUCUAACCUGUCUCCUCCCCCCAGGUGCCUCCUCUAACCUGUCUCCUCCCCCCAGGUGUCUCCUCCCCCCCAGGUGCCUCCUCUAACCUGUCUCUCCCCCCAGGUGCUCCUCCCCCCAGGUGCCUCCUCUACCCUGUCUCCUCCCCCCAGGUGCCUCCUCCCCCCAGGUGCCUCCUCUAACCUGUCUCCUCCCCCCAGGUGCCUCCUCCCCCCAGGUGCCUCCUCUAACCUGUCUUCUCCCCCCAGGUGCCUCCUCUAACCUGUCUUCUCCCCCCAGGUGCCUCCUCUAACCUGUCUUCUCCCCCCAGGUGCAAAGGUUCAGUUCAGAGACAGUAGCAGCCUUCAUAGCUGUGGUGGGAAUCCUCUCAAUUGUUGCUCAGGUUGGUGACUUUUGACACUUGUUGUGUUGUUUUUAUACUUUAGUAUAGAUAUUCUGCCUCGCAAUAGGUCCCAGAGCCAGAGUUGACAUAUAUGUAAUGAAUGACUGAUUGUUUGGUCGAUUGAUUGACUACCUGCUAUGUUCCCUUUGUCAGACGGUGGUUCUGGGGAUCCUGAUGCGCUCCAUAGGGAAUAAGAACACCAUCCUACUGGGCCUGGGCUUCCAGAUACUACAGCUGGCCUGGUACGGCUUCGGAUCUCAACCAUGGUCAGUACCAACUACCUACUACCAUCUAAUAUACUAACCCUAACCCUGGUACGGCUUCGGAUCUCAACCAUGGUCAGUACCAUCUAAUAUACUAACCCUGGUACGGCUUCGGAUCUCAACCAUGGUCAGUACCAACUACCUACUACCAUCUAAUAUACUAACCCUAACCCUGGUACGGCUUCGGAUCUCAACCAUGGUCAGUACCAACUACCUACUACCAUCUAAUAUACUAACCCUGGUACGGCUUCGGAUCUCAACCAUGGUCAGUACCAAAUACCUACUACCAUCUAAUAUACUAACCCUAACCCUGGUACGGCUUCGGAUCUCAACCAUGGUCAAUACUAACUACCUACUACCAUCUAAUAUACUAACCCUAACCCUGGUACGGCUUCGGAUCUCAACCAUGGUCAGUACCAACUACCUACUACCAUCUAAUAUACUAACCCUAACCCUGGUACGGCUUCGGAUCUCAACCAUGGUCAGUACCUACUACCAUCUAAUAUACUAACCCUGGUACGGCUUCGGAUCUCAACCAUGGUCAGUACCAACUACCUACUACCAUCUAAUAUACUAACCCUAACCCUGGUACGGCUUCAGAUCUCAACCAUGGUCAGUACCAUCUAAUAUACUAACCCUGGUACGGCUUCGGAUCUCAACCAUGGUCAGUACCAACUACCUACUACCAUCUAAUAUACUAACCCUAACCCUGGUACGGCUUCGGAUCUCAACCAUGGUCAGUACCAACUACCUACUACCAUCUAAUAUACUAACCCUAACCCUGGUACGGCUUCGGAUCUCAACCAUGGUCAGUACCAUCUAAUAUACUAACCCUGGUACGGCUUCGGAUCUCAACCAUGGUCAGUACCAACUACCUACUACCAUCUAAUAUACUAACCCUAACCCUGGUACGGCUUCAGAUCACAUCCAUGGUCAAUACUAACUACCUUUAAUAUACUAUCACUAACCCUGGCCUCCACCCUUACCCUAACAUACUGACCACACUAACCCUGGCCUCCACCCUUACCCUAACAUACUGACCACACUAACCCUGACCUCCACCCUUACCCUACCAUACUGACCACACUAACCCUGACCUCCACCCUGACCCUACCAUACUGACCACACUAACCCUGACCUCCACCCUGACCCUAACAUACUGACCACACUAACCCUGGCCUCCACCCUUACCCUAACAUACUGACCACACUAAACCUGACCUCCACCCUUACCCUAACAUACUGACCACACUAACCCUGACCUCCACCCUGACCCUAACAUACUGACCACACUAACCCUGACCUCCACCCUUACCCUAACAUACUGACCACACUAACCCUGACCUCCACCCUUACCCUACCAUACUGACCACACUAACCCUGACCUCCACCCUUACCCUACCAUACUGACCACACUAACCCUGACCUCCACCCUGACCCUAACAUACUGACCACACUAACCCUGACCUCCACCCUGACCCUACCAUACUGACCACACUAACCCUGACCUCCACCCUUUCCCUAACAUACUGACCACACUAACCCUGACCUCCACCCUUACCCUAACAUACUGACCACACUAACCCUGACCUCCACCCUUACCCUAACAUACUGACCACACUAACCCUGACCUCCACCCUUACCCUAACAUACUGACCACACUAACCCUGACCUCCACCCUGACCCUACCAUACUGACCACACUAACCCUGACCUCCACCCUGACCCUAACAUACUGACCACACUAACCCUGACCUCCACCCUGACCCUACCAUACUGACCACACUAACCCUGACCUCCACCCUUACCCUAACAUAAUGACCACACUAACCCUGACCUCCACCCUGACCCUACCAUACUGACCACACUAACCCUGACCUCCACCCUUACCCUAACAUACUGACCACACUAACCCUGACCUCCACCCUUACCCUAACAUACUGACCACACUAACCCUGACCUCCACCCUUACCCUACCAUACUGACCACACUAACCCUGACCUCCACCCUGACCCUACCAUACUGACCACACUAACCCUGACCUCCACCCUGACCCUAACAUACUGACCACACUAACCUGACCUCCACCCUUACCCUAACAUACUGACCACACUAACCCUGACCUCCACCUGACCCUACCAUACUGACCACACUAACCCUGACCUCCACCCUUACCCUACCAUACUGACCACACUAACCCUGACCUCCACCCUGACCCUAACAUACUGACCACACUAACCCUGACCUCCACCCUGACCCUAACAUACUGACCACACUAACCCUGACCUCCACCCUGACCCUACCAUACUGACCACACUAACCCUGACCUCCACCCUGACCCUACCAUACUGACCACACUAACCCUGACCUCCACCCUGACCCUAACAUACUGACCACACUAACCCUGACCUCCACCCUACCCUAACAUACUGACCACACUAACCCUGACCUCCACCCUGACCCUAACAUACUGACCACACUAACCCUGACCUCCACCCUUACCCUAACAUACUGACCACACUAACCCUGACCUCCACCCUUACCCUACCAUACUGACCCUUUAAGCACAACUUUUUGUGGAGCAGGGGGACUGAAGGGACAGGGUAGAGAAAGUAGUCCUGAUACAGUCCUGAUGCUCUGUGUUGUUAGUGGUUAGGCCCCGGGAGAGAAAGUAGUCCUGAUGCAGUCCUGAUGCUCUGUGUUGUUUGUGGUUAGGCCCCGGGAGAGAAAGUAGUCCUGAUGCAGUCCUGAUGCUCUGUGUUGUUGGUGGUUAGGCCCCGGGAGAGAAAGUAGUCCUGAUACAGUCCUGAUGCUCUGUGUUGUUAGUGGUUAGGCCCCGGGAGAGAAAGUAGUCCUGAUACAGUCCUGAUACUCUGUGUUGUUAGUGGUUAGGCCCCGGGAGAGAAAGUAGUCCUGAUACAGUCCUGAUGCUCUGUGUUGUUUGUGGUUAGGCCCCGGGAGAGAAAGUAGUCCUGAUGCAGUCCUGAUGCUCUGUGUUGUUAGUGGUUAGGCCCCGGGAGAGAAAGUAGUCCUGAUGCAGUCCUAAUGCUCUGUGUUGUUAGUGGUUAGGCCCCGGGAGAGAAAGUAGUCCUGAUGCAGUCCUGAUGCUCUGUGUUGUUAGUGGUUAGGCCCGGGAGAGAAAGUAGUCCUGAUACAGUCCUGAUGCUCUGUGUUGUUAGUGGUUAGGCCCCGGGAGAGAAAGUAGUCCUGAUGCAGUCCUGAUGCUCUGUGUUUGUGGUUAGGCCCCGGGAGAGAAAGUAGUCCUGAUGCAGUCCUGAUGCUCUGUGUUGUUGGUGGUUAGGCCCCGGGAGAGAAAGUAGUCCUGAUACAGUCCUGAUGCUCUGUGUUGUUAGUGGUUAGGCCCCGGGAGAGAAAGUAGUCCUGAUACAGUCCUGAUGCUCUGUGUUGUUAGUGGUUAGGCCCCGGGAGAGAAAGUAGUCCUGAUACAGUCCUAAUGCUCUGUGUUGUUAGUGGUUAGGCCCCGGGAGAGAAAGUAGUCCUGAUGCAGUCCUAAUGCUCUGUGUUGUUAGUGGUUAGGCCCCGGGAGAGAAAGUAGUCCUGAUGCAGUCCUGAUGCUCUGUGUUGUUAGUGGUUAGGCCCCGGGAGAGAAAGUAGUCCUGAUGCAGUCCUGAUGCUCUGUGUUGUUAGUGGUUAGGCCCCGGGAGAGAAAGUAGUCCUGAUGCAGUCCUGAUGCUCUGUGUUGUUAGUGGUUAGGCCCCGGGAGAGAAAGUAGUCCUGAUGCAGUCCUGAUGCUCUGAUGCUCUGUGUUGUUAGUGGUUAGGCCCCGGGAGAGAAAGUAGUCCUGAUGCAGUCCUGAUGCUCUGUGUUGUUAGUGGUUAGGCCCCGGGAGAGAAAGUAGUCCUGAUGCAGUCCUGAUGCUCUGAUUCUCUGUGUUGUUAGUGGUUAGGCCCCGGGAGAGAAAGUAGUCCUGAUGCAGUCCUGAUACUCUGUGUUGUUAGUGGUUAGGCCCCGGGAGAGAAAGUAGUCCUGAUGCAGUCCUAAUGCUCUGUGUUGUUAGUGGUUAGGCCCCGGGAGAGAAAGUAGUCCUGAUGCAGUCCUGAUGCUCUGAUGCUCUGUGUUGUUAGUGGUUAGGCCCCGGGAGAGAAAGUAGUCCUGAUGCAGUCCUGAUGCUCUGUGUUGUUAGUGGUUAGGCCCCGGGAGAGAAAGUAGUCCUGAUGCAGUCCUGAUGCUCUGAUUCUCUGUGUUGUUAGUUGUUAGGCCCCGGGAGAGAAAGUAGUCCUGAUACAGUCCUGAUGCUCUGUGUUGUUAGUGGUUAGGCCCCGGGAGAGAAAGUAGUCCUGAUACAGUCCUGAUGCUCUGUGUUGUUUGUGGUUAGGCCCCGGGAGAGAAAGUAGUCCUGAUGCAGUCCUGAUGCUCUGAUGCUCUGUGUUGUUAGUGGUUAGGCCCCGGGAGAGAAAGUAGUCCUGAUGCAGUCCUGAUGCUCUGUGUUAGUGGUUAGGCCCCGGGAGAGAAAGUAGUCCUGAUGCAGUCCUGAUGCUCUGAUUUUCUGUGUUGUUAGUGGUUAGGCCCCGGGAGAGAAAGUAGUCCUGAUACAGUCCUGAUGCUCUGUGUUGUUAGUGGUUAGGCCCCGGGAGAGAAAGUAGUCCUGAUACAGUCCUGAUGCUCUGUGUUGUUUGUGGUUAGGCCCCGGGAGAGAAAGUAGUCAUGAUGCAGUCCUAAUGCUCUGUGGUGUUAGUGGUUAGGCCCCGGGAGAGAAAGUAGUCCUGAUGCAGUCCUGAUACUCUGUGUUGUUAGUGGUUAGGCCCCGGGAGAGAAAGUAGUCCUGAUGCAGUCCUAAUGCUCUGUGUUGUUAGUGGUUAGGCCCCGGGAGAGAAAGUAGUCCUGAUGCAGUCCUGAUGCUCUGUGGUGUUAGUGGUUAGGCCCCGGGAGAGAAAGUAGUCCUGAUGCAGUCCUGAUACUCUGUGUUGUUAGUGGUUAGGCCCCGGGAGAGAAAGUAGUCCUGAUACAGUCCUGAUGCUCUGUGUUGUUAGUGGUUAGGCCCCGGGAGAGAAAGUAGUCCUGAUGCAGUCCUAAUGCUCUGUGUUGUUAGUGGUUAGGCCCCGGGAGAGAAAGUAGUCCUGAUGCAGUCCUGAUGCUCUGUGUUGUUAGUGGUUAGGCCCCGGGAGAGAAAGUAGUCCUGAUGCAGUCCUGAUGCUCUGUGUUGUUAGUGGUUAGGCCCCGGGAGAGAAAGUAGUCCUGAUGCAGUCCUGAUGCUCUGAUUCUCUGUGUUGUUAGUGGUUAGGCCCCGGGAGAGAAAGUAGUCCUGAUGCAGUCCUGAUACUCUGUGUUGUUAGUGGUUAGGCCCCGGGAGAGAAAGUAGUCCUGAUGCAGUCCUGAUACUCUGUGUUGUUAGUGGUUAGGCCCCGGGAGAGAAAGUAGUCCUGAUGCAGUCCUAAUGCUCCGUGUUGUUAGUGAUUAGGCCCCGGGAGAGAAAGUAGUCCUGAUGCAGUACUGAUACGCUGUCUAGUGUUGUCUUCACCUGUUUUGAAUGUUAUAUUGUUUUUGUGCAUCUCUGAUCGAUGUUCUACCAAUUUCCAGGGUAAUUUCAUGUUUUCAUGUGUAUCUGAGAUAUUGCCGUUCAAACAGGAAGAAAUGUGUCAGUAUGACAUAGCAUUGCGAUAAAGCCGCUCCCACUACACUGGAAGUUAAUAGGAAUACGACUUUUAGAAUAGAAAAAAAAAGUAUUGAGUUAAUAAAGCCGCAUACAAACGUGGUCUCUUUUUUUUUUUGUCUGCCUGUCUGUUUCAUCCCCGCUCCCGACACGUUCAUUACUAUGGGACAGCUGGAGAUCGAAUUUGAAUAUUGAAACAAUGUUGCAAAUGUAGGCGAGACCGACAGCAAGGUUUAUACAAAUCUCCACUGUUGAAAACAAAAUGCUAGUCUAAAAGAAAUGGGAGAUAAUGUCUAGAUGCUUUUUAUCGUGGAGAUCAUGUUUAUAAAUUGCCUGGCUGGGCUGAUGAGAGAGUGGAUUGCGCAGUGAGAUGGAACAGAGUAAAUAGGCAUUUCAACGUCAUAGAUUUAGCCGGUGGUAACCUGUGGAAUAGACAACGGCUGGAAUGCGGUUUUAACCAAUCAGCAUCCAGGAUUAGACCCACCCGUUGUAUAAAACUUAAUCGCCUGGCCCUAGUGGUCAUACAUGCGUAAUAGGACCAUUAUUCUGCAUUGUAAAUUGAUGUGCAAUUUUAUGAAUUUUUUUCUUAGCGUUUUUAUGGAAAACUGAUAAAUGGCUGUUUUUUUGUUUUUUUUGUCACAUCCCUAGUGUGUAGCUAUGUUUGCUAGCUAGCUAGCAAGCCAGCCCAUAGAGAGAGCAUGGCAUUGUGGGUUUUGUAGUCGACUUGAGCUGCAACAGAUAUCCACAACGAUUUCCACGUCGCUACCAACCUUUAUUAUAACGACGAAAUGAAACAUUUAUUCACGAAAAAUGUUGUUCUCACAUAUUAAAAGGGGCAGCUGAAUAUUUUUGUCUCGCCUAAUGAUUGUGCACAAGGACUUUUAUUCAUGAACUUUUAGUAAUUUCUUAUCAUUAAAACACUCGUACUUUAAUUGAAUGAUGUCUCUGACAAGGAGUCCUAUAGUCCAGGACUCCUUUUGGACUAUAGUAAUACAUUAGCCAUAUCACUCAUGUUGUGGCAGGGCAGGCGCUUUGUUGAUUAGUGAUGUAGAACUGUUAAUCUGUUUUUUUACUGUUGUAUCUAAAUUAUUUAUUUUAACAUGCAUUAGUUAAAAGACGCAGGUCCCAAAAAUGAACUUAAAUAAACGAUAUACCCCAUUUACUUCUUACUGGUAAUACAUGCUUAUUCGUUAUAUUUUUUGGGUGUAAUUAUGGCACAAAAUAUUUUGGCUGGUUAAAAAAAAAUCUGUGGUUGGUAGAUUUUUUUAAAAUCUAUUUGCCGCAGUGGCUGGUGGACUAAAGUUCAUUCCCCACCCUGGGUGUGUGCUCUGCUACCCGACCUGAGCCCGACAGACCCCGACAUUAUACAUCGAGGUUAGGGCUGGGUAGGACCUGUACUUUCAUUAAUAACUAGGGUACGGGCAGGGCUCUGGUAUCACUAAAUUGAUUACUAACAUUUUGAAGCUGAGCCAUUUGCACGUGUUCUGCCCGCACAGUACAGACAUAGCUGACCAAGAUCAUAACAUGGUGUCAGAAGUCAAAUGUAAAACAGGAGAGAUUAUUUCACAGAAAAUAAUGUUCCUUGAGUUUUGUUGGCGUUUAUAGUGAUUUUAAAUAUAGAUAACUGCUGUCUCAUGUCUCGUGAUUGAGCAGAGCAGCCCAAGCGGAGCCGUUGCUAUGGAUACUCACAGACUCAGAACUCGCAUGAGCAGAGUGCAUGCAGGGUGAGCUGCCUGCGCACAGAGAGCGAGUUACAGACCGAGAGGGCAGCUAAUGGAUUUACUAACCGAGGAAGUGGUUUCGGGCAGGGCUGAGCUUUUAAAUUUGGCAGAAGCGAUCGGGCCUGGGUAGAGUAGGGCCUGAAUAUUGCGGGCAUGGGUAGGGCUUAAAAUUCAACGCUCGUGCAGGGCUCUAGUGUGUGACGAGGUGUGUGUAACGUUGUGUGUGUGUGUGUUCUCUCUCUCCCAUCAGGAUGAUGUGGGCAGCAGGAGCGGUAGCGGCUAUGUCUAGCAUCACAUUCCCAGCCGUCAGUGCCAUCGUGUCCCGCAACGCAGACCCCGACCAGCAGGGUGAGCUAAUACAACCACAGCCAAAAACUGUAUUAGCCCCAAUACAAGACUGCCCUAAUCAUAAAUUGACCCCUUCUUUCUCAGAUCUGAAAUGUUAUUCUAGAUCAUGUACAAUGCUCAGUCUUGUAAAUUUGCUCUCGAGAUUGCAACCCACAUAUUCAUCAUAGUUAUUAUGCAAGACCAUUGUAGUGAAUAUGUCAACGUUAUAUGGGGAAACGCAGUAGCUGAAAGUUGGGCUGGGUGAUAUGCCCAGAAUAUCAUAUCACAACAUUUUUCUCAUUUUUGACAGUAUUUGACGGUGUUUUAUGUUUUUUAAUAAUACAAAUUCUAACUGCUUUCUGAGUAGUUCAUGACCCUAGGGUGGCAACACAUAAAUUAUAAGUGAUUUCAAUAAGGUUUUCUCUCUUCUGAUUUUGUUUUAUACUGUUCAAACUUCAACCAAAUUUUCCAUUAUCAGAAUAAUUAUUUUCCUCUAAACAGGCCUCCAUCCAACUUUUUUUAUGCGAGGAAAGUUCGGAUAAAAAAAUGUAAUGACAGGCCUGAUGGAAACAGCAAAUUUGUCUGUAAACUUUCCAAAUGUCAACAGAAUAAAAUAUGCUAGACAAGAUGGGAUCUUUUUGUGUCGGUAAAAUGUAUUAUGCGAGAAAUGGUGGUGGAAACUCCUUUAUGCGCACAUUGAUAUAAUAACCAUCCUAUGGAAGUAAACUUGGAGUGAUGCGAUAUGUUGUGUAGCCAUGUACCUUUUAAUACCAUUUACAAAGGUAUUUCAAAAUACAAUGGUAUGAUUUUUCCAUACUGUAAAAAAAAAAAAAAAAUGUCUGUAUAUGUAUUGGGGUGCUAUACUAUUUGAAAUCUAAGAUAAUGAAAUUCUCCAGCUUUGCAUGUGGUUUGCUAACUUGCUAGUAGCUAAGUGGCUAGAUGUCAAGAUCAAGCUUCUUGGUUACAGCAGAGACAUUCAAUCCCCUCCUGGAUCAAGAUCCCUGUUGCCUAAAUUGUUUUGUGCGUCAAAAUAAUAAUUAACGUUUAUUUUUACGGCGCCCCUUGUGUGCACUUCCGGUAAUACCAUAUACACGGGUAUGGUACAGAAACGGUAUGACGGUAUGAACAUCUGGAUACCGCCAAACCCUCAUCCUCCCGCUACAACUCGGGAAGCCAUGUAUUUUAUUAGGUUACAGAGGGAGUUCACAGGGUGGUGAAAGUGACCGGUGAUGAGCUUGAUGCUGGUUUUAUUUUACCCCCUUUUUCUCCCCAAUUUCGUGGUAUCCAAUUGGUAGUUACAGUCUUGUCCCAUCGCUGCAACUCCCGUACGGACACGGGAGAGGCUAAGGUCGAGAGUCGUGCGUCCUCCGAAACACAACCCAACCGAGCCGCACUGCUUGUUGACACAAGAAGCCAGCCGCACCAAUGUGCCGGAGGAAACACCGUACACCAGGCGACCGAGUCAGCGUGCGCAGCGCCCGGCCUGCCACAGGAGUCGCUAGUGCGCGACGGGACAAGGACAUCCCUGCCGGCCAAACCCUCCCCUACCCUAGACAGCGCCGCCCCGUGGGUCUCCCGGUCGCGGCCAGCACUCCUUGUUCUCUUUUGUACAAAACCAUUAGUAGAGAUGAAAAUGCGAUGGAAACCCAUUUAACUUGUAGUUUUUUUUAUUCGGUGCGUUGGAAUUUAACCGCAAAAGUCAUUUUGAUGUGCCCUACGUCAUCGCGUACAACCUUUUAUCCGUAACAAGUUAAUCUGGUGGGAAAAUGCACAUAUUGUUUUUAAUGCGGAUUCUAGAAUACUCGCAUGACAAUCUGUCGCCAGUUGGAUGGAAACCUAGCUGGUGACAAUGUAUUUUCAAUGGAUUAAAUGGCAGUUCUUACUUUCGCCACAAGGUGCAUUGUGCCGAUUUUCGAGAGUACUUUUGGCGCCAGCACUUUCUCACAGGCCAGAUUCAUGGCAAGAAAGUAAAUGUGCAUCCAAAGCUCUUGCUAGCUAAUUAGCAGUUCUCAACCGUUAGCAGUCCCUUACUGGUGGUAAGAACAGACGAUUGACGUCAUUUUUCGAGUUUCGUCUCUCAGUUAUUACAUUUAUAUUACAUUUAACAAACCAAACAUUGAAAUACCUGUAUGUAAAGUAAAAACCCAAACCGAACCAUGCAUCAAUACUGGUAUAUAGUACGGUUUACCGCCCGGCCCUAGCUGAAAGUGCAUAUUAAUUGAAUGGCUUUGUAUCCGUCUCUAGGUGUUGUCCAGGGGGUGAUAACAGGUAUCCGUGGUCUGUGUAACGGUCUGGGCCCAGCCUUCUAUGGCUUUAUAUUCUACCUGUUCCAUGUGGAGCUGACUGAUCUGGACGCUGUAGACAGCCAUGGGAAAGAAACCAAACCUAACAUGGCCAACCCUGCUGACGAGGUGAGACCACGGAGUGGUGGAUGGGACAGGACUGAGGAUAGAUCCAGACACUAUUUAGAUCCAACAGUAUUGGAUAGGCCAAAGCUAUAUCAUGGCGUUCACUUGCCUAUAAGAAGAUGGAGGUCUUCAUUCAUAAUCUCCUACCUACUGUACAUCUGACUGAAGGAACUGUUGUAGGGCACUUUGCUAAAACACACACAUCCCCCCUUUCACAAAUACCCUCCCCAUUAAACAUCAGUUUCUCUCUUCCUCCAGAGUUCCAUCAUCCCCGGCCCUCCCUUCCUGUUCGGAGCAUGCUCCGUACUACUCGCUCUGUUAGUAGCCCUGUUCAUCCCAGAGCACAGUGGCCCGGGGGUCCGGCUGGGAGGCUACAAGAAACACAGCAACGGGGCCCAGAGCCACUCACACAGCCCUCCCAGUAGCGGGGCCGAGGGCAAGGAUCCGCUACUGGAUGGCAGCUGUGUAUAACACCAGCCUGGGGGCACACACACCACACCAGCUCCCCCCUGAGCCCGAACAAGUGAACCGUUAUGAAACAAACCGUUAUUCUAACACUUUCACACACGUAUCCAGAUGAGUGGCCUCUUCUACGGGCAGGGAAGAUGUGUGGUCUGAACACCUCGUGGGCUGUCAUUUAUCUGAAGCACCGGAGUUGUGACGGUGUGGUGUGAAGAGUUACCAAAGGCCCUGAAAGGGAUGGAGAGAGAGAGAGGACGGGUAGCGCUGUGGAUUGGUGUUCUGUUGGGAGAGACUUGGUUGAGCUGAUCUCUGCCCUGAGCAGGAAGUGAGGCAGGAAGAGGAUAAAGGAGGUGGGGAUGUAGAGGUCCUGCCAGAGAGCCAUGCAGCACAUGGACGGGAUCUGGUUGGGGUGAAGGUUCAAGGCUAUCUGAACUGUUACUAAGCUCUGUGUGAUGAUGGAUUUGUCCCAAAUGGCACCCUAGUCCCUAUAUAGUGCACUUCUUUUGACCAGGGCCCACUAGGG